AUGCAGUCACAAAAGGAUUUGGGCAUGGCCUCUAACGAUACUACCGUUGGUGCCAACAGACACCAGGGGGAAUACGCCCAAAAAUCGUGCUACAUAGAUGAAGAAGCCUCCGAAAUUGUACAGUCGGACAGGGAACGUCCUUUCAUAGAUGAUGUGGUUGCAACACAACAAAGAGCCGACCACCGGGCAAAAUCGGUGAGGAAUUGGAAGAGGGCAAAAGCCCUAAUAGAAUAAUUUGAGUCAGAUUCGGAACAGGAGGAGGCAUUGAGCGAGUCCGAUGAUGAGGACUCUUACAAUUUGGGUACACUUUUCCCCGACUACGGCUCCAUAUCCGUGUCCGGGAAUGACGAUAAGGACGGUGUGGAGUACUCCACCCUCCUUGACCCGCACGUCGAACUACUUUUUGACCCGGAUGCCCUACAGCAUCCGAGUUCAACAGAAUGGUUCCCACUGGACCAUGUGGCAAAAUAUAUAGCCGCACGUAUCAGGAAACCACUUAAUAAAGUGGCACGUAGCAAAAUGCAUACGCCCCACAAUUCCAGAUUUGGCAUGCAUCACCCCGGAAGUGGACUCAAAGAUUGCCCUGUUUCUGGGCAAAACUGGGUGGAAGGCCAAGAAAGGCCUAGAUUUUGCACUACGUCAUUGUUAAGAUGUCCUCGGACCCAGUGCAAAGAUAUUCUACAUGUUUGAAACAGCCUUGGCGGGUGGUGCUCCCGCAGACCUGCUUGCUAUCAGGGGCUGGAUCCAACGAUCUGUACGUCUACUCGGUAAUGCCAAUACGGCUUUAGCCACCGAGAGGCAAAAGGAAAUUCUAAAUAAGAUUGAGCCAAAGUUGGUUAAUUUGGAUAUUUAAGAGCCUGGGCAAAAGGCAAAAGGCCUUCUUUUUGGGGACAGUUUCUUAAGGAACUGGGUACCAAUGUAGGUACAUUUACUGCACCGGACAAGGCAAUAUGAAAAAGGUAUUGUCCCAUAGAGUUUUUGGUGGGGCUUGCAGAUAUCAGGGCCGCCUGCCUGGCCGUUCCUCCUGGGGCUCGUACCGGGUUUCUCGAGGCUCCUUCCAGUCAUGAUGCCAAGGUCUGGAACCUAAGCCCAUCUCUCCAUUUUUUCCAUUUCGAGGAAGGCCUUGGCAUUCUUGUGGAGCCAGAAGCUCUUCCUUUGGCCAAUGCCCUUAUGGUAAGGUUCCUUCCUUCAUCUCUACCUUCAGUACCGUUGGUGGGGGGCAGAUUAUGCCAUUUUGUAAAUUCCUGGCACAUCUUAACUUCGGAUACUUGGGUCCUACAAACUGCACUGUGUUAUGCCAUAGAUUUUGUACAAGCCCAGAUAUCUCUUCCCAACCAAAUUGUCUUCUCCAACCACGACCGGUCCUUAAUUGCAGCAGAGAUACAGAUUCCUUACUUCAUUGUUCGACCAUGGCCUAGCCUAUCACACUAUAAAUGUGUACCGAUUGCAUAUUUCUGCAGGGCAUCAGGGAUUGGAUUGUUUCCCGGCAGGUAAACAUCUCCUGGUAUGCCGACUUCUGCGCGGCAUCAGAUUUGCAAGCUGACCGCAAUCUAGGUACUCUUCAUCAUGGGAUGUCAUCCUUGUUCUCUGGCUUUGUCCAGUGGCAUGUCUUAAAGAAUACGAGUCCAGGACUUCUUCUACUCGUGAUUCAUAAUAUCCUGAUUUGGUUUUGGUCCUUCGACAUCCACAUCAUCCUGUUUCUGCAGUCACAUUGUCUCAUUGGGUAAAAUGGAGUAUGACAUCAUCCACACUUCAGCAAAUGGAGCACACUCGGUCAGGGGAGCCAUGGCGUCUAAGGCUUUCUUCAAAGGAUGCAGGUUGGAGGACCUCCUCUGGGCUGCUGAUUGGUCACGCAAAUCUACCUUCAAGGAGUUUUACUUUCGGCCAGUUUCUCAUUUUUCUGAUGUGGUCAUUUUGCAGCUUUGAACUAGCAUAGUUUAAUAAAAUUACCAGAUUUUACCAAUUUCAUGACGUAAAGUCAUGAUUUUAUUAAGGACACGGAGGCCAGUAUCAUUCCACCCGAUACAGGUAUGUUGCACCCUUCCGUAGAUGUUUAGUCAUUAAGUUUUACACUGGACUUAUGUUACUACAACAUAUUGCAUUUAUUGAAAGUUUUUUGAUUAGAUAAUAAUCUGUUUACGGAUGCAUAUGUUUCUAUGCUUAAUACUUUACUAUGGUAAUAAUUGGAUAUUCAGAAACAUAUUUUACCAGUUUGUUUCUCUGUUCCUUUCAGCUUCAUAAUCGGAUUUGGCACAGUUGUGCAUUGGUUCCUUCUGGGCCUAACAGAGGAUCCCAUCUUCUACAGAAUACCAGAUUAUUCAACUGUGGAGUUGUUGAUUGUUUCUUCAGGUUGACAUAUGUUCUGCAUUGAAUUCUUUGUGGGCACCACCAAAGAAAGAGUGGCUUAAGGUCACAUGGGAAGUUGAUGGUGCAAGGGGCAUUAAGAUUGGAUGUAUUGUUAUGUGGCUAACCCUUUAGGGUGCAUGUUUACAUGUUUGAUUUGUUUCUAUGAAUAUACAAUAUUCGCUGCUGAGGAUUAAAAAGAAAGAGAUUAAGCAUAAUACUCGCCUCCGUGUCCUUAAUAAAAUCAUGACUUUAUGUCAUGAAAUUAGUAAAAUCUGGUAAUUGUAUGUUGUGAGAACUAAGCAUGCAACAAUGCAGCUCAUUAUUUAAGUCAUUAUUGAACAUUUUAUUAGUACCUGGAACUCUGCUUUAAAUACACCAUCUUGUCUUUACCCUACAUUCUAGAGCAGCAUAUACCAAAUUGGUGUUCCGUGGACACAGCGCGCUGACUGGAGGGAGAGAGAGUGCGGCGGGGACUGAGCAGCACACCAGCCUCAGCCUGCAGCACUGAAGGAAGUCACCCUCCUGAAGAAAAAAGGUAAAUGAACAGGAGGGUGACUGCAAAUAUAAAUAUAUGUGUGUGUAACUGUAUUUCAGUGUGUAUCUGCCAGUGUGUGCAUCUGUGUGUAUUUGUGCCAGUUUGUGUAUCUGUGUGUCAAGGUGUGUGUUUAUGUCACUGUGUGUGUAUCUAAGUGUCUGUCUGUAUGUCAGUGUCUGUAUGUGUUAGUGUGUAUCUGUGUGUGUGCCUGUGUCUAUAUGUCAGUGUAUCUGUCAGUUUGUGUGCAUGUGCCAAUGUGUGUAUCAUUGUGCCAGUGUGUGUGUGUAUCUGUGUGUGUGUGUGUAUGUGUCAAUUUGUGUAUCUGUGUGUCAAUAUGUAUCUGUGUGUGUAUAUGUCAGUGUGUAGCUGUCUGUGUGUGUAUGUGCCAGUGUAUCUGUCAGUGAGUGUUUCUGCCCUUGUGUGUAUCUGUGUGUGUGUAUGUGCCAAUGUGUAUCUGUGUGUGUGUGUGCCAGUGUGUGUAUCUGUAUGUCAGUAUGUUGAUGUGUUUGCCUGUGUCUGUAUGUAUCAGUGUACCUGUGUGUCAAGGUGUGUGUAUUUGUGUGUGUUAGUGUGUAUCUGCCAGCGUGUGUAUCUGUAUUUGUAUGUGCCAGUUUGUAUUUGUGUAUCAAGGUGUGUGUAUCUGCCAGUGUGUGUAUCUGUGUUUGUAUGUACCAAUGUGUAUCUCUGUGUCAAAUUGUGUAUAUCUGUGUAUAUGUGCUUGUGUGUAUCUAUGUUUGUAUGUGCCAGUGUAUGUCUUUGUGUCAAGGUGUGUGUAUCUGUGUCAGUGUGUGUAUGUAUUAGUGUGAAUAUGACUGUGUAUGUGUCAGUGUGUUUCUGUUUGUUAAUGUGUAUGUAUAUGUGUAAGUAUGUAUGUGGCAGUACAUGUACAGACAUCCCAACAAUCAAACACCAACCACAACACACAUUACUCCAAACACAAACAUGACAUACAAAGACACCCUGAACUCCAACAUUAUAUACAAACACUCUAACACCAAUACUGCACACAAAUGUACAUGUGCAUUUAAAGUCCAAAACUACAUCCAAACACACGUCUGCACACAAACAUUACAUACAACACAUCCUUGUAUUAAAAUGCUAAAAUUAUAUAUAAACACCAACUCUACACACAGAAGCACACUUGCUUCUAAGUACUACAAUCUGUUUACUAUCUGUAGAAAUUAGUGCGUAUAUUUUAAAAAAAAUUGCCAAAAUUUGCUCUGCUAACUAAAAGGUUUAUGCUAUCUCGUGAAAUUUUUGGGGGGGUUCCACGAUGUUAAUACACUAGGUAAAAAGGGUUCCACGGGAAAAAUUAAUUGAGAACCCCUGUUCUAGUGGGUCACAGACGAACAAGAGCCCUGAUCAAAUCUUUGCCAUAAAGGGGUCUGCUACAAUAAAUCUACAUGUUAUAAUUAUGGGUUGGUAACUCAGUAACUGUGUUACUUAUUGAUUGCAAUAAUUGUGUUUUAACUGGGGUUUGUGAUUUUAAAGUGAAUCAAUAACAGCAAAUUAGUAAAUGUGUGAGUAACCAAUUCAGGCAAGCAAUAAAAUAAAGAAAUACAAUUAGGGAUCGACCAAUAUUGAACUUUCAGACCGAUAGCCGAUAACUUACCGAUAUUCUGUACAUUUACUGUUUUGAAAUAAGAAACUAUUUUUACACAAAUCUACUGUUAACUUAACAUGUUUAUUAUUAUUUAUGUAUUUUUGCAAAACUGUUUUUUUAUUAAGUGGUAAAUGCACCAAAUAUAAAUGCCAGUCAGAUUGUUUUAUGUUUUCAAGAAUAUUUAGAGUUCUUUUCCCCUCCCUUCCCUGUCUCUUAGUGUACCUCUCCCCUCCCUUCCCUGUCUCUUAGUGUACCUCUCGCCUCCCCUCCCUGUCCCUUAGUGUUCCUCUUCCUUACCCUCCCUGUCCCUUAGUGUUUCUCUCCCCUCCCCUCCCUGUCCCUUAGUGUACCUCUCCCCCCUAGUUCCUUAGUGUUCCUCUCCCCUCCCCUACAUGUCCCUUAGUGAACAUCUCCCCUCCACUCCCUGUCCAUUAUUGUUCCUCUACCCUCCCCUCCCCUCCUUAGUGUACCCAUCUUAGUGUUUCCCUUCCUGUCCUUUAGUGUCCCCCCAUUGUCUUUCUCUCCCCUUCUAUGUCAUUUAGUGCCUCCUACCUUUUUUUUUAGCGUGGCAGAGCGGAGUGCACCGCGGUACGGGAGCUUCAGUUUCCUGUAACCGGCCGGACUGACAAUAAUUGCUCUCUCAGUGAGCACUUCCCCAUUGUCUUUCUCUCCCCUUUUCUGUCCUUUAGUGCCUCCUAGCAUUUUUUUUUGCGUGGCAGAGAGGAGGGCACCGCGGUACGGGAGCUUCAGUUUCCUGUAACCAGCCGGACUGACAAUAAUUGCUCUCUCAGUGAGCACUUCCUGUCAGUUCGGGCGCGUAUAGGAAUCAGAAGCUCCUGUACCGCAGUCCGCUCCACUUGGCCACGCUAUACUGAGUGACUGGCAGGAGGGAGCGCUGUGCACUUCCUCCUGCUGGUCACUCUAAUCUUGCGCCCCCCGUGCCGGUGCGCCCUAAUGCGGCCAAUAACGAUAUUUGCCAAAAUCCGUAAUAUCGGCCGAACCGAUAAUCGGUCGAUUCUCUAAAUACAACUAUACAUUAUAAUGCAGUGUACCACUGUUCCUUAUUGUUCCUCUCCCCCUCUAAGUGUUUCUCUCCCUGUCCUUUAGUGUUCCCAUCUAAGUGUUUCUCUUCCCUUCCUGUCCUUUAGUGUCCCCCCAUUGUCUUUCUCUCCCCUUCUCUGUCCUUUAGUGCCUCCUACCUUUUUUUUUAGCGUGGCAGAGCGGAGUGCACCGCGGUACGGGAGCUUCAGUUUCCUGUAACCGGCCGGACUGACAAUAAUUGCUCUCUCAGUGAGCACUUCCUGUCAGUCCGGCCGUGUAUAGGAAUCAGAAGCUCCUGUACCGCAGUCCGCUCCACUUGGUCACGCUACACUGAGUGACUGGCAGGAGGGAGCGCUGUGCACUUCCUCCCGCUGGUCACUCUAAUCUUGCGCCCCCUGUGCCAGUGCGCCCUAACGUGGCAAAUAACGAUAUUUGCCAAAAUCCGUAAUAUCGGCCGAACCGAUAAUCGGUCGAUUCUCUAAAUAUAACUAUACAUUAUAAUGCAGCUUUAUAACCAAAUUUGUAUUCCAAAUUACAUACUCUCAGUAUGAAGCAGCUAUGCAGAUAGACACAUAUAUUGCAUUAUUGUAGUAUGCACUAUGCAUUAUAGAAAUACUUAAAAUUAAUGUUAAAGAUUUGCUAGCAGCUUUUCACCCACGAGUACUUAAGGAGCUAAGUGUGGAAAUAAGUGAACUUCUGUAUUUAAAGUGACACUAUAGUCACCAGAACAACUACAGCUCAUUGAAUUUGUUCUGGUGAGUAUAAUCAUUACCUUCAGGCUUUUUGCUGUAAACACUGUCUUUUCAGAGAAAAUGCAGUGUUUACAUGACAGCCUAGUGAUAACUUCACUGGCCACACCUAAAAUGCAUCCAAACAUUCAGUAUCUCCUCCCUCUGCAUGCAGACACUGAACUUUCCUCAUAGAGAUGCAUUGAUUCAAUUCAUCUCUAUGCGGAGAUGCUGUUUGGCCAGGGCUGUAUUUGAAUUGUGCUGGCUUUGCCCCUGAUCUGCCUCUUUGUCAGUCUCAGCCAAUCCUAUUGGGAAGCUUUGCGAUUGGAUCAGGCUGCCACUUCUGCUGAUGUCAGCAGACAGUGGGCAGGCCAAAAGGAAACAGGGACAAAGCCUGCAGCUUCAAGCUUGAAUACAAGUAAGAUUCUACUAUAUUUAGGGAGGCAUGAGGGGCACUUGGUGGUUUUAACCCUAUAGGGUCAGGAAUGCAUGUUUGUGUUCCUGUCCCUAUAGUGCUCCUUUAAUCUUUCAAGAUUCUUUUGUUUCAGGUAUUGUACCGGAAGAUUGGAGGAAGGCAGAUGUUCUUAUAUUUAGAAAGGGUUUAACAUCCUUGCCUGGAAAUUAUACACCUGUGAGCUUAACUUCUGUGACUGGGAAAGUAUUUGAAGGGCUAUUAGGUGAUAAUAUUCAGGAAUUAAUUGAGGAGAACUUUGUUAUUGUCAGGUAUAGCAUGGCAUGUAUUUCGCCGUCGGAACCCACUUCCAGGUUCACGGCGCUUAGCCCCGCCCCUUUUUUCUGACGCGGUCCCUCCACGAUACUUAGGAAGACCGCGCCAGAUUCAGCUGCUCUACUUUUGAUCCUACCUGCUCCACUUCUAGACCUCGGAUUGUAAAACGGAUUUCUACCUUCUCCACUUCUCGACCUCGGCUUGUAAAACGAAUUUCUACCUUCUCCACUCCCAGACCUCGGCUUGUUAAAACGGACUUCCACACUCUCCACUCCUAGUUCUCGGCUUGUUAAAACGGACUUCUAAUUGCUCCUCCAUUGGGUGAAUUAACCCUUCCAGUGCCAGAACUGCCUUUAAGUUAAGUAAAACUUUUUGCCAAACAAGCCAAUUCCUAUUAUUUAUGUUACACAGUAUCUAAAGCUCACUAAAGUGUCACUUUGUCAAGCUAUUCCUCUUAUUCAUAAGGGAUUGCUACUAAGGCUAAUUCUUCCUGCAAUAAUCAACUUAUUCUAAUUGCAAGCCUGUCCAGCUUCAUUAAUACAUUUCUCAUAAUUUAUUCCAUCUUAAUUAAGUUGGAAACUAGCACUGCCUAUUUCCCUGCAUGUGUAUUUAAAGAUACAAUAACCAUUGUUUCAUAUCAGUAUAAAAGGAGGUGAAACUUAUUGUUGCUGCAAUCAGAAAAUUCUGCAGUUGAGUUCCAAUUAAAGAAGUAUUACAAAAUAAGUAUUACAGAAUAAUCCAGCCUAUUCAAUGGAACCAGCAGAUAUCAACUCUAAAGUUUCUGCCCUAACCAAUAGAGUGGAUACGAUUGCUCAGGGGUUACAGGAACUGCAAAUUACAAAUGAGAGAAUAUUAACCUAUGUUAGAGACAUGCAAGGCCAUCUUCCUCAUGCCACUCUUCAAUCGGCUGGUGAUCCUGCUGUCUGUAAUCCAGAAAAAUUUUAUGGAGAUAGAACAAAGUACAGAGAGUUUUUGAAUUCUUGCAAACUACUAAUAGCUUUAAAACCUAGAUCUUAUCCCACCGAAAGAUCCAAAGUCUGUUCAGUGAUCUCUUUUUUAAGAGGUGAACCUAUGGCCUGGGCCCAUUCCUUUUUGGAAAAUGAUGAUCCCAUAUUAGAUUCAUUGGAUGAGUUCUUUGAAGCUAUGUCUUUAUUAUAUGAAGAUCCUUUUAAACAAACUACUGCUGAUUUAACCAUCAGAACAUUACACCAAAAGAAUAGACCUGUUGAAGAUUAUAUUGCAGAAUUCAAAAGAUGGGCUACAGAAACCCAAUGGAAUGACAUUACUUUACGCAAUCAAUUCCGUCUCGGAUUAUCUGAAGCUGUGAAAGAUGAACUCUCUCGUACAGAACUUCCUCCUACCUUAAAUGCAUUGAUUCAACUGUCCAUCAGUAUUGAUAGACGUCUAAGAGAAAGAAAAGCUGAAAGGGUUCUUACUAAUUCUACCUGGAGAAAACCUUUCACUACUCCAAAACUACCUGAAAAAAUUCCUCCUCAAACUGAACCUAUGGAAGUAGGUAUAAUAAAAAGUCCUCUUACUUCUGAAGAAAGAAUAAGAAGGAGACAACUAAACUUAUGUAUGUAUUGUGCUUCGAAAGAACAUCUAAUUUCCGAAUGUCCUCUACUGAAACAUUCAAAAGGUGGUAAGCUUCAUUCAUCUACUUCUAUAUUGAACGUUCUUCAAAAAAGAAAAACAUCUACUUAUUUUUCUAUAUCUCUCAUAUUACAGUGGGAUACAAAAAGAAUCGUGACUGAGGCCAUUAUUGAUUCUGGUGCUAAUGGAACUUUCCUUGAUUUUUCUUUUGUUACAAAGAAUAAAAUUCCUUGUGUUCGAAAAACUAACUUUGUUCCAAUCAGAGUUAUUGAUGGUUCAUUUAUAUCCUCAGGACCCAUAAAAGAUGAAACAAUUCCUCUAAGAAUGAUUACCAACAAUGUACAUUCCGAAUUCCUUACAUUUGAUGUUAUUAAAUCUCCACUUUAUCCCGUCAUUUUAGGAAUUAAUUGGUUAAAAACCCAUGAUCCUCUAAUUAAGUGGUCUCCCUUUUCCAUUUCCUUUGCUUCUGAUUUUUGUAAACAAACGUGUUUACAACAUAUUCCUAUUCUCCAAGCUACUAAAGAAUCAGUUAUACCUCCAUUCUACUCCGAUUUUGCAGAUGUCUUUUGUAAAAAAGAAGCGGAAACACUUCCACCUCAUCGGGUAUAUGAUUGUCCAAUAGAUCUCAUACCCGGAGCUCCUAUUCCUUAUGGCCAUAUUUAUCCACUCUCUGAAAAGGAGUUAGAAAUUUUAAAAGAAUAUCUUAAUGAAAAUCUACACAAAGGGUUCAUCAGACCCUCGACCUCCCCAGCUGCUUCUAGUAUUUUCUUCGUGAGGAAUAAAGACCAAACCAUCCGUCCUAUUAUAGAUUACAGAGCCUUAAAUAAAAUAACAAUUAAAAAUCGUUAUCCUCUUCCACUAAUAAAUGAAUUAAUUGAAAGGUUAAGAACCGCAACUAUAUUCACUAAACUCGACCUUCGAGGCGCAUAUAACCUCAUUAGAAUAAAACAGGAUGAUGAAUGGAAGACCGCCUUCCGGACAAGAUAUGGUCUCUACGAAUAUCUAGUGAUGCCUUUUGGGCUCUGUAAUGCCCCUGCAACAUUUCAACAUUUUAUAAAUGAUAUCUUUAGAGAUCUUUUGGAUAUAUGUGUUAUUAUCUACUUAGAUGAUAUCUUAAUAUAUUCUAACAAUUUGGAUGAACAUAGGAAGCAUGUUAGAUGGGUUCUAUCUAGACUGAGAACUCAUAAAUUAUACGCUAAACCAGAAAAAUGCCUUUUUGAGGUUACUGAACUCUCUUUUCUAGGAUACAUUAUUUCACCUCAUUCUUUGAAGAUGGAUAAUUCCAAAAUCGAAUGUAUUAUUAACUGGCCCGCUCCUACUACUACAAAAGAAUUGCAACGUUUUCUUGGAUUUUCAGACUUCUAUGGAAAAUGUAUUAGAAACUAUUCGGAUGUAUCACAUCCUCUUAACCUCCUCAACAGUAGUAAACGUCCUUUCAAUUGGAAUAAAGAUGCACAAACAACCUUCGACGAAUUAAAAAAAAGAUUUACAACUGCACCUAUUCUACAACUACCUAAUCCAACAUUCUUAUAUGUUCUUGAAGUUGAUGCAUCAGAUACAGCCAUCGGAGCAGUUCUUUCUCAACAAAAGACUCCACAAGAUCCACUUCAUCCAGUUGCCUUCUUUUCAAGAUCCUUGAGCUCUGCUGAAAAAAAUUAUCCUAUUGGUGAAAAAGAAUUAUUAAGUGUUAAAGCUGCCUUCGAAAAUUGGCGUCAUCUUCUAGAAGAUACAAAACAACCUAUAAUAGUUUAUACUGACCAUAAAAAUCUUGAAUAUCUGUAUACUAACAAAACCCUUACGGCUAGACAAGUUAGAUGGAACCUAUUCUUUAACCGAUUUAACUUCCAAUUAAUAUACAGACCUGGAACUAGAAAUAAAAAGGCUGACGCUCUUUCUUGAAUUCCUUCUAAAACUACUACUGAUGAUUAUCCUCCUAACAAAAUAAUAGGGAUCCUCUCUUCUCUUCAUGAUGACAUAAAGAAUUUGAAUCAGAAGGAUCUUGAACUUCCCAAAACACCUAUACUAACAAAAAAGGAUGGUAUAUUUUAUUUUAAAAAUAGAAUUUAUAUUCCUCCCAUUCUUAGGAAUAAAUUACUUAAGAUGGUUCAUGAUUCACCCCUAGCUGGACAUCCUGGAAUAAAGAAAACUCUUGAACUAACUUCACGAUAUUAUUGGUGGCCUCGCCAGGAUAUAAUUUUGAAUUAUAUGUCAAAACUUGUCCUAUCUGUCAAAGGUCUAAACCUGAACAUAAUCAACCUUUUGGAUUAAUACUUAACUUACCUAUUCCAGAAAAACCUUGGCAAUCCAUUUCUAUGGAUUUUAUCGUUGAUCUCCCACCUUCUCAACAUUUCACCACUAUUCUUGUCGUUGUGGAUCGCUUCACAAAAAUGUCCCAUUUCAUUUCUUUAAAAAAAUUACCCUCCUCUGUAGAAUUGUCUAAGGUCUUUAUUGACAAUAUUGUGAAACUUCAUGGUCUUCCUGAAGAAAUUAUUUCUGAUAGGGGGACACAAUUUACCUCCAAAUUCUGGAAAGAGAUGUGUCUCUCCCUUCAAAUUCAACGCAAACUCUCUUCCGCUUAUCAUCCCCAAACUAAUGGGCAAACAGAAAGGGUUAAUCAAUGUUUGGAACAAUAUCUUCGAUGUUAUUGUUCAUACCUCCAAGAUGACUGGACCACAUGGUUACCUAUGGCCGAAUUUUCUUACAAUAAUACCAUUCAUUCUAGUACGAAAAUGACUCCUUUCUUCUCCAACUAUGGUUUUCAUCCGUCUUCAUUUCCCAUCCAAACUAUUACAUCAAAAAACGAAUUUAUGUCUUCUCUAUUUCUCAAAUUACGGGAGAAUCUUCAACUCGCCCAAAAUAACCAGAAAAAGUUUUUUGACAAUAAUAGAAGAAUUCCCCCUCCUUACAAGGUAGGGGAUCUUGUCUGGCUCUCUUCAAGGAAUAUUACCACAAGCCGUCCUUCAAAGAAAUUGAGCUCUCUUUUUCUUGGUCCCUUUCAAGUAAUUACAAUCAUUAAUGAUAACGUCGUUAAACUAAAACUUCCUCCAAGUUUUAAACUUCAUCCAGUAUUCCAUGUCUCCUUGCUUAAACCACACAUCCCUGAUCCUUUUCAUAGAGAAAUAGUAACAACUCCUGAACCUAUCAUUGUCCAAGGUGAAGAAGAAUAUGAAAUUCACAAAAUUUUGGAUUCUCGUGUCCACCGUGGCUCCUUACAAUACCUUAUUAGAUGGAAAGGUUAUGGAGUUGAUGAAGACACUUGGGAAGAUUCAUCUAAUGUACAUGCUAGGAGGUUAGUUGCUGCCUUUCACAAACGCUACCCCUCCAAACCGAAAUAGUGCACCCAGAGGAUGCCCCAUGAGAAGGGGGUACUGUCAGGUAUAGCAUGGCAUGUAUUUCGCCGUCGGAACCCACUUCCGGGUUCACUGCGCUUAGCCCCGCCCCUUUUUUCUGACGCAGUCCCUCCACGAUACUUAGGAAGACCGCGCCAGAUUCAAAGGGCUGGAUUAUUCGCACAGGUGCUGCAGAGAGAUCAGCUGAUCUACUUUUGAUCCUACCUGCUCCACUUCUAGACCUCGGAUUGUAAAACGGAUUUCUACCUUCUCCACUUCUCGACCUCGGCUUGUAAAACGGAUUUCUACCUUCUCCACUCCCAGACCUCGGCUUGUUAAAACGGACUUCCACACUCUCCACUCCUAGUUCUCGGCUUGUUAAAACGGAUUUCUAAUUGCUCCUCCAUUGGGUGAAUUAACCCUUCCAGUGCCAGAACUGCCUUUAAGUUAAGUAAAACUUUUUGCCAAACAAGCCAAUUCCUAUUAUUUAUGUUACACAGUAUCUAAAGCUCACUAAAGUGUCACUUUGUCAAGCUAUUCCUCUUAUUCAUAAGGGAUUGCUACUAAGGCUAAUUCUUCCUGCAAUAAUCAACUUAUUCUAAUUGCAAGCCUGUCCAGCUUCAUUAAUAAAUUUCUCAUAAUUUAUUCCAUCUUAAUUAAGUUGGAAACUAGCACUGCCUAUUUCCCUGCAUGUGUAUUUAAAGAUACAAUAACCAUUGUUUCAUAUCAGUAUAAAAGGAGGUGAAACUUAUUGUUGCUGCAAUCAGAAAAUUCUGCAGUUGAGUUCCAAUUAAAGAAGUAUUACAAAAUAAGUAUUACAGUUAUUAGCAAUAAUCAGCAUAGUUUUAUGAAACAUAAGUCAUGCCAAACUAACCUGAUUGCAUUCUAGUAGAAUAAUAGAUCAAGGUGUUGCAGUGGAUGUGAUCUACUUGGAUUUUACCAAGGCAUUUGAUACGGUUCCUCAUAAUAGGUUAGUCUUCAAACCAAAAGAAAUUGGUCUAGAUUAAUAUUCUUGUUCUUGGGUAGAACAUUGGCUUAAGGAUAGAGUACGAGUUGUCAUUAAUGGUAAAUUUUCAAGCUGGACAAAAGUGGUAAGUGGUGUCCCUCAGGGUUCCAUUUUGGGACCGCUUCUAUUUAACAUAUUUAUAAAUGAUCUUGCAAUAGGCAUUGAAAGCCACGUUUUAGUGUUUGCAGAUGUAAUAAAAUGUGAGCAGGAUAUUGCUUUGCUGCAGAGGGAUUUAGAUAGAUUGGGGGACUGGGCACUAAAAUGGCAGAUUAAAUUUAAUGUAGAGAAAUGCAAAGUUAUGCACUUCGGGGUCAAGGAUGCACAAGCAAUUUACACUCUAAAUGGUAGUGAAUUAGGGAUAACCACACACGAGAAGGAUUUGGGAAUUGUUAUAGACAACAAAUUAGGCAGCAAUAUACAAUGUCAAUCUGCAGUUGCCAAGGCCAGUAAGGUUUUGUCAUGUAUAAAUAUUGGCAUAAAUUCUAUGGCUGAAAAUAUAAUUUUGCCUCUUUAUAAAUCGCUGGUAUAAACCUUGAAUAUGCUGUGCAAUUUUGGGCACCUGUUCUAAAGAAGGAUAUCAUGGCACUAGAAAAAGUGCAAAGACGAGCUACAAAAUUGAUAAAAGGAAUGGAGCACUUUAGUUACGAAGAAAGGUUAAAAAUUUAAAUCUCUUUAGUUUGGAAAAACGGCGCCUCAGAGGGGAUAUGAUAACAUUAUACAAAUAUAUUCAGGGCCAGUACAAACCAUUAUCUGGAAAUCUAUUCAUAAACAGGGCUAUAAGACUCAAGGUCACACAUUUAGGCUGGAAGAAAGGUGAUUUAAUCUAAGACAAAGGAAAGGUUUUUUUUUUUUUUACAGUAACAACUAUAAGGAUAUGGAAUUCUCUGCCUGAAGAGGUGGUUUUAUCAGAGUCCAUACAGAUGUUUAAACAGAAAUUGGAUAAAUACUUCCAAAAACAUAACAUACAGGGAUAUAAUUUCUAAUUAGUGGGGUAAUAGCUGCUUGAUAAAAGGAAAGGUUAAAGGACCACUCUAGGCACCCAGACCACUUCAGCUUAAUGAAGUGGUCUGGGUGCCAGGUCCUUCUAGGGUUAACCCAUUUUUUCAUAAUUAUAGCAGUUUCAGAGAAACUGCUAUAAUUAUGAAUGGGUUAAGCCUUCCCCCAAAGCCUCUAGUGGCUGUCUCAUUGACAGCCACUAGAGGCGCUUGCGUGCUUCUCACUGUGAUUUUCAUAGUGAGAGCACGCCAGCGUCCAUAGGAAAGCAUUAUGAAUGCUUUCCUAUGUGACCGGCUGAAUGCGCGCGCAGCUCUUGCCACGCGUGCGCAUUCAGCCGACGGGGAGGAGAGAAGGAGGAUCGGAAGAGAGCUCCCCGCCCAGCGCUGGAAAAAGGUAAGUUUUAACCCCUUUCUCCCUUCCAGAGCUGGGCGGGAGGGGGUCCCUGAGGGUGGGGGCACCCUCAGGGCACUAUAGUGCCAGGAAAACGAGUAUGUUUUCCUGGCACUAUAGUGGUCCUUUAAAGGAACUUAACAUGUAUAGCUUGGAGGAAAGACGAGACUGGGGGAUAUGAUAGAAACAUUUAAAUACAUAAAGGGAAUCAACACGGUAAAGGAGGAGACUAUAUUUAAAAGAAGAAAAGCUACCACAACAAGAGUACAUAGUCUUAAAUUAGAGGGGCAAAGGUUUAAAAAUAAUAUCCGGAAGUAUUACUUUAAUGAGGGUAGUGGAUGCAUGGAAUAGCCUUCCAGCUGAAGUGGUAGAGGUUAACACAGUAAAGGAGUUUAAGCAUGCCUGGGAUAGGCAUAAGGCUAUCCUAACUAUAAGAUAAGGCCAGGGACUAAUGAAAGUAUUUAAAAAAUUGGGCAGACUAGAUGGGCCGAAUGGUUCUUAUCUGCCAUCACAUUCUAUGUUUCUAUUAGAUAUCUGACUGUCAUUUUGCGGUUAAGAAGGAUUUUUUUCCUAGUUUGUUGCAAAAUUGGGAGCGCUUCAGACUGGGUUUUUUUUUUGCCUUAUUUUGGAUCAACAGCAAAAAUAUAUGUGAGGAAGGCUGAACUUGAUGGACUCAAGUCUCUUUUCAGCUAUGUAUGUAAUGCAUGUAAAUGCACAUUAUAGUUGCCAAAACACUUUAACUUAAUGAAGCAGUUUAAGUGUAUAGAAUAGAUCAUUCCCCUUCAGUCUCACUGCUCAUUUCUCUGCCAUUUAGGCGUUAAAUCACUUUGUUUAUGCAUGCAGCUCUAGUCACACCUCCCUGCAUGUGACUUACACAGCCUUUCUUAAUACUUCCUGAAAGUCAUUUAAUGUUUACACUAACUUUUUUGCAAAUUCUGUUCAAUUUCGAAUCUCCUGUCAGGGCCGCCAUCAGGGCAUGUCAACCGUAACGGUUGUCAUGGACCCUGCGGUCCUGGGGGGCCCGGACUGCUCAGAUCGUCCGGGCCCCACAUUCAGUGGUGUACAUACCGGGUCGCAGGGGGCCCUGCGACCCCGGUAUCUACCCACUGGGCCAGCUUCUUCUCCUGGGGGGCCCAGCAGCCGGUCACCUCAGGGCCCCCCCCCAGGCUGGCCCUGCUGUCACCCGGCCGGCGCGCGAGGGAGGCUCAUUGGUGGAACAUGAAGGUGGACCCUGGGACCCAGACCUUGAGCUGUGUAAAGGGCCCUCAAAAAAAUGGAGCUGCUUCCCGUUGAUCCCAGAACAUUGAUUUUUGUGACCACAGUUACAAACCGGACCAGUGGAGCCAGACGGCAGCUAGAGCCCAUCAUCAUCCUCAUCUGGUUGUAAGUAGGCAAUCUAGUAUAUUAUUCGUGGCACUAAUCUCUAAUUUACCUCACAUUAAAGGGACACUAUAGUCUCCAGGACCACUACAGCUUAAUGUAGUGGUUCUGGUGUCUAGCCUGUCCCUGCAGGCCUUUUAAUGUAAACACGGCGGCACUGCAGCACUGGUGUUAGUUAACAUGGCAGAUCAUAUGGGUGGGGCAUUGUGAUGUCACAUAGGGGGGCAGCAAACUUUACUUUUGCCUAGGGCGGCAAAAAUCCUUGCACCGGCCCUGCAGACACUGCUUUAUAGACCGUGUAGGAGUCUCCUACAUGUGAUUAAAGUUCGAUUUCCAGAGCAGGAGAUAAAAACUUUUAAAGUAAGUAACAUUUGAUUGAAAAUGAAACCAUUUUAUUUUCAUGCAGUCUGUGUGUCACAGCAAUGGGAAGUGUGGCUAGUGCUGCAUAAACAGAAACAAAGGGGAUUUAACUCCAAUUGGUAGUGAAUUGAAUAGUGAGACUGUGGAUGCAUCAUCUAUACACUUAAUCUGCUUCAUUAAAAUAGAGUAGUUUUGGUGAUUAUAGUGUCCAUUUAAAAAAUUAAACUAUUUAGAUUUUAGAACCACUUAUAUUUUCCUUGCCAGGUAUACCUUUAACUAAAUUGAUUUCUCAAGUUCAAGUUGAAAAGUUCUUCAUAUAUAUUAUAUAUAGACAUUGAUUAUUUAGUUUUUUAUAUAUAGCAAGUGUCAUAUAUGGUCGCCAUGUUAUUUUGUAGUUCCCAUUAGUGUAUUAAGAAACAUCCUAUUCAUGGUCCCGCAGGCUACUGCCCACAAUAAAGUUCAUUAUUCUGAAGCUGGGAACAGUCACCAAUUACAUUUGAAGACUGCGAACUUUCCAAACGAAAAAAAGUCACCAGUGGGAAUUUUAGGUAUGGACUCUGGAUCCCUGGCAAGAUAGCCCUCCAUAGCAGAUAUAUUAUGAUCUGUUCCAGGGUGUUCAGAAUAAAACGAGGUUCUACAGUAGCUAUAACUGUUAUAGAACAGCCCUGUGCCUCAGACACUGCUGGCUUUGUAGUUUGCAGUGCAGAAUGAAGAGAUUAGGAAAGUUGACAAGUUUCCUUGUCCCUCCUCCCCUCCCCAGCUCUCCACCCCUUGUGCCUGGCUCACUGACACACUGUAACACAGGCACAUCCUCCUCCUUCUCCACUCACAGCACUGCCGUAGGCUGUAUGCUCGGCUUCUUGCUGUCCCCUGUCUUGCUGUCACCCAGCUGAGCUCUACAAGAAGGUAAGAAUUCUCUGGUCCCCAUUCCCUGCAAUGCGUCUCCCCCUUCUUCACUGUACAGCCUAUUGAUGGCAGCGCCGGCCCGGUGCCCUGCCGGCUAGGCCUGCUCUCUGCAGGCAGAGAUUUCCAUGUGUCAGCCGCUCCCUUCCCUGCAGAGGCUGCCCUGUCCCAUGGCUCAAAUCCACGAGCCUGCUGCUGGGUGUCACUGCUUCCUCAGCGAGGGUGCUGGGGGAGGGGAGCUGCUGGCCCUCACCCUUCCUGUCACUCCUCACUCUGCAUGCUCAGGGUUUCUGCAUUUAUGGAAUUAAAUUAAAAGUGGGCUAGGCCAGGCUUGUGCAUAUAAAUAAGUUUGCAGAGCCAUCACCACAUAUUUGCAAUAUUGGAUAUUGGUGAUACUGCUAUUGCACUGUGGUAACAUAUGUCUACAUAUGUUUUAUAAUAUAAAAGUGUAUCAUAAAAGUCUUCAUAGAAAUAAACCACAAGUGUGUGCUCUGAAGUCGAUGUGAUUUAUAGAAUGGUCGUACCGUAUAUUGUAUACUGUUUGUGAUUGUGAUAUAUGUAGCACUGUAGAAUUAGUGAUGUGGGCCCUGCUGCGAUUAUACAGCAUUUUGUGUAUCCUCAUAAGGUGUUUUCAUGAGAACCGUUUUAAAAUAUGUUUAUAAAAACAUUUAACAUGGCUAUUGAAAAUCUAUGGAGUGACAUAUAUUAUGCUUAUGUGAGCCAUGACACAUACACUCUCUCUCCUUGUGUUUUCACUUUUUAUAUAUAUAUAUAUAUAUAUAUAUAUAUAUAUAUAUGUGUGUCACAUUAACGCUUGUGGUGACUCAUUUUGUGCAAUUUUAUUUUUCUAAUUGAUCUCAUUUCAUAAAACGAUUGCUGAAGGGUGGCGGUACUUGUUGCUACAUGUAUCUGGGAAUGUAUAUUCGCCACACGAGAUAAAUUUAACCCCUUUGGCUGCUGUAAUAUUUGUAAUAGUUUCCAUUAUCUAGAAUUAUUUACUUAAAUGUGAAUUGCUGGUAAUUCAAAUUGAAGUCCCAAAUAGCUGAUUUGAAAUCAUAUUUGAUUUAGGGGUAUUUUUUUUUCAAGUUAGGCUAUUUUGGCCUAAAACUUCUUCAAGUUUGCUUUGAAUUCCUGACAAGUCAUUCUUUAGUGAACAACUCUUGUCAAACACAGUUAUAAGAACAAACCAUUUUCAAAUAGAUGAAUUUGUUUAUAAAGCAACCAUAUGUUUUGACUUAAUUAAACCCCGCUCCCCAAUUACUUUACAGGACAGUUUAAGAAAUACUGGGUUACAAUUCAGCAAAGGUCUUACAAAUUUCACAAUAUAUGGUCACUGUUCUAAAACCACAUACCCAGCCCGUAAGAAUUGUCAUAAUUCUGAGGGCAACACCAAUAUGUGCCACUGGUCAGACAACUUGCACCCAGAACGUGUCCCGCUGAGCAUCAUGGUAAAUAUAACUCCCUAACACAUUGUGUUCCAAAGUUAGCCAUCGCUGGUUUAAGAUUAACAUCAUAUCUGAGUGUGUUGGGAGGUUUAGUUCAUUAUCAAUACGGAAGAUGAAGGAUGCUCUAUAAUUUCUUAUGCUGUUGUAUGUUUUACCUUCUUGACUUUUGUGGUAUGCAAGCAAAGUUAACUGUUAGUGUUAAAUACAAUAUAUGUUUUUCAGUUUAAUCUACAUGUGUCUACAAAAUGUUUAUUUUUAAUUUUUUUAUUUAAUUAUUUCUAUUGUCAUCAAAGUUACAUUAGACAGUAACACAAGAACCAAAAACAUAUAUUAGAAGCAAUCAUGUAUGUCAACGAUGAAUGACAGGAAGAAUACAUUUUUUAAAUACAUUUUAUUUUUAAAUAUAACAGCAGGAUGAAUAUCUUUUUUUUUUUUAAUUUAAAGGAAAUCUCUAGUGUUAUGAAUAAAUGCCUUUAUUUUUAACACUGGAGUGUUUCAAAGUUGUUUUUAGGUUUACAUCGCCAUUAAGUUAACCUAAAUGUAAUCCAGCAGCAAGGCAACAUACUCCCAACAGCUCAACUUCACCCCCGUAUCAUCAUUAGUAAUUAAGAUCUCCUAGCCAAUACGAUGCAUAGCGUUGGGAGACUUAGCACAUAAAAAGAUUUACCGGCUGUGCACACAAUUCUUCUCAUAAAGAAGUAUUGAAACGAAUGCUAUAUAAGUGUAUCAUUAAUUUCAAAACAAAACAUAACUUUCUUAGGUACCAGGUGCUGGACGGCACCAGAAAUUUUGGGGCCCCUGACAAAGCACAAGGUCUCCCCCCGCCCGGCCGGCCUCCCCCCCGCAAUGAAUGCAGUGUGUGUUAGUGUAAUGAAUGCAGUGUGUGUGUCAGUGCAAUGAAUGCAGACUGUGUUAGUGUAAUGAAUGCAGUGUGUGUGUCAGUGCAAUGAAUGCAGACUGUGUUAGUGUAAUGAAGAAUGCAGAUUGUGUGUCAGUGUAGUGGAUGCAGUGUGUGUGUCAGUGUAAUGAAUGCAGAGUGUGUGCUAGUGUUGUGGAUGCAGUGUGUGUUAGUGUUGUGGAUGCAGUGUGUGUUAAUGUAGUGGAUGCAGUGUGUGUUAGUGUUGUGGAUGCAGUGUGUGUUAGUGUUGUGGAUGCAGUGUGUGUCAGUGUAGUGAACGCAGAGUGUGUGUUAGUGUAGUGAAUGCAGUGUGUGUGUUAGUGCAGUGAAUGCAGUGUGUGUGUUAGUGCAGUGGAUGUAGUGUGUGUGUUUACUAGUUUAUGCAUGUAAUGUAAUGAAAGUUAUUCCCCCCUCCCUGUUUCUUACCUGGUCCAGGGAGGGGGGAGAUUCCAUGAUCCCUGGUGGUCCAAUGGCAUUGUGGGGCCCCCCCGGCUCCCUAUACUUGCAGAAGGGGCCCAGUGGACUGCAGCUGUACUUUACAGCAUUUCCCUCGCUCUCACUCCUGCGAGAUGUGGUGUGCGCGGAGUUAGAGCGAGGGAAAUGCUGUAAAGUACAGCUGCAGUCCGCUGGGCCCCCUCUGCAAGUAUAGGGAGCCGGGUGGGGGGGGGGCUGCGGCUGCACCUAUAUAUAGUGACCAUCGCUAUAUAUAGGUGCAGAGAGUAAUUGUGGGGCCCUGGACUGCCAAAGCAGUACAGGACCGCCUGGCCCGUGACAAUCGUUAUGGUUGUCACCCCCUGAUGGCGGCCCUGACCAGGUGGUAAACCCUUCUUUUCAUGUGCCAACACACUUCUGUACUUCAAAAGAGGUCCAAAAGCCUACUGUACUCACUACCAUUAGUCGAUCCAAAAAAAACAAAUACUUAUCAAGGUAAUGCACAACAGAUUCAAAACUAAAUUCUUUCUUAAAAAGCUACUUCCCAAAAUGUCAAAACCCUUCAAAAUAAAAUAAUGAUAUUAAACAAAACAUCAGCAAAAGUUUAUCAAACUAAAACCUCUCUUGAAAUGGAAAACCAAAGAAUUAAAACCAUCAGUAUUAACAGGCCAGAGAUUGGACGUAGAUCACUGGAAUUUUCAGGCAUGUCUCCCCAUACUAUGUACAAGCAUGGGAUGCUGAUCUUGGAGAGGUUUGUUUAAAGGAAUACUAUAUGGGUUCCUGACCCUAUAAUGUUAAAGCUACCAUUUAGGUGGCUUGCCCCCCCUUGGAAAGGGUUAAAACUCACCUUAUUUCCAGUGCUGCGUGUGCCUGUGCUGGUCCUGCCUGGUCUGCCUGUGCUGGUCCCGCCUUUGAUCUGCCUCCUUGAUGAAAUCAUCAGAAUGUACGAUUUUCAGCCAAAUGGCUGAAAUCAGCAAGGAGACAGGAUAGGUGCGGGGCAAAACGCUGAUUUGGACAAUCAGCACCUCCUCAUAGAGAUGUAUUGAAUCAGUGAAUCUCUAUGAGGAAAGUUCUGCAUCUCUGCUUAACAGCACUGUGUAGCACUGCCCCAUGAAGCACCUCCAGUGGCCAUCUGUGGAGUGACAACUAGAGGUAUGCCUAGGGGGUAAUGUAAACAUUGCCUUUUCUCCAUCCUUUAAAGUGAGAAUGCUUACUGUCUCAUCCCUAAAGUUUCAAAAUUUUACACUAUAUCCAAUUUUGAAAUUGUGAUGUUUUGAUAUUUUACUUAAAACGUUUGAAAUAAAGUUGUGUACACUAUGUGUUUACACUUGAUUGUUGAAUGCAACCGUAUCUCCAAAAAAUAUCUAUUUUUUAUAGCUAUUUUCUAUAGCUACCCACUCCUAUAGUAAGUUUUUUUCAUGUUAGUUAGCCUGCACCAUGCAUAACUCUCAGAUGCAGAUGUAGAUAAUUACAAUUAUUUAACACAAACAACAAUAACAAAACAUGUAUGACAUAGGGGAAUAGUAGGUGAAGAGGGCCCUGCCCAAACAAGCUCUGAAUUUAAAGACACACACCUUUUGAAUGAAAGUGCAAACUAUAGAUAAUAGUGUUGGCACAGAUAGUGCGAGAAGUAUCUGUUUCAUUUAGGUUAUAGUAUUACAUAUAUAGGCUCUCCUGCUAGUCCAGACAGGAUAUGAGAUAAUGUAACAGGAAUUACCCAGUAUAUUUAAUCAACCUCUGAAGGAUAAGCAACCUAGUUGACCAUGUUAGGAAUAGGGUCUGUAACAUUGAGGUUUCAAGAUAUUUUAUUAUCCAAAUUACAUCUCACUGAUUUCUGUAUUGCAUAGCACUUGUAUCAAGUUUUUCGUUUGCUUAGUAGUUUUGGCAAGUUGUGCAAAUAUUUAGUACUUUCUCAUACAUCUUUCUACACAAGCAAUAGAUUGAACAGUGCAUUUGCUAGCAAUGUGUGAUGUAUAGAUGCCAUUUUAAUAUUUUGGUUAAAGGCAUGCUUAUUCAUUAUAUUAUUAUAUAAUCAUAAAUUUACUAAAUAUGGUAUUUGGUAUUGGCCUUCAAUUCAUUUUUACUCCUUAAAAGUGGAGCUGAUUUUAGGAAUUCUCAAAUUAGCAAAAUGUAUUCUUUCAGCAUUAUUUGAUAUGUCAUAAUAAAAACAUAAUAAAAAAACAUGAGCACUGACCUUAAAGGACACUCUAAGUACAAAAACCACCACUAGCCCCUGUGCUUUUAGUCUAUUAUAGCUGCCUAGUUUGGAUGGAAUUGCAAUAUGUAAUGGGAAAUUGUGGUUUCCACAAUGUAGUCUAUCUUUUCUUAAAGGGACACUAUAGUCACCAAAAAAACAUUCGCUUAAUGAAGCAGUUUGGGUGUAUAGAUCAUGCUUCGCAGUCUAACUGCUCAAUACUCUGCCAUUUAUGAGUCAAAUCUCUUUGUUUAUGUAGCAUUAUUAUGUCCAAGUGAAACUUUUGCUAAUGUCCACGAGAAAUUUGCAAAAUAUAAGUCAUCAAAGUAAAAAAAAUAAAUCAUCUUCAGAACCAUAUUUCUCUUGUUGAUAAUUUAUUGGGUUAACUAUUUAACCUCCUUCUGGACAAGGGGUUUGGCAGAUCCAUUUAUUUUAUGAAUGCCCUGGCUAGUCGUGUAUCACUAAUGGGUUAAGGAAACCAUAGCUUACAGCAAUUUGUAAAAUCUGCAUUUGGGCUUGUAGGUCACUGAAUGGAAUGUAAAGCCACUAUGUGAAAUACAGAAGGAAAUCUAUAUAAGAUACUACUUAAAGAAAAAGGGAAUGCUGGAAAUGUGAAUUCUGUGCAGAAAUGGAUUUGGCGUUGACAACACUGGCAUUACUAAAUAAGGUUAUUUGCUUUAGCACUGAAAAACGUGUAUAUAUGCCAAGCAUUCUGUGAUUCAUAGUAACGGUUGGCAUUCAUACUAUUCUGUAACUUGCUCUAUCUAUCCGUUUAUAAACAUUUACACGCACUGUCUCUUCUCAUGUGUUUAAGAAAGGAGGUACAUUUCCAAAGAAAAACGCAUUUGUAUUUUAAAGAGAUUUAUUUAAUGCUGUUUUGAUUCAUAAAGGCCUGUCACUUGAGAAAAUCUCCUAACAAUAAUAAAUAAGCCAUAAAACCAGUAAUUCAGUUUUUUGGGGGUCAUGUUUGGUUUUAAUGUAACACCAUGCAAUUAAAUUGCCUUUCUCUAGCAAUUAAAAUAAAAUGCAAAGCAAUAAGCUCUCCUUUUUUCCCCCUGAUUCUUUUGCAUUUUGUAUUCGCUUAGGUUAAUUUAGAAUAGAUAUUGGUUGCACUGUUUUAAAUUAUAUGUUGCCAUUAGGGGUGCUUUGCUGGUAGGGUAACAAUACUCUAACAUUUGGUCACAUGAUGCAGAAUUCCCCAUUGGAAAGCAUAGACUCUAUGGGGAAGUUUGAAUGUGUGUGCGGUACUUGCCAUUCAUUUGCAUUAGGUCCCCAAUUCUCCCCAAUGAAUAGCGUUGGAUUGGGCCAUCACAGAAGAGGUGAUGACUCCUUCGUGAUGUCACUGGAGACAGAAAGGUGAAUAGCGCCACACGAGCCUCGGCACUAGAAAAAGAUAAGUAAAAUGUUUUUUUCUUAAUUUUUUUAUGUCAAAUGGGGUUGGGGAACCUUUUUAAAGCUAGGGAUUACACUAUAGAUUAGAAAUGCAGGUUUGUAUUACUAAUCCUAUAGUGUUUCUUUAAAAGGUGAAAACAAUUAUUUGAAGUGGUCAUGGUGCAUGGAGUCUGUAUGUGCAGUGUUUGGCUAUAAUAUACUGCACAAAUGGAAUUAAACCCCUCUUCUGCCGAGGUGUCCUUGGAGUGUUCCAGGCUGGCUAAUAUCAAUUCUGCGCAAAUUUCAGUGACAACAUUUUAGUCAUUUACUGAGAGAGGGCAGCUGAACUGAAUGGAGAAUGUUUCUUCUGCAACUUUGCAGAAACCAAAAGCGUGUCAUGUGAUGACCAGGGAGCCUCGAAACCUGGCGGGGACCCAGGUAAGAGUGAAAAACAUUGCUAAACAGUUUGUUCUAUUACCGGGAGACCGGGCCAGUGUACUCCUCACAUUAUAAAUUGUGUAGCGAGCUGUAGUGGUUAUGACAGGGCACAACAAAUCUCAGACCCCAGGUCACCAUGGCAACUAGAAAUUUUAUCCUGGUGCCUGUUGUUGAAGGACUGUGCUUGUCAGCUCUUCAGUGGAGUUAUCCUGCUGAGGGACCAUGGAGGUGGCUGGCCAAGGAAGAAAGGAGGCGGCGAGGGAGCAGUAAUCUUCCUGCAGUUCUUGCUCUGCUCCUUCGCGCCCUCUUUAGUGAUGACGGGAGCCGGAAUAUGAUGUCACUCGGCCCGGCAUCACUAAUCUGCACGCUAAGGAGCAGAGCUAGAAGAGCUCAAGAUUACAGUAACCACACUGGAUAACAGGAAAAGGAUCCCCUCAAGGUCUCCCAAAGAUAGGGAGGCUGAAUGCACUUAAAUUAAAAUAAGAACAGCAAUAAUUUGUGAGAGUAUGAGAAAAUGUGUUUGUGUGUGUGUGAGUGAGUGAGUGUGUGUGUCUGUCAGUGAGUGUGUCUGUUUAGGUUACCGGCCCCCUCCGAUUGCGUGGGAAAGGUGUUUUUACUCACCUUUUUCUUCCUACGCCUUGCCGGUCUCACCACAGCUGGUACCUCCUCCAUGGCUAGAUCAUAAAUGGUUUUGAGGCUUGGAGUAACUCUUAAACAGUACUCUUUGAGGUUAUGUAUAAACAAUUGUCACAUUUGCUUUCACAUUUACACCAAUUUUGUGGGUAUAUUCACUAGUUUCGUACUUGUAAAACUGCCACUCCAACAUACAUUGGUGCCAUGUUAUCCUCCUGUUCUGCAUUGUGCCAAAAUAAUCCAUCUGUUUUCCACUUUUUAUUAUUCUUUCUGAUUUUGUUCAUUCCUGUACAUUGGAAGCAACAAAUGUGUGAGCUAAAAUAAAAUGAUGGAAGAAGCAGGGUAAGUAUAUAGUAUCUGAGGAAAUAAAUAGGUGAAAAUAGGAAAAACAAAAUAGGAACCUUUUCUAUUUAACCAGCUGUGUGCUUUGACUUUUGCCAGAUUUUUCCAAUUUUCUCCACUUUCCUCUUUCUUCAUUUUUACUAUUUAUACCUUAAGGGACACUUUAGUCACCAGAACAACUACAGCUUAUUGUAUUUGUUCUGGUGAGUAUAAUCAUUCCCUUCAGACUUUUUGCAGUAAACACUGUCUUUUCAGAAAAAAAGGCAGUAUUUUCAUUACAGCCUCUAGGUACACCUCCACUGGCCACUCCUCAUGUGGCUACUAGAGGUGCUUCCUGGGGCAGUGCUGCACAGUGUGCAGAACUUACAUUCAGUGUCUCCAUCACUGAUCCUCAUAGAGAUGCAUCUAUGAGGAGAUACUGUAUGACCAGGGCUGGCUUUGCCCCUGAUAUGCCUUCUUGCCACUGUCAGCCAAUCCUAUGGGAAAGCAUUGUUAUUGACUCAGAGAAUAACUUCUGAUGAUGUCAGACAAGCAGGCAGAUCAAGAGCAGAGUCAGCAGCUGCAGGAUUGAAUAGAAGUAACAUUUUACUAUAUUUAGGGUAACAUGUUUGUGUUCCUGACCCUAUAAUGUUCCUUUAAAGCAGGCUUCCCCAGAUUCCAGCCCUGCUGAACUACAAUUAAAAUGAUUCUCGGCCUAUCUAUUUCAUUCAUAGAAUCAUGGGAGUUGUAGUUCAGCAACAUCUGAAGGGCUGGAGUUUGAGGAAGCCUGCUUUAAAGGGCAUAAAUAACCACUUCUGCUUUUAGAAGUGGUCAUGGUGAUUCGAGUCUGUAUGUGCAGCGUUUUCUGCACUCCCUCCCUCCUUCAAGUCCUCCCCGCCUCCCUUUACCCUGAAUUAGAUUUUUUUUUUUUUUUUAAAUAUUCACUCCCUCCCCUUUUUCCAUCCUUGCUGGCUUAUAGCACAUUCGUACUCUCUGAGAAUAAUUUGAUUGGACCUCUCAACAGCUCAAUUGACGUCAGACAGGUAGUGUAGAUCAGCAGUGGAAGCUUCACCCGCCGCCAUAUUUAAGGUGACUUAUUGCUUCAUUAUAUUAUAUGUUUUAAAGCUUCUGGGGGAAGGGGAGACCUAAAGAAAUAUAGAGCAGUAUGAAUAAAAAAAAAGAAAAAGAAAAUAAAUUAUGGCAAAAAAAUGGUUGGGGUAACCCUUUAAGAAACCAGCAAAACAAUGCCAAAGAAAGGGGAUUAAUUAAUUAAAUAUGUUACAAAGAUUCCAUUUUGCACUGUUACUGUAAUUGCUAUGUCAGGAUGGUGGUCUAAAUGCAGCCCCUUAAAGGACCACUAUAGGCACCCAGACCACUUCAGCUUAAUGAAGUGGUCUGGGUGCCAGGUCCAGCUAGGAUUAACCCUUUUUUCUAUAAACAUAGCAGUUUCAAAGAAACUGCUAUGUUUACAUAUGGGUUAAUCCAGCCUCUAGUGGCUGUCUCAUUGACAGCCGCUAGAGGGCUUCCGCACAUCUCACUGUUUUUUUUCACAGUGAAAAGACGCCAGCGUCCAUAGGAAAGCAUUGAAAAUGCUUUCCUAUGGACUGACUGAAUGCGCGCGUGGCUCAUGCCGCGCAUGCGCAUUCAGCCGAGGAGGAGGAGAGUGCGAGGAGAGUCCCCCGCCCGGCGCUGGAAAAAGAGGUAAGUUUAACCCCUUCCACCCCCAAGAGCCCUGAGGGUGGGGGCACCUUCAGGGCACUAUAGUGCCAGGAAAACGAGUAUGUUUUCCUGGCACUAUAGUGGUCCUUUAAGCAUUAAAUAAACCGUUUCUAAUCUAAAUAUCAAAUAUAAAUUAACAUGUGCUGUAUAAUCCCAUAAAAUUUAACACAGUAAGGGUCAGUGUGUGCCAUUGCUUUUGACAGUAAAAUGGCUGCAUGUGAAUGUUGUGUCCUUACUUCUGCCUUUGAAAUCGUUUAGUGCAAAGACCUCUGCUCAUUCCCUAUUAGAUGCGGUUGGGUGAUAAUUUAUAGUUGUGUUAACUCAGCAUUUUGUGUGUGCAAGGUGGACAGAAACUGAAGUCAGUUGUAAUUUAUAAGUGACCUCUUAUGUUUCUUGCUAUAGGGAAAAGUGCCAGACAUAAUCUACAGGAGGGAGAUAAGUUCUAAAAUGUUUAGGUUUAGAUUAGUUUGUUUCUUUAGUUUUUUGGUGGUUUAUAUUUAUUUAUAAUCCUGAGGAAGUUUUUUGAGUGCAAUUGAAAGUGUUAUAUACCAUACACAUUUAUAUUAUAAAGGGACAUACUUGAAAACGAGAGGAAUCUCAAUGUAUCCAUCCUGGUAAAAUAUUUUAUAAAUAAAUAAAUAAAUAUUGAAAUGGAACAUACCAUAAAAAUACCAUGUUUAUGUGGUGUCUGCGUGAUUAGGAGUUUAGUUAUGAGUGAUACUGGUAUAAGGAGCUCACAGAUAUUCUAUGUGAAGGAUAUUUCUAAAUAAUAUAAAUCAUCAUAAUUUUUCUAACAUUAAAGUAUCUUCCAAAUUGUUUGGAUUAUGAGUUACACUCUAAGCACCAUAACUACUGCAGCUUAAUAUAGUGGUUCUGGUGCAAUUAAACUGUUCCUACAGUGUUUAUAUUGCUUCCUAAGGACACCUCUUGUUGUUGUCACUCAGACUGUCACUAGAGUCACUUUCUAUUGCAGUCCUGCAAUGUUUGUGGGACAAAUGUUCAGCAUCUUCGUGCUCUGCAUGAAGAAACUGAACACUCCCUAUAGAGAUGCAUUAAGCUAAUGUAUUGUGGGUAAGUAAAACUCUUUAUUUUAAAGGACAGCCCAUGCACCAUAACCACUACAGCUUUGUGUUAGAUGUUAUGGUUAUAGAUUGCUAUAGAUGAAGUCUCCAUUUUGUGAAACCAUUUUAAAGUGGUUAGACAAAAAACACAGGAGGACUCCCCAUCACCUUAACUUGACAAACUCUGCUGGAGAUGUUGCAAAGAGGCAGAACCCUUCUUCAUAAUCUAUCUAAAUAAUUGGGUGCUUGCUCUGCCCCCAAUCCGUCUCCUUGGCUGACAUCACCAGAAUUAAUGAUCUCAGCUAAUCACAAUGCUUUCCAAAAGUACUAACCACCAUCACAGGACAAAGCAAAAAUGGUAGAGUAGCCCAUAUGUGUACCCUAUAAAAAGGAAGGCUGUGAGGACAUCUCCACUUAACAUGGAACCAUGCCUUUUGGUGAGUAGCUCAGCACACCUGUAGGAAAUAUGCAGGUCUAGUUGCACCCCCGGCACAAGUGACCUAGAAUGGCCGGAACUCUGUAAUUACAUGCCAGCAUGCACUGCGUACUGGCAAUAGAUGAAAUGAGUUUGUAAGUAAAAGCCCUCUUAAUUGGGCGCGCAUGGCUCACAUGCACACAUUCCUACAAUGUGCAACAAUGUAACUCUCCUUCCUUAGUGACAGCCCCACCUUCAUACAGCAUCCUUUUAUUAAUCUGUCCUCUGCCUACCUAUUAUACCUGUGUCUCCCUCUAAUUGCCAAGUUGUCCGCUCCCCGGGCCAUCCCUUUGUGUGCCGUUCAGUGCUUCAGAUAGGAAAGCAUUGGAUUCAAGCUGAUUAGCGCAUUUGCAUUCCGGGCUAUCUAAUAUUAAUUUUAUAACACAACAGGAGGCUUCCUAUUUUGCAUUAACUUUCUUUACUAACUCCAUAGCAGCAAAGAAAAAACUGUUAAAGAAAGAACCAAUCAGAGUAAAUCAGAGAGUAUAUAAGUCCAAGCGUAGCCAAUCAUUUCCUCUUUUUUUGCUGCUCCAUCACAAGUCAGGUCAGAGUACUGAUUUCUUAAUUGUGUUUUGUUAUGCAGGAUCUUUUGUAUAGAUUUACUGUAUAUUAAUUUUUUGGUAUCUAACAUAUGUUAUAUUGGGGGUGGCAGGGGAGCUUCAAGAGGGGCUAUCCCUUCUCCCCUCAGUGGGGCUGAUCUUUACAUCUCAUGUGGGUGUAAGGUUCAAGGAACGAGCUUCCCAGUAUUAUGAUUAUCCCUAUUUAAGUGUCAACACGUAUUGUGCUUAAGUUAUCUGCUGAAGCUUUAGUACCCACCAUUUGCUUCGUAUUUGCAGAGACCCGCUGAGGCUACUGCGUUCCGUUUCCGACCACCUCCCUGUCUCCUCGAGUGGCUACGUUCGCCACCUUUCUCGUCUCCUUCCCGCUCUGUUCAUAUCAUCAGCUAUGCGAACUGACCGGGUUACAUAGUGAAUUUGUGCAUUUCAACACGAAAGGACGCAGCCCUCCUGUUCGCGCUGGUAAUUGAAAAAAGGCGCGAACAGAACAGGCAGUCGCGGUUCGUGUUUUUCUGCACGGACAUUAUCAUACUGUUGCCAGGAGAUUUGCACGAACGGACGGUUAUCAAACUUAACAGGGAACCAGUCCGUUCGUUGGAUUCCUCCACCAGGAGCGUUCGGCAGUUUAGUCUAUAAGCGAACAGCCGUUCGUGGAUUUUCAGCAGAAUGCUUCAGCUAUCACCAUUUUUUCGCGGGCAUUUUCUGACGCCCCAGGGUCUCUCGUGAGACCCGCGGCGGCCAUUUUGUUGGCGAAGUAUUUCUCGAUGCCUCAACUAACCAUGAUUGCGAGCCGUGUUUCUCUUUUUUCCCAGAACUGGGCACAAUUGUCCACGGACGCUUAGGUAUUGCAGACGGUCAACGGAUACCGAAUCGAAGUACGAACACCCCCCAUAAAGAGAUUUCCUCCUUGUCCUUUAUGCCUCUCAGCUCCGGACGCUCACCUCAUAGAUGUGGAGCUCCGCGAACUACACAAGAAGGGCGCUAUACAACCCGUGCUCAAACGAGGAGGCUUCUUCAGCAAUAUGUUCCUCGUCCGCAAGAAAACCAGGGAUUUCAGACCGGUGAUCAAUUUAAGAGACCUGAAUGCUCAUGUGUCACUUCAAAAUGGAGGGGAGUAUCGUUGCCUAUUACAGGGGGAUUGAUUUAGAACAUACAUCUUAUGGCUAAACGAGUGUAAUCAUUGGAAAAUUAAGUAUAUACUCAUAGACACUUUUUUCAUACGGUCUGUCCCGUAGCACUGAUACUAGUCUCUCUUUCUUUUCAGUUUAACAAGUCUUUAAGAUAAUGGAGAAAACUGAAUUCCUUACGGAGUUUCCAUGUUGGAUUAAAUUGGAUCAAAUGCAUCGGACACGUUGUCAUAACAUGAACUUGUGAUGUCGCAGUAGUCAAGAGGAAAUGAUUGGCUACGCUUGGACUUAUAUAUACUCUGACUCACUCUGAUUGGUUCUUUAUUUCAACUGUUUUUUCUUUGUUGCUAUGGAAUUAGUAAAGAAAGUUAAUGCAAAAUACUCGCCUCCUGUCAUUAUUAAAAUUAAGAUUAUUAGUACACUGCGCUAGCAUAAUCUUCAAUUAUGUGUGUAUAUCUAUGCACAGAUUCUUGUUCAUUGACUCACAGUGAUUAUCUGACGCUUUCAUCCAGUGAAUGAGCAUUAGGAUUGCCAUCCGACUUCUGCAGUUUUGCAGAAACUGGAUGUUGUAAACCUGUGUGUGAAGAAAACCCAAUCUAUACCCUUUGCAAACCAUUGCAAAAGGAGAAUAAUCAUCCACAAGCAACUUAUCUGAGUAUUGAUGUGAGCACCCAUCAAAUUGCAAAUCAAAGAUGACAUAAAAAAUAAAAAACAAAAAUAAUUUUGGCAUUACCCGUUUUUUUGUGAUCAGUCAGAUGUUAGAAUUCUUCUGUCGUGGGGGUUAUUUAUAAGUUUUCAUGAUAUCAGUUUUUAUUUGUCUGGUAGAUGUCCUCUUUAACAUGAUAUUACAUUGCAGCAAACAAUAAAGGUUUGUUCAAAUUAGCACUUUAUCAAGAGGUGUAAACAAGUAUCAGUCAAAAUGGAAUAAAACUCAUAAAGCCACUGAUUUUUAAAUCACAACAAUAACUACGGAAUUUGCUGGCUCUAUUUAAAUAAUAAUACAAUAAUAAAAAUAAUUAAAAAAUAUUAAAAUAAUUUAUCACACCUUUAAAUGCACUUCUACAUUUACUAAUUAUUAAAAUCCUAAUCGAAAGAUAAUUUAAAGGAAAACUAUAGGGUCAGGAAUUAAAAUCUAUAUUCCUGACUCUAUACCUUUUAAAGCACUAUUUAAGUUCCUAGCCCUUCUCUCCUUACUUGUAAAACUGAUUUUACUCACCUUUUCUUUUCUAAAAAGGCAGUGUUUACAUUAAAAGCUGCAGGGACAUCCUAUAGACAACAGAGCAACUACAUUAAGCUGAAGUUGUUCUGGUGACUAUAGUGUCACUUUAAAAUAAAAUAGAGUAUAUAGUCCGUUAUUUUGACAGGUUGUAUUUUUUAAUAUUAAAAACAAAAGUCAGAAAUCAAUGUAAUCUUUCACUUUCCUUUUUGUUGAUGGGGCCUUCUUCAAACAGACUACAUAAACAGUUCAUCAACAGGAGCAGGCACUUAAAGGGAUAGGUAAUAAAAAAAAAAUACAUAUUUAUUGUGAAUCUGUGCACCCCAGAGGAUUUAUAUAUUUUUUUGUUUGUUAGAAAUUGGCAUUCAGUCCCAUAAUGUUUACAUUUUCAAACUAUUGAUUUCACAUUUGAUAAACUAUUAAUUUCUUGUUUCUAAAAAAAUUAAGAAAUCUAAUGUAAACUGUGAAACUGUGUGCAAGCUGGUUUGAGCAGAGUCCUCAUCAACCUAUUGGUCCUGUAACAUUUUGCAAUUGUCUCAUUUAUUGUUAAAUCUCCCCCUUUAUAGUAUUUUAAUUAGCUCCGGAAUAAGUUGGUGCUAUAUAAACGCCAAUAAUAAUAAUAAUAAUAAUAAUAAUAAUAAUCUGUAGAAGCAAUGGCUAUGUUUAAGAACCUUUGCCUUUCCCAUGUUGCUCAGUCAGCUUAAACCACUUACAGGGCUAUUUACCAAAUUGUGAAUCGUAGGGAAUUCAAUGUGAAUUUCAAAAUUUGAGGUCAAAAUGUUUAAUCAGAUUUGUUUGGAGUUCAGCUCUAAAAUUCUAUAUUGAUUUUGAAGUCCUAAUACUUCACACUUUGGUGAAUAACCAUGGCAGCAUCUUGCUACUAUCAGGUAUGGAAUGCACCCUGGACGUUUAGUCCAUGAUAGCAUUUAGGGUCCAAAAUUUAAGAAAUCAAUGAAAUUGGGUAUUGGUUCCAAAAAUGGCUACUAAUUAUUUAGAAAAAAAAAUCUGGUUAUGGCUUGAUGCCUUGAGAUUAUCCAUUGUGAAUGAUCAGAAAGGUACUAAUGAAAUAUCUUCUCAUACAUAUAUAGAAUGGUCUACAAAUGAACAAUUAAAAGAUAUGUAUAAUACUUAAAGGGACAAUUUAGGCACUAUAAUAACUUCAUCCAAAGGAAAUUGUUAUUGUGCCAGGAAGCCCCCUGGCACAUUCUUAACUUAAGGGGUUAAGCUGUGUUCGAAGGGUUUAACCCUUCCAACGCCGACCCUAAUCUUAGUUUCAGGAAGUGUGGAUUGGAGCCGCUUGAAAAAGAUACAUAUUUUUUAAGAUACAAAUCACUGUUUAGUAGAUAUACCCCCAAUUAAUACAUGCAUGGAGCAUGGAUUGCCAUGCAUGUAUUCAUUGGAGGUAUAUCUUAAAAGAGCUUGCAAAGGCUGCAGUUCUUAUGAACUGCAGCCUUAGCAAGCCCUUCCCUUUUUUUCCGGAAGAUACUUGUAGUCUCUUCGCAGGAAACUAACCAAUCAAUGAGAAGCCUCUGAAUUGGUGCACACAAACUGGCUGGUGCACACGCACACACAACUACAUGUGCACACGCCGGCUCGUGCACGCGUGCACACAUAUACAUGGGCGCGCACACAUCUGGUCUGAAGUCAGUCUCUGAGGAGCUGGUGAGUGGAGAGGCAGGUACGCUCAAGUAGAGCGUGUCUGCAACUUUUGUUAGUUCAGGGGAGCUAACGGAAGGAGUCUGCAAACCUCCCUGGCUGUUUGACUCAUUUUCUCAUAGAGAUCAACACUUUUAUAAACUGGGGUUAAACUAACUACUCCUCACCCAUAAAGCUGAAGUGCUUUUGGGGUGUGGAGUGGUCCUUUAAAAACGAUAAAGUCAUUAUGGGGCACACAUUGGUCAGUAAAUAACUCCUACAGCUCUGAUGUAUUUCUCUGUUUCCAUGCAUUCAUGAAGCCAUAUAUUUUUUUAAAGCUGAGAGGACCAAAUUGGCUGACUUCUUAAUUUACAUUGUUGAAAGAGGAUCACAGACCAAAAUUGACAACCAAGUUGUUAAUUUUAUUUAGACAAGAGCAGCUUAGUGGUAAUUUUAACAUGCAGCCACUUUGACCACAUCUUACACAUGAACUCCCCUUAAAUUAUUUUUUUUGUGAAUAGUCUUGGUACGUUACAUGUGAUUUCAAAGAUACAUGCAAAUUACCAGUUAGGGCUAUUGCAUCAUUAUUGCACAUGAGGGAUGGUGCGUAAACAAGGACAAACAGCAUGUGUUAUACCUCAUACAUUUUUACAUAAUUACAUGUAUUUGUUCUCAUUAACAAUACAUUUAUUUAAUAAUUAUAAUAUAAAACAAAAAUAUAAACAAUACUUUUAUUGAGUAUAGAAAAUGUAUGUCUUCCUCUUCUCCCCUCCCCCGUCUUCUUCAUCUUCUCUUUUUUUUUAACGGUGCUUUUUCCUGACUUCUUCAAUGCAUGUAUAUAUUUGUCAAUGUACGUUGUUGAAAUAAUUUUGUAUGCCACCAUAACUGCAAAGCUCUUAACAAGAAUUCUAGCUGUGAAUAGGGUGUGGCUUAAACGUGACUCUAUUUCUGUGUUACUGACAUACAUUUUGCAAAUGAGAUACAAGGGGAAAACUGUCCUGUCACCCACCAUUUACCCUAUACAUUGUACUAGCAAUGCAUCUCGUCAGUAGCGCAUUAAACGAACAUCUCUAUUCCAUUUAUUAAUUAAAAUACAUGAAACAAAAUAGAAUAAAAUAGAAGAUCUGAAAGCAUAUAAAAUAAGCUGCUAAUAUGGAAGAAGCAUUAAGAUGCAUGCUGGGAGAAUAUGCUCUAUGUACUAAUGGUAGGUAAUGUAUGUGACUCUCUGUACAAAAAUUGCUGGUAGACUAUUUUAAAUGAUUUCAACACGAUAUACAGGAAAGUAUUUUAACAGAAAAUAUAGUACAUGCUUGGCAAACCCUAGGAUCCUCGAAAUAGCUCUGCACGCCUCUGAUUUUUAAAUUAUAAUAAAAUAUAUAAACAGACUGGCUACUAAUACUAUUCUCUGGUGUUUUAAAUUGACGCUAAGCACCAUAACCACUAUAAGUUAUGGUAUAAACAAGUUUUUCGGUACUGUUCACCAUCCUCUGUUAAAACUUCUUCAAGCAUUUUGAAAAACUGAGGCCUUACUGAAACCCAAAAACUGGCCACUCGAUUGCUGAGACAAUGUUCCGUUUUCACUUCUGCAUUUAUUAUCAAUAGAUAUCCAACCCUGGAAGUCAAUUAUGGACUUCCAGCAUGAGGCUAACUUGCUUGCAGUUUUGCAUUGCCAUGUAAAGAUUGCCUGCUUUGGGUGAAUAAAGUGUAAGUGAAACUUUGGAAUUAUCUGAGCAGCAGCAGCAACAGAUGGGCAAGGUUCUGGGUGUUGCUGUGCCGUGGAUUUGGUCAUGCCGCUUAAAAAUGGUGUGAUGGAAAACUAACAGCUCCCAAGCACUCCACUAUAACUGUUACAAAAAAACUGUAGCAGUUAUGGUGAUUGAGGGUCCUUUUCAUUUUAUAAAUAUUUGUUUCCCCCUGAUGUAGGGCCUUUAUUAAGAUUGAUUGAUGUAAAAAUAUUCCUAGGUGCUAGGUCUACUUUUGACAUAUGCAGUGCUCACACUAUAUUAGAACGGAAAUAAUUGUGAAAUAUUCAUGAUGAAUGUUGAAGGCAUUUGAAGAUUGUAUUUAUAAAUGGGAAACAUUCUGUUAUGUUUCCUUUUGUAUCAAAUUUCAUAAAUUAUGAAUUCUGUGUUUUAGUUUUCCUCCUACUUUUAUUACAUUUACAUUUUUAUCAUAGUUGCAAAGAGCUGUUGUUGAAAGUACUACAAGCGGCAUCUUGUUUGCAUUAAUUCAGUGUGGACAAAUCUCUAUAUCCCUGGUGAUAGAUAUUCAUACUUCAUGCAAUUAAAACCCUGUCUACAAUCUAGGUCUCUCUGUUGUUAUGAUCUCUUUGAGUGCUGUUGUGGCAUACUCUGUGUCAGGGGACUGAGGAAAGAUGAUGCAUCUGUUUAUGCUUUGGCAAACUGUAGCUCACACAUUCACCUCUGAAUACAUCUGGGCAUAUUGGAACUAUGCCAAAACUCACUUUAUUAGCCAAGUAUUUUCCUUUUGUUACAUGUUUUUCCCAGGGUGCAUUACUAGUUUUUUUGUUUUUCUUGCAAAACAUGUCAACGUUCAUGCUACAUGUAAUGUUCUUAAAUUUAGACAUAUGUGGAUUACUUUUGUUUUCCAUCUUGUUUGUUUUAUGACCACAAGUGUCUGUGCAUGCAUAUAUCCUUCCUUAUUUAUUGUAUAUACACACAUUUACUCAUACACAUAAAAUCCUACAAACGAAUUGUCUAUUCUGAAUGAGUUGUAACAAUAUGUAAAAUUCAAGUUAAGAUAGCAAGUAUAUAACAAUUCUUGCAGGGAGAUAAUUUUUUUUUUCACAUUUUAAAAUAAUACAUAACUUUCCAUUUAAUUGCAUAUAAAUUUAAAAUCCAAACGCGAUUACAAUCCAAUCUCAGAACGUUUCAUGGAUUGAUUUGAAAGGACAGUUUUAGAACGAUAAAAGGAAUGAGAAAAAAAAAAGACAUGGAAAAAAUGCAAAGCAUCUUUUUGCUUAGUAAAAUGAAUUUGGAAUAAUGUCUAUUCUAUGUGCACAUCUUUAUAGUAUUUUGUUUUCAUCUACAUUUACUCAUAUAAAGGUGCAAAGUGGCACUCUGAGUAUAUUGAUGAAAUUGAUUUUAAUCUACUCCUACUUUAAUUUUUUGUAAAACGAUAUUUUAUUUAUUUGCUUAUUUGCUGAUGGAAUUCAGUGGUCAAGACAAGGAAGGGGAACAAGGUGCCUACAAACCUUUUAUAGUACAUGAGUGGGAAGUUGCGUGGGCCUGGACAUUUACCCAGUUUGGAGUUUUUAUGAGCCUGUUUAAGCUCCUCCUUUGUGAUGGGUUCAUUGAGAAGUGGAGUAGCCUCUGGGAGCAGCUUGUUGCUAAGAUAUUUAUUCUGUAUGCGGAGCAAAUUAGGUCCCAACAUAGGGGUUCAGGCAGGGUUAGAUAUUGAGUAAAAAUUCAGCUGAAUUGUCUCCACAAUGUUACUGGGUAAAUAGUGAAGUUGGCGGUUACCCAUUUGGAUUUUGUCAAUGUAUGUUACUGCCCUCUCUUUUUUUUUAUCAUACGGAUUAAAAGUGGCCCACAUUUAUUAAUGUGGGCAAAAUAUAGGGUCUUACUCUGCAGUAAGGACCGGUGAUAGGAAGCACUGUGAAGUUUCGAUAAGUCUCGUCUUAGGAUCAUGAGAGUUUGUUAUUUGGUAGAGUCGUGUGUGCUUGUGUGUAGAAUUGGGUCUCAGUAUCUCUUGUUGGGGACAUGUAUAUGUACCUCCCACAGGGUAAAUGGGGUAUUAAGUACUUUCACACUAAUUGAGAGGAAGGUAAGGAGAGCCCUCAUAAUGGUAGGGGUUGACGACAUGGUGGAUUAUUUGUGUAGUAGGGUAAAUUAUACCAUGUUUCCUCUAUCAGAGGGUUGAGUCUCUGUUAGGGGGCCACCAUGUAGUGACUAAAAAUCAUUAGAUUAGUAAACUGGUGUCUACUGGUUUAGUGAACCUAUGAAUUUGUACCAGGGUCAGUCAGAACCAAUAAACUAAACAAAUAAACAGUCAAAUUUACAAAGUAUAUACAAGUUUUAAGAUAACUCACCCAAAGGUGGGGGCAUCUGAAGGAAUCUAUCUCGGAAUCUAUCAGACGGUGUCCCCAAGGCCGACACUCAAUUACUUAACACACAUUCCCUAAUGGAGGUGAUCAGUACAGCCCCUAAGGGGCCCAAUAGCCAGGUGUUAAGUGGGUAACAGAUUUGCGAGGACCGGAGGGUGGGUGAGGUCCAAGGAAGUCCAGUGUCAAAGAAAUUAAAACCACUCUGAUCCACUGAAUUUCUUGAAUAACCUUCCCAACCCCUGUCAUCCUCAGGGCAUGAGGUAGUAAUAGUUUGCCCGAGUACCAAAAAUCUUAUUACAAAGAGUGAGCCUGCAACCUCAAACAUGUCAAACACUGCACAUAUAGGAUAAGACUAGGCAGGUUAUCAUGCACACAAUAUAGGAAGCCCUCCGGUGGGAACUCCUCCCACAACUUUGCAGGGAGCCUUAAGGAGCCGUGAUUGGGCCUUAGCGAUUCAGUGCAAAGGUGAUCUUUUUUCUCAUAGGGUCCCUGCUCUCAAAGUUCCCAGUCCCACACUGAUGCAAUUACAAGGAUCAGCUUAGUGGUAGCCUGUGAAAACAGUGGGUGAAGAACAGUAAUCAGGUCCCCCUGGUCCAAACCUUCCAAGGGCCCAAGGUGGGAUCCUUCUGGUGUCAUUCGCCUGAAAUGACCAAUAUACCAGUGAGUUCAACAAAAAGGGGGAAGGAUGGCCGGUAAGAUAAAAUAAACAGGGAGGGGGGAUAAAACAAGGAAGUCCAUUUACAUACAUUUCCUCUAUUAGUGAUCCCUGAAAAGGAGGUCAAGCCCGCCUUGUACUACCCUCGGUCAGUAUAGGUAUGGGUUUGAAGGAUAACCCUGUGACUAUGGCCCUGUGGUAAAGAAAUGCUGUUUGUGAAGCAAUGCGAAGUGGCACUUCGACCUACCGAAGCCAUUCGAAGUGCCAUUUGACCAUGUGGCAGCGGAUAUUUUAAGCCACGAGUACAAUGAGCUGUGUUUGGUCGUCGAGUUCAUGGAGCUCAAAUCGGACACUCGAAGGUGCGAACACCGCUAAAACUUUACCUUCCAUUGAUGUUCGGCUAUUCGAACGGGAGUCGAACAGCGUUCGGUAAAAAGAACCUCUCGAACAAGAGCUAUAUAAUGACUUUAUCCACAAACGGCUACGUUCGGUAUUUCGAACUUAACUUCGAAUCACCGAAGUAGACCCGCCGUACAGCCUGAUUCUCUGGAACUGUUUUGGGCAUGGGACCAUGGAUGCGGUCGGUCAAAAUAUGACUUCCAUAGAAUUCUUGAACCCCUGAACUGAUCUGGGGGAUUUUUGGAUAUGUUGGUCACCCAUAUCAGGGCUAUCAGGGGAUUUAACAAUUGUGGUGAUAUCAUGUGCUUUUGGGGUACUUUUGGGGUUUUGUAUAUAAAUAUGUGUUUUUUCUGCCUAGAUAAUUGAAUUGAUACAGUAUCUGACUCAGUUAUCUCACAGGCAGAGGGGAGGAAUUGUAAGUUUGUUAUUGGAGUAUCGUGUAUUUAAUCCCUAUCCUUAUUGGUCUGUGUCUUUGUGUUGGAGUCCCCAACAAGGUCCAUAUGGGCGUAACCCCUUGCAUGGGGAUUGUCAUAAAAAGCCAGUGUGGCACCAUUAAAAUUCAGUUCCUGUUUACCCUCAACACAGAACCUCGUCCCGUGCUUGUAGAGGAAAGCGGAUUGUUCUUUGGAGUGUUAUAAUCACUUGCUCUUUUAAGAGCUGUUCCUGCUUUACUCUACAGCAUUCCUCUCAAUAGGGGGAAAAGAACAUCUCUGGCGGCGAGACCCUUCUUCUCAUCUGGGAGGCUGCCACAAUGGGUACUGGGUAUUAAUAACUUCUCUAGGUUUAGGAGCCCGCCGUCUGACAGAUUCUAGACGAUGGUGAUGCCUUCCUAGUGGGGGAGUUGUGUUCCAGACUUUGGGCAUGGAGAAACUGUAAAAGUAGUAAAUAUGGCCACUACAUGCCAACUGUAUGCUCAAGUAAUAGUAAAAUAAAGUAUAAAGAUCUGUGAUACAUAUUCUCUAGGUAUUUGGCAAGCACAAUUUAUAGACAAAAUAAUUACAAGUUUACAACGGGAGUCGAUCAUUUCAGAGAAUAUUUAUGUUAUUGAAUUAGAAAUCCUGAAGAGUCAUCCAGUUAUAGCUGUUUGUUUUAAUCACUCCUUUACAUCAAAGAGGUAUAGAAUAGUGUAUUCUAGCUCUCUGAAAGAGAAAUUGCAUAAUGCUUAUUAAACUCCUUCAAUCCUUUCAUGGAGAUAAUGUAUUAAAAAGCAUGCAGGAACAAUUAAAGAUAAAAAGAUACUCACCUAUAAAUUUCCUUCAUUUGCUGGAAAUCUGCAGCUGCUUCUCCAGGGACUAGGAAGUAGGUGGUUUACUCAACCCAUUCUACUCCUCCCAUUGUUUUCAUUUGAGAAUUGCACACAUCCCGUAAUCAUAAUCUCCAUAACUUGACACUUGUAUUUUAGCAAGAAAAGACAUAAGGAAGGCUAAUUGGAAAGUUAUCAGAAGCCACAGAAAUAAUCUCUUAUUUAAAGGGAUCCUAUAAUGCCAGGAAAACAAAGCUGUUUUCCUGGCACUUUAGGUUUAAUAUGUCCCUCUCUCCCUCGUGCCCCCACUACCUGAAUCCAGCACUGAUGUCCCUCGCCGCUGGGUCAGGAUCCGCCCACACUCCUCAACUCACCAACGUCAGCCGGCAGGGGAGACCUAAUACGCAUGCGCGGCAAUGGCCACGCGUCCAUUAGUCCUCCCCCUAGGAAAGCAUUAUGAGGACAUCUAGUCUCAGAUAACAGAAAAAAGCUCCGUUUAGAUUCUGGAAGUGCCCCCAGUGGCUGUCUGGUAGACAGCCAUUGAAAACAGACUGCAAUGUAAAAAUUGCAGUUCUUUGGAACUGCGAUGUUUAACAUUGCAGCACAAAGCGCAAAGGGACACAGCACCUAGACCUUCAAUUAGCUGAAGUGGUCUGGGUGCCUACAGUGUCCCUUUAAUCACUCUGGGUUCAUAGACAAAUAUCUUCAUCAUCUCUCUGCCUACUUUAAGCAACCUGCCAAACAUGGAUUGCCUAAAUGCUCCACAUGGACUUCAUUGCAAUUAUUAGGGACUGGCGUUGGGCAUUUGACGGCUAGAUAAGAUCUUUUUAAAUUAAUAAAUAUAUGCAUGCACACAUUAUAGGUAGAAUGUAAAAUUAAGCUAAGCACACAAUCUGCCUGAAAGAUAAAAUAAACUGAACUUAGACAAAGUAAACCAAUUAUUUUGUCCAUCUUUGCAGUUCUGCCAAUGCAAUGUAGCUGUCAGUAACUAAAAUUUGUAAAGAAAAGUUCCCUAGCUAUUCUGUCUGCCUGUUUGAUCUGCCACUGUGUUUACUGCAACCAGUUUAUUUUUUUGUACAUAUUAUGUGUACAUAAUAAACUUUAAUAUCAGAAGCCAUGUGUAUUUUUAUCUAUAUAUAUAAAACUUUAUUUUGUUUUUCUCUAUAGAAAUAUAAAAAAUAACUAGUGUCUAAAAUCUCUAACUGUCCCUGAUGAAUAUAUAUUGCAAGCAUGAUGUUACAGCAACUGGAUAAUUCAAAACAUUAAAAAGUAAGCAAUCAAUCACAUUGGCAAGAAGUUAACCAUUACAUAUAUAGACACACGUGUCUAUACGUAAGCUUAAGUAUAUAUUUUCAAGACACAGUCUCUGUAAAAGAACCCUACUAUGCGCAGAAGGCUGCAGCGAUGCUAACAAUAGACUAAAUCAGUGUAUUUGUGUGACACAACCAAACAGGUGCUGGAAGAGUAUAUUUUCUAAUUAAUCUCAUAAAAGUAGCGAUAACAUAUGCUUUUCAUUUUAAUAUGUGGCUUUGUUUUCAGGAUAGUUUAACAAAUGGAUCUGUAUGUCAUCAAUGAGGGAAAGGCAUGAACUGCAUUAUAUGCAUUUCAUUUAUGUUAGUGAUUAUGUUUUUCCAGUGUUAAGAUCCAUUAUGGCCUUGAAUAUCCAUGAGUUAGGCACACAAGAAGAGUUACAUUGAAGUAAAGUGAAAAUUAACUCUCAAAAUAGAGAAAAUUAAAACAGUAAACACUCUUAGUGACAUACUGCCACUGUCCAAAGGAUCCCUGGUAGAGUCAGCUAACAUGCUCUGGUUGUGCUUUUUAAGAAUAUAGUAAUUAUGGAAAAAUGUUUUAUGAAAAUACAUUUUUACAUAAGUAAAUAACAUGAGUAGUAGCUGUUUUCAAAAACACCCUAAUCUGAAAUUAGCCUUAUCCCUUUAAAAAUUGACAUGUACUCAAAAAUAAAAUUCAGCUCUAUAUUAAAACCUUUAUAGUAGUGUUUUAUCAACUUGAGUAGAUUAUUCCUUCUUGAUUUUAUGUAUGAUUUUAGUCACAUGGUCACAACUGUUCUAAUUUUUGCUGGUUGCAAAGUAACUCAUUUGUUCUCUGUUGAGUAUUGAAAAGGAUUUAGUCAUCUUUUUCUCGUCAUUUAGUAACUCCCACUCUUUUUUAAUGCUUUGGCCCUAUAGAGUUGUCAUAUAACAAUCUUUUUGUUUGGCAGAAUAAUGUGCUCAUGUGUUGUGUCUUUGUACGUUUUAAUUACCCAGCAAAAAUAGAAUUUUGACAUCUACCCUUAGUUAGGGCAUCAUUAACAUGCCAAGACACGAUAUCUCAAUUUAAUUCUAUCGGCUGAAAACAAUUGAUAAUUAUCAACCUUUUUCAGCCAAUUUUUUAAUCGAUUUUCCACUCUGUGGUUUUAUUUCAAGCAACCAACCUGUUGAUAGAGUCCGGCUGCUUGAAUUUCGACUGGCAUUCAAUCCAGUUGAAAUUCGAUAAAUAAAUAAGAAAUCAGGCGAAAAAGUGCAUAAUUAUCAACCGUUUUCAGCUGAUAAAAUCACAUUGAGGCAAAUAAAAAUAAUAAGCAAAUAAAAUAAUAAGCAAAUAAAAAUAAUAUGUUUUCUUGUUAUUUUGUACUGUUUUGUCAUUUUUGGAGAAAAUGCAUAGAAAUAAAAAAAAAAUAGACAAAAAAAUCUAGCAUAUAUCUAAAACUUUAUACUUCUUUGAUUUCAAAUUGGGUGACAUCAUUCAUAAUAACAUAUUCCUCAUCUUACCCCAGUUCAAACAUGUGUAUACUGAAAUAAUACUAAAUGGUUUAAUCAUAGCAUAAUUGCACCAAAUCCUGCCGUGAUAUUUUUUGUAUAUUAGGGGCAGCAGGGAGUUACUCCACUCCCCAUGAUACUUGCCCAUCUGGUGUUAUCAGGCACCACUGUCAUUGCCUCAUACCUGGUAACUAAACAGGUUAUUUCAAUAUUUCUGUCUAUCUGCUAUUUGUGUGUUUGCUUAUACAUCUCCGUCUUGUUGUCUACCUACCAAUAUUAUUAACAUUAAAGAAAUUAUAUGUGUAGGGCACUCAAAUUAAAGAAAUACAUUUUUGGUGCCUGUGCCAAAGGACUACCAAGUAGUUGAAUAAAUGAAAACCUCAGUACCUAGAAAAAACUGAUAUAAUGGUGGUUUAUUCAGCCAUCAACAAAAAAAAAGUGUUUUGACACAAGUGUCUUUAUCAAGCACCCUCAUUAUAAAUAGGCAAACCAAUUUCUAACAGUUUUGUUUUUUUACCUGUGACCCAUAGGGCAUCUCUUCUUGUUCCAUCCCAUUUGGUUGUGAUAGCCUGUUAGGAGCUUUUAAUCUCUAUUUGGAGCCUAGCGUUGCAGUGCAGGGCAAGCUCAUUGACUAAGAGUGUCAACGAUUGCUUUCAGUGAGCUAAUAAUACCUGCACAGCUGAGGGUUUCCAGUUCAUUGAAGACAAAUGGUGGACCCCAGGUAAGAAUUCUAACCAUUCUAACACAGUUGAUUUCUUACAUUGGGGGGGCAUUCCUGACACCAUAUUUUGUGCAUCGUAGUUGUAAUGGUACUUGGAGUGUUGAUUUUGACAUACUGAAAAACAUAACCUUUUACUAGGCGAGUGAAUCAUUUUGCCACUAUAGAUGUUUACGAACAAUGUUUAUGCCACAAUAUCCAGCUGUGCUAUAAAAGAAAUCUAGUUCAGUUCACAAACACCUGCCUCUGCUGAUUUAGUAUAUACAGGUCCUACGCCAUUAUAAGUCUAAAAAUAAAUAUAUAUAUAUAUAUAUAUAUAUAUAUAUGUGUAUAUAUAUAUAUAUAUAUAUUGUAAAACAUAUUGUACAGCGCUACGGAGUCUAAUGGCGCUAUAUAAAUAAUAAAAUAAUAAUAAUAAUAAUAUAUAUGUAUACUGAUCAGCCACUGAUCAGCCAUUAAAACCACUGAAGUGAAAUAUAUUGAUUAUAUUGUUACAAUGGCACCUGUCAAGGGGGUGGGAUAUAUUACAGACAGUAACAGUCAGUUCUUGAAUUUCAUGUGUUGGAAGCAGGAAAAAAUAGUCUGAGUGACUUUAAUAAGGGUCAAAUAGUGAUGGCUAGACGACUGGGUCAGAGCCUCUCCAAAACGGAAAGUCUUGUGGGAUUUUCCCAGUAUGCAGUGAUUAGUACCUACUGUCUGGGUCAUGGAGGCCAGUCUUUCUGGUCCGCUAUAGUAGCUCAAAUGCUGAAAAAUGUAAUGCACACCUUGAUAGAAAGUUGGUAAGUUAUCGGCUAUCGGCCUGAAAGUUUACAGAUUAUCGGUAUCGGCUCUAAAAAAUCAAUAUCGGUCGAUCCCUAUAAUAUAUAUAUAUAUAUAUGCCUUAACACCUGCCUAAUAUUGUGUAAUUCCCCCUUGUGCUGCCAAAUUAACUCUGAUAUGUUAUGACAUAGACUCCACAAGACCUCUGAACGUGUACCCAAGGUUUGCCAGCAUAACACAGACUCUGCCGGCCUGCCUUCUUCCCAUAAUGUAUACUGUUGCUUUCUCAUCCCCGGCCAUGCACCUGAUUUAUAAGAAAAUGUGGUUCACCAGACCAGGCAACCUUUUUCCAUAGCUCCAUGGUUCAGUUCUGAUGCUCACGUCCCCAUUGAAGGCGCUUUUGACCGUAGACAGAUUUAAUCAUUGGGACCCUGACCGGUCAAUACAUUGUUAGACACUGAUCUGUAUACCAGUCAAGCCAAAAGACUUUCUUUUCCAACAGAAAUCUCAAAUUAGCAUUGAGGUUACUACAGCAAGGGAUUCUGGGUGUGCAUUUGCAAGUUUGCAAGUUAAUUGAAUAAAGAAUAUAUAUAUAUAUAUAUAUAUAUAUAUAUAUAUAUAUAUAUAUAUACACACACAUACACACACACGUAAAAAUAGAACUCUGGACUGGGUAGGAGCCAACUUUGGACCAAUUGGGCUAUUAAUUAUAUUAAUUAUUGAUAUAUUUUUAGACUGUUUUUAUUUUUACAACUAAAUUACAUUUCUCACCAGUUAUAGUCAACAGAACAUUUUGGCUGUAGUUGGAUUCAUCAAUUGCAUUUUUGUUUCUCAAAAUUGUAGUAAUAUAUUAAAGGGAAAAGUGUGGUAGAUGUUAUUAAAGAGUCGCACAUUAAUGUUAGGUGACAUCUGCUUUCUAUGGGAUUUGGUAUUGAGUAAACAGUUAAAGGACAGCAGGCUUUUACUAAGAUGAUUUAUUAAAGCUCAUUAAAUUUAUUGUUGAAUACACUGGUGACCUAAUUCCAAGAGGUGACUUAAAAUGUCUAUAUAAAAAUGUAACAUUAUUUGUUGUCUUUGCUUUUGGGUGCCACAACAUAUGUUAUGAAAAGCUGUUGUCUUUUUUGCCUUUCUUUUUGUUAUUGUAAUCAAUACAUUUGUAAUCACUUUGAUUGUAUGUUUAUCUAAACUGGGGUAAUUUUAUAUCUGAAUCUUUUGUUGCAUAUUUUUUUUUGACUUUUUAAAAUCAGCUGUUUAAGUUUUUGAAAUGUAAUUAGUAGUGAAUCAAUAUAUCAAAAUAUAUGAUUCUUGCUUUUUAAUAUGUAAUAUAUGACUAUAGGAUUAUUUGAAAAUCUUUGCAUUGCUUUUGAGAUUUAAAAACAAUAUUAAUAUUCAAGUUAUUAAAGUGGCUCUGUCACCUCAAACUCACGUCUCCUAUUGUUUCCUCUUCUCUUCCGGUUUCAAAAUCUGUUAUUUUUUUGAUUUCUGAUCAGUAGGGACUAAUUUGUGUUAUAUAUUUUCCUACACUUGGCAAUCUUGACAAAGGGUGAAGCUUAAGGCAAACUUAACCCUUCGUUAGCUUGACAAAGUAAGUGGAGCUUGCCUUACGCUCCACCCUUUUGUCACAUAAAUCAGGUGUAAGAAAAAUACAUAAGACAAAUUAGUCCCUACUUUGUAUAGUAUAUACUAUAUAAUAUGCAUAUAUGAUAUUGCAUUGUUAGUUUAUAAUUUGUAUCUAUCUAACGUAUCUUUUCCACACACGUUACUUUAACAUCAAAAAUUUAAAGGGUCUCUUUUACUUCUGAGUAUUUAAUAAAUAUCUUUAUGAAAUAUUUAUGCUUACUGCAUUGGAAUGUCAUUGAAAUUCCAACGCAAUCCAAAGAUACCAUACAACAAAGGAAGGACUACUUUGUGUUGUGUUAAAGCCUGAGGGUGACAAAAGGCAGAGCUUCAUUGUCAGUUUUUGUCCUAUCCCAACAUCUACCACAAGUGACGGCAGUGGGAUGCAGGUAGCUUCUUGCUAAUUGAGACAUGAUUUAUGCAGGCUCCUGUGGUCUUGCAGUAGACCUUAGUGUUCAGAUUACGCUUAAGGGGAUACAACAUACUCCUAAAGUACUUUAACUUGCUAAAGUACUUUUUGUGUAAAAAGUGUAGAUUUCAAUAGAAAUUGGUACUUUUAGAAAUUAGCCUUGGUACACCCUCUGGCUGUCAAUCAGACAACUAUCCUGUUACUUCCUGGUUGUUUUGCUCAGUUGUGCUAAACUCAAGAGGCAGACAAUUGGCCAGAGCACCUGCAAAGACUUCUUAUUGAGCUGCAAUGGGAAGUCUGGUCUGGGAAAGAAGGGGAGGACUUGCAAAGGCUGAAGAGAAAAAAAUCUGCAGCUUUUGCAAGCUGUUAGUAGAUUUACACACAAUGAAAAAAAAAUCAUAAUCAAAUGCAUGUAUUUUUUCAUUGAGGGUAUAGCUACUAAACAGUGAGUCUUUUUUUGUUUUUGGCAUUUUGGCAGUGGAGUGUCUGAAAAGUGACAGAUCUGCUUAAAAAACAUACUGUUAGUUAUUAUUUGCCUCUUUAAUUUUUCCUUCUUUUAAGAAGCUGUUUAAUACGCUAAUUUUAUUAGAUGUACAUCAUAUCUAGUAAUAGGUAGUACUAUGUUUUGCCUUCAGGACAGCCUGUACUAAUUUCAAUAUGGAUUCAAAAAGGCACUAAAAUACCAUAUAUACUCAAGUAUAAGUCUAGUUUUUCAGCACAUUAUUUGUGCUGGAAAACCCCGACUCAACUUAUACUCGAGUCAGUGUCUGUAUUAUGGCAACUUACAUUUCCAUAAUACAGACCAGGACCGCCGGGCUCAUAACAAGCCCGGCGGUCCUGUUGGGGGCUGGCAGAGAGCUGUUACUUACCUUUCCUGUAGCUCCUGUCAGCUCCCUUCUCCUCCACUGUAAGUCUCGCGGUGUGACUGCCGUGCGGAGCGUUGCCACGGCUCUGACCCCCGGCUCUCGCGAGACUUACAGUGGAGCUGACCGGACCAGAGGAGAAGGGAGCUGACAGGAGCUGCAGGAAAGGUAAGUAACAGCUCUCUGCCAGCCCCCCUCCUACACAGCCCAUCCACUGGACCACCAGGGAAUGAGAGCCCCCCUCCCUGGCCAGCUAACAAGCAGGGAGAGGGGACAAAAAUAAAAAUUAAAUACUAAAAAAAUUAUAUUACAAUAAAAAAAUGUAAAUAUUAAAAUUAAAAAAGUAAAUAAUAAAAUACUAAAAUAAAAAAAUUUAAAAUAAUAAAAAUGCCCUCCCCCACCCAGUUCAGUAUAUACACACACACUGCAUUAUAUACACACACACAAACACACACACUCUGCAUUAUACACACACUCAUACAAACACACACACAAACACACACACUCUGCAUUAUAUAAUGCAGAGUGUGUGUUUGUAUGAGUGUGUCCGUAUAUAAUGCAGAGUGUGUGUUUGUAUGAGUGUGUGUGUGUGUAUAAUACAGAUUGUUUGUAUGAGUGUGUGUAUAAUGCAGUGUGUGUUUGUAUGAGUGUGUAUAUAAUGCAGUGUGUUUUUGUAUGAGUGUGUGUGUAUAAUGCAGAUUGUUUGUAUGAGUGUGUAUAAUGCAGAGUGUGUGUGUGUGUAUAAUGCAGUGUGUGUAUGAGUGUGUGUGUAUAAUGCAGUGUGUGUAUAAUGUGUGUAUGAGUGUGUUUGUGUGUGUAUAAUGCAGAGUGUGUGUAUGAGUGUGUGUGUGUUUGUAUAAGUGUGUGUGUAUAUAAUGCAGUGUGUGUGUUUGUAUGAGUGUGUGUGUAUAUAAUUAUAAAAAUCACAGAAUUUCAUAGCCCCAAGUUUUACCCUCGACUUAUUCACGAGGCAUAGCAUAUUUCACAAUUGUUGGUCACAAAACUGCACUCGACUUAUACAUGAGAUCGACUUAUACACGAGUAUAUACGGUAUAUCCCAAGAUCUCUGUUCCAACUGUUCUACAUAUUUUCUGCCUUAAAUGCAAGUGUGUAAUUUCCAUUCAGACUCAACCAAAUGGUAACCAUUUAAUAGAUAUAUGGGAGCUUGGUCUGAUUCCAUGUCUGAGUGUGUCAUUCAAAUUCUGCCUGCACUGUUGACGCACAGGGUAUGAAUGCAUGGGUUAAUUUAGUGCACAACAAUUUCAGAACAGUUUCAUUAGAAAUCAAGAUUUUCCAAAUCAAACAUUAAUUAGCUGGAUUUUGGUGACCAUGUGCCAAGUGUAUCCUUAUCUUUAGCUGACGGUAGUGAUAUUUUACAGAUAAAACUCAUCCAGUUCAUGGUUCAACAUACUCAGGACGACCAUAUCCGCUAUGUUUUCAGAGACACGUAUCAUUUUGUAUAAAGGAUAUUCUUCAGGAUUCUUCAUUGCCUAAUUAUUUAAUCUUAUACACCUUUUUCUGUAUUCUACAUACUACAGGGCUACAGCUUUCUAUGUGCUUCACAUCAAUAUGUAUAUGUAUACGUGAUAUGUGUCCCUGAACACGCUGUACAUUCAGAAUUGCCUUUUAUACCGCACUAUUUUAUAUGGUGGUAAAUAGUGUUUUUUAAGAUAUAGAUAAUCACCCCCACAUUUUUGGCUGUAAGAGCAUUACGCAGUCCACAACAUCUGGAGUGAUGAAGGUUGCCUUACCCCUGUUGUAGACAAUGUCUACAAGGUUUAUAUUUUGACUUGCAGACACUUGAUUUACUGCUUGACUGUUUGCUUUAAAGGGAUACUAUAGUGCUAGGAAUACUCCUUCCCUGCCAAUAAAGGGUUAAAAACCCUUUAUUUACUUACCCAAACCGAGGGACACCGGCGAUGGUCGGUGCUCCACCUCCUAAGAUGUCACUCGAUUUCGGGGGGUGGGGGGUGAUAAUACGUGCAUUAGACCCUCACCAUAGGAAAGCAUUGCUGCAAUGCUUUCAUAUGAGGAUUUAACUAAAGCUGGAAGUCCUCACGCAUAGCAUGAGGACAUCCACUUCAGUUAGGCGACCUAAAGUCGCCUAGCAAGCAGGAAGCACCUUUAGUGGCUGUCUAGUAGUGCUUCAAUGUAAACAUUGCAGUUUCUCUAAAAACAGAGUGAUCUACAUUACAGGAUUAAGAGCAAUAAGGACAGUACCCAGACCUCUUCAAUGAGAUGAAGUGGUCUGGGUGCCUACAGUGUCCCUUUAAGGAGCUGGUCUAUUAUUAUUUAUUCAUCUAGAAUGACAAAAAUAUAUAUUUUUUAUUAGUAGUUAUACUUUGAAAUCCAGGAAAGAAAAUCAUGAAAAAGGUUGGUGUGUGCUGCAAAAACUGUAAUGUAUGUUUUGUCAAAAGACAUGAUACCUAGGUUUCUGACAUCAGGCCCCAGCUGUUUUCCAUAAUAGAAAUCUAAAAGUCAGUUAACAUCCUCUAAAAUAUGACACACACAGCUUUCAAAGCCAUUAGUCUGUGCAUUUAUACCGUCCUGUGUUCAUCUGACAAGAGAACUUCUAAUAGUGUUGGAGCCAAGUUGUCAUAGAAACCAAUCAAAUGAUGUAUUUUAUGAUGCUUUCAAAAUUAUGUUGAUAAGUAUGUUAAAAAUAUCUCAGGCCAGGUGCUAUGGCUAAAUUUGCCAUUUGUGUAUAUUUAUCUAAAACAUUUCAGAGAUUGUGUGGGAGUAAACUGUAAGCAGAGAUAAAAAAUAAUCUUUUACAUUUAAAAAUAAUGAAUUGAACGUUUUUUUCUUUCUGUCGCCUACAUAACAUUGUUGUUUUUUGUGCAUUUGUUUUUCUAAACACAUGCCAGGGCCACCAUGAUAGGAAGAGAGAUUAAUUUCUAUAUGCAUUUUUCUCAGAAUUGGCAAUCUAUGCAUUAAAGCUGCUUUGGACUAUUAUUUCUGGAGGUUUUAUGCUAUGACAGUAGGUGACACACGCCUAUAUAUCCAUGAGAAAUCCAUGAGAAAUAAGCAUGUGGUAAUACUAGGCGUGCUAAGUUAGAUGUUUGUUUAUUGUUUAUUAACAUGGAUCUAAAUAUGGUUAUGUUAUUUUAGCUAUUUUAAUUGAUCUGUUUUAUUUUAAAAUCAUGUAAAAUAAAAAACCCAGUUGAGUAAUAAUUGUGCUUCCUUUUAGAAUGUUACAGAUUGUUACUUGCCGACAUUAACUUAUAGGGACACACCUAUAAUGGCAGUCUGGUUUCCUUGGCUAUAGCUGCAUCACACAUCCCAAAAUAAUCAUCUUGGAUCAUCUGCUAGUGAUUGGAUGAAGCACAAUAUGUAUUAUAGUGCAGGGGUCGCCAACCCCCAGGCCAUGGACCGGCGCCGGUCUGCAAGAAUUUAUUGCCGGUCCACGAAAGCUUUCACCCGACAAUACUGUAAGAUAUUUCCCCAGUGCUAUGAUCUUAUGAUCAUAGCACCGGGAAAUGUGCCUCCCUCUCCCCUGCUGGCUCUGCAGGACCAGUGGGGAGAUCAGAAAUCUCCCUUUCCAGCCCACUCGCAGUGUACUGCUGGCAGCCAGCAGGGGAGGGAGAGAGGACCUGGGGCAGCUCUAACCUGCAGCUCCGCAGGGUUCUCCUCUGGCGAGCUCGGAGCGCUGCCGUGAUUACCACGGCAACGCUCCGAAUCUCGUGAGAGUGAACUCUAGCAGCUCCUGAGUUCACUCUCACCACUGGGACCACCAGGGUUUCCCCACCGGACCACCAGGGAUUGCAGGAAAUGUCCCCCCUCCCAGGCAAAGGUAUUUGCAAAUUAAAAAAAAUAUAUGUAUAUUUACUAAUCUACCCUCCAACCCACAGACCCACAAUCAUUUUCCCUUAUACACACACACUGCCCCCAUACACACACUUCUCCCUACUCACACACACUGACCCCCCAUAAACACACAAUGCCCCCCUACACACACUGCCUCCCAUACACACACACUGCCCCCAUACACACACACACACACACACACACACACACACAUACAAACUGCAUCCCUCACACAUACCAUUGGGUCUUAUUUCUGGCUGACGCUGGUCCGGGAAAUAUUUCUCCUCUUUUCAUCGGUCCCCGGCUGCUAAAAGGUUGGAGAACACUGUUAUAGUGCUAAUGUAUCCCUACAGUGUAAAUAGUAGAAAAAGGUAAAAUCUUUAAGCUUUUGGAUUUGUCCACUAAACUAUGAAUUGGGUAGCAGUGCGUUGAAAACCACAUUUGCAUAAUUGAAUCAAACUAAACUGAUCCUUGAUGCUUUUUAUGGUUACUAUGUGGUUACUAUGUAGCCCAUGCGAAUAGACAUGCAUACUAUAAUAGAUUUUAGAAGAAAAUUUGCAUUAACAGAAAAACGUAAGCAAAAAGUUUCUGUAUGUAGAAAAUAAACAUAAACUAAACGUUAAAGGACCACUAUAGUGCCAGGAAAAUAUACUCGUUUUCCUGGCACUAUAGUGCCCUGAGGGUGCCCCCACCCUCAGGAUACCCUUCCCGCCGGGCUCUGGGGGGAGGAAGGGAUUAAACUUACCUCUUUCUCCAGCGCCGGGCGGGGAGCUCUCCUCCUCCUCUCCUCCCUCUUCUCCUCCUGUUUGGCUGAAUGCGCAUGUGCGGCAGGAGCCGCGCGCGCAUUCAGCCAGUCCAUAGGAAAGAAUUCACAAUGAGAAGCACGCAAGCGCCUCUAGCGGCUGUCAAGAGACAGCCACUGGAGGCUGGAUUUACCCUAAUAUAAACAUAGCAGUUUCUCUAUGGGAGGGUCUGGGAGGGAGGGUCUGCUGCUGAUUGGCUGGAAUGUCACUGCUGACUGGAGUCCGCGGCGAACCGUUCGCGAACCAUUCGGGACAUCACCAUAUAUAUAUAUAUAUAUAUAUAUAUAUAUAUAUAUAUAUAUAUAUAGUGUAAAAUGACAUAUAUAUGUAUAUGUCUAGAAUAUACUAUGUGCAGUUUUCAGUUUCUGCUUCAAUAUAGUCUGCAUUAUUGUUUUCCCAUGUGUGGUUAGUUUAAAGUUUGGAACAGUGUGGUCUGUAGAAAGGUUGAAUGUUUGGCAUUGAUGAUUGCUUCUUAAAAUAGAUGGUCGGGUGAUUAAGUGAGAGGUCUCUUAGGGUAAUAAGCAGGCAAAUGUUUUUUUUAUUAUGACAUAUGGUAUACUGGAAGAUUCUAUACUUUUAUUUGAGCUUAAUACAUCAUGUUCCAGGUUUAUUAUUUCAUCCCCCCCAACCCCCCAAGAAAAAAAAUAUAACAAUAACAAAUGUCAGAAAAUUACCAAACACCAGUUAUUGAGUUUGUUUUUGAUCUCAGGGAUAUUUAGUAAUGAGUCAUAUGUUAAUGACCUUGGUAUCAGGUUGUGACAGCUGGAUCUUCCCCAUUAAAACUAAGCAACAGCCUGCUCAGUUUUAUUUAUUGCCAGAUUCUUAAAUCGACUUUUUAUUUUACAUUAAUUACAAAGAAAGUAACCUUAACCUUUUAGUCUACGUUUUAAAGUGGUUUCUGGUUACAACUCCCCCUCCUAAUUUUUAUGGUUUUAUUGUAGCAGCUCUUUAUAUAAAUCUCGAUCUUCUUGUGUUCUGCAAGGUUCUCCAUUGAUAUCUGGUUUGAGCAGUUCAGUCCUUAGGUUACUGUAUGAUAAUUUCCUCUUAUUUAAACAAGAAAAACAAUAUGUACCAAUAAAACUUACCUAAUAUUUCUUCUUGUGCUUGGGUUUAGUAUAAAGCUGUUUAAAAUACCUCCUGUAAUGAUUUAGUUUAAGAGUUACUAAACAUUAUUUUACAUUGGCUCCUUUAGAGGGGGAGUAUAUGCACUACUAGGGAUUGACCGAUUAUCGGUGUGACCAACAUCUGCCUAUAUUCUGCAAUUUGGCAAUAGUCGGUGUCAGUUUAAAUGGUACCAUAAUUGCUAAGGGGGGUGGGGGAGAGGGUGGACACUUACGUUUUAGAUGGGGAGACUGGGACACAGCACAUGCCAUCUCCUGUUUCUGGCAGAUGUAAAAAAUAAAGGAUGUAAAAAUAAAGUCUGCUUAAAACUACAGUAGUUUAGUUUUCUCCAUAUUGUUUCUUUAGAUUUUUAAUGGACAGGAAUCAGCCAAAACGGUUGGAGGCACGCCUAAGAGAAGCACUGAAAGAGCAGAUUGAGGACUUGAAAACAGUGAGCACCUUUUGGGAUUCUUUAUCAAAUGACAAGAGACUUCAUAUUAUGCUUAAAGGGACACUGUAGGCACCCAGUCCACUUGAGCUCAUUGAAGUGGUCUGGGUGCAAUGUCUCUGUCCCACUUAGUCCUGCAGUGUAAAACGUUUGCAUUGUUUACAUUGCCGUAAUAAGACAGCUUCUAGUGGCUGUCACCCAGACAGCAACUAGAGGCGCUUCCAGGAGCUUACCUGACUCUGGGUCCCAAGAAUGACACUGGACAUACACUCUGCAUAAGGACAUUCAGCGUCAGUAUAAUGUGGUGACGUUGGAAGAGGCGGAGCUCUUUUUUUUUAACCAUUUAUCUGCUACAGGGAGGAUCAGAGGGCACUAUAGUGCAGUGUGUGUGAGGGGUUCAGUGUAUGUGAAGGAUGCAGUGUGUGUGGGGGCACAGCAUGUGUGAGGAGUUCAGCGUGUGUGAAGGGUGCAGUGUGUGAGGGGUUCAGUGUGUGUGUGGGGGCACAGCAUGUGUGAGGGGUUCAGCGUGUGUGAAGGGUGCAGUGUGUGUGAGGGGUGCAUAUUGUGUGGUGGGGUGACGCAAGCAAAUUUUUUUUUUUUGGUAUUAGUUAUUAAUGUUUAUUGUUAUUAUUUAUUUAGAUGUAUGCCUCUUUCCCUUCUUCUUUUUUACAGGGAGGGGGGACACUGCAAACGCUGGUGGUCCAGUGGGGGUGAGUAAUUCUAGCCUGCAGCUCCUCUGGCUGCAGGCAGAGUUAAUUCCUCUUGCAAGCUCCUCGGAGCCUUGCCUUGGUAACAGCAGCAAUGCUCAGAAAUGCCUGCUCGCAAGAGGAAUAGAUUCUGCCGGCACCUUCUCUCCCCUCGCUUUGCUGGAUUGAAGGGCCUGUGAGGGAGAUCUUUGAUCUCCCCACCGGCCCUAAAGGGUACACAGCAAGGCUGUCUCUGCAUGGGCUGGCAGAGGAGAUCAAAGGAGCUCCUCUAUCAGCUUCGGCCCAUGGCAAUUCAGCCCAGCGGGCGUUUGCCUGGCUUGCCCAAUGGCCAGCCCGGGCCAGUUCAUUACCAUUAGUUAUAGAAUGUUUGCAGACUUAGCUGCAGACUAUAUACUGUAUUAUAGUGUAAGAGAUUACUCUAAAAUAUAAUUGUUACCUGCUUGCCAAUGAAAUCCCGGCCAGGUCGCUGUCUUAGACAUAACUAGUUUUGCAGAUAUGCAAGAGAGCCAGAUGUUAGCCCUUUAUUGUUUAAGUAUAGGAAGGAGAGAAACUGAAUUAGCUAAAUGUAAGCAGGUAUUCAUGCACCAUAUUCCACGAAUGUUUCUGUAUCUGGAUGGUAAAAGGGUCGAAAAGGUUGUGGAUGGUAAAAGAGCCUUAUUUUAAUAAUAAAUGCAAGCCCAAACAGUAUUACUGAGCAUUAUUUACGACACUCAUGCACCAGUGUAAGACAAAGGUUUAAGAAUUAUACCGCAGUCCCAGGGGAUUCAUUAAACACGAAAAACCUCCCAUGAUAUUUGUCAAAACAGAUGCAGGUUACAAAGGUAUUUUCUCAAGAUGAGAAGCUGUUUAAAAAAAGUACAAGUGAGAGGCAAACAUUUUUUACAGCCCAUCGAGAGAAAAAAAGUAGCAUUUUCACACCUUAAUUCUUAGAGGUCAUACAGUAAUAUGAAUUAUUUAAAUGUGAAGACAGAGCAUAUGAAGUAAUUUGUGAACUUAUGCCGCUAGUAGGAAAAAUAAGUGUCCGGAACAACUCAAGAGUUGUGUUCAAAAUGCAUUUCUGGGGCAAAGCUUUAAAAAUGGAACAAUCAGCAGUAACAUUCAAUAGAUUGCUCUUGAUACAUAAACUAGAGCAGGGGUAGGCAACCUUUUAGCAGCACUGUGCCGAUAUAGGAUUGUGAUGUCCCGUAACGUGCCGGUACUAUUUUUUAAAAUUGAGGUGUGUAUGCUGCCGUAUUCUGCUUGUGUUAUUUAUACUGUAAUUGCUUUGUAUCUUUGUAUUUGUGCGUAUAUGAGCUAUUAUAUUGUAUAUGUUCAGGAGUAGUUUGUGGUAUCCUGUAUGAUACACAUGAAUGUGGGCAGUGUAUGGGGGCUGCUUGUGGAAUUGUGUGUGGAUGGAUAUGUCACAUUGUGUGUUUGGUAGUGUAUGUAUGUGUGGGACUGUUUGGGGUAUUGCAUGUGAGAGGCUGUAUGUGGUGUUGUGUGCAUGUAUGUGGAUUGUUAGCGGGUUAUGUUUGUGCGGAUUGUGUGUAUGUUUGUGUGUGGGCUGUCUGUAUUAUUUGUAUGAGGGGAGGGUUAUUGUGCAUUUCUGUGUAAAUCUAGCAGUGUGGGUGGCUUCCCUGGGUUCCAGUGGAGACCAGGCUGGCCAGGUACAGAUGAAGGACAGGAGCUGCAAUAUCCGCUGUGGGCUGCUCUACCACAGUGUGGAUUCCCAUUCACAAGUGCUGGGAGGAAGUGACCUGAGAUCAUUUACGCUAUGUACUGCAAUGCAUAAAUUGAGGGUUGUCUUUCACCACCUUUUUGUAUUAGCAUAUAUCUGAAGUUUCACUGGGACUCCUGAUAGGACAGAGCCUGUUUGGCUCUAGCAUCCUUGAGUGCCGUGCAAAGACACUUUGAGUGCCGCGGGUUGCCUACCCCUGACCUAGAGGUAUAUUACAAUAAACCUCUAUUAUAAUUAUAAAAAUUAUAAAAAAAAUUCUAGAUUUUAGAGUAAUUUUUAGAAUCUAGAGAAAUUUAUCAAAUCGAUCGCAAUGCAUACAUUGCUGCCAGUAAUCACAUCAAAAUCCAAAACAUUUUCAUAUUGAAACCAGGCCUAACUUUUGAUUUCCUCGGUAAUCUCAUUUUAUUCCUUCAUACACCAGUAACGUAAAGUUAGAAAUUGUUAAAUAUGUUUUCGAUUGGCUGUUUUAUAGUCUGGUUUGCAUCCUUAUUUAUCCUUUAAUUGGACUAAUUGAUUAAAUGGUUACACUAUUCCCUUUUUAGUGAAUAAUUUAUAUUAAUAUAGUAUGCCCUAUUGGGCAUUGCCCCCAGUUAAAAAGUUACAAAUAUAAAAUAAAUAUAUCUGGAAUCCAUCACUGAGAAAGCUCCACACGCUGGUUUCCACACGAUGUCUGAUGUCACUGCCUCCCUUGCGUGGUCCAGUCAAAUGCUUCUCAUAGAGAAUCCUAUGAUUGGACUGUUUCAAUAGCUCAGAGCGCAUGUGCAUGCUGUUAGCCAGAGAGGGGAGGGAGAGAUACUAUAAAAUAUAUAUUAAUGUUACUGGAGGGAGGCGGGGAGGGAGUGAACAGAGAAGGGGAGAUGUAGGUUUCUCCUUGCAUUGCCAGCAAGGGGGAAAGCAGAGAACAUCUGCCGACAAACGUAAAUUUUUUCACAGAAUUGACAAUAGGCAGCCCGGCACAGAGUUCCAGGCAGUGUCCCGGGUGUCCAACUAGCCACUAGCACAAAAGUGCAAAUAUUUCUGGAUGUGCAACAUUUCAGAAAUGCUGCACAUACAGAUCCUUAACAGCAUGACCACUUCUAAAAGCAGAAGUGGUCAUGGUGAUUGUUUGUCUAAAAGCUCCCAGACCACUUCACUACUAAAUACUUCUAACCCUGCACAGGCUUUCUGUGGCUGUUCAAUCACAGAUUCCCCAAUGCAACUGAAAGAGAAGCCUUUGCAAGGCAGGUGCUCUGGGCAAUUGCUGUCUCUUGAGUUCACCUCCACUGAGCUAACCCAAACCAGGAAGAAACAGGACCUGGUGUCUGCUUGAAAGCCAGAGGGGUGUAACCAGUUUAAAAGUGUACAUUAAAAUCUGUAUUUUUGCAAAAUGGAAAAAAGGACACACUCUUCACCCAUAAAGCAUUUCGGCAAGCUAAAGUGCUUCAGGGGUCCAGAGUGUCUGUUUAACUCCCACUUUUGCUCUUAGUGAAGCCUAUCACUAUUUGCUAUUUCAGCUACAUCUUUAUAUGUCUCAUUAAACAGACCUUUUGAGUCAGAAAAAUACAACACUCACCUAGUACAUGCCAAUACUAUGUAUACUAGAUAACAGGCAUUGCUUUAUAGGGAUAGUGUAUUUUUAUGUAUCAUUUCUCACAAAGACGCCAAAGAAAUGAUAAAAAAUCAUCAAAAGGUUUAUCGUAUUAAUUUUACCUUUCUAAAACAAUGGAUAUAGACUGUUGUUAUUAAAACCAUUGCUUUAUAUUUCUUAUAAUUCCUGUCUUUUGAGAACCUAUUUAGCUACUCAGAUAAAUUGAAUAUUUUGUUGAUUAUAAAUAAAUAAAAAUAAAAAAAUAUAUAAAUAUAUAUAUGUGUGUGUUUGCACUAUGUAUAGGCUGACACUGAUCUUUGCGUACUUUUGCUUUUUUCAGUUAAGUAAAGUUAAUCAACUUUUGUUUAACCAACAGCUAACUACAUUAUGUAUCUAAGUUGUGAAAGAUUAGAUUGCCUUGAUAACACGUUGUAUUAUAUCUCUUAUGUGGAAAACUGAGAAUAUAACUAUACAGUCCACAUUGCUAUUCUGUAUAGGUGUGUAGAAUUCAAAAAUAUAGCACUUACGGUAUGUGGUGUUUUCAAGUCUUAGAAAUGAAAGAGUGAGCAACGUAUUGAUAUUUUAGAACAUAAACACUGAUUUUCCAUCAUCUUUAGCAACUUGGAUGAAUAAUAAAUCUUAGUUUUAUAACUAUUAACAUUAUUGAACAUGCAUUUGUGACUGUCCUAAGCUGAACUUGUUCUAAAUGAAAAGGUAUAUUUUUCUCAAUGCAUUGCUUCCUAUCUAGCCAAUCAUGGUCUAGAUCAGUGUUCCUUAACCCAGUCCUAAUGGACCACUAACAGUCCAGGAUUUAUGUAUUUCCCUGUUUUAUUCCAAUGGAGAUACUGACAAAAUCUGGACUGUUGGUGGCCUAUGAGGACUGGGUUGGGGAACACUGGUCUAGAUAACCUUGUCAGCUUUGAGUCUGUCAUUUGAAACAGUAAUAUUAGUAAUGUGAAUCUAUGCGUACAAGCUGUCCAUGUUACUAAAAUAUGCUAUGAAAUAGUUUAUUAAUGUGACAUUUAAAAUAUGCUUUGAUUUUAAUCAUAAUUCUUUGAGUUGUGUAUCAUAUGAGUCUUAGAUGAUUGAUGCAUCAUCAGGGUUAUUCACUAAAGUGUGAAUUGUUAGGGAUUCAAAGUAAAAGUAUUUUUAUUCCUGCGGCAAAUGUAGAGGCUGUAAGUACAGCAGAAACAAGUCUUUGAAGUGUAUGAAUCAAUUUAAAAGUAAACAAAAUGGGAAAGAGUUUUACAUUAAUAAUUUUAUCACGUGUUUUACUAGAAAUUUAAUUUAUCUUUUAAAACAAUUUGUGGGCAGCACAAUACACCCACUACAUAAAAGAAUUGGCGAACAUAUAAAUAACAUUUUAAAGGGUGUUACACAACAUAGUGUCUCUGCACAUUUUAAAGAAAAAUAUAAUAUGGACCCCAGAGGGUUAAUAUUUUUAGGUAUUCAAACAGUUAAUUUGAUAUUUAUAAUUUUUUAUCAAAUAAAUAAUAGUUUUUAUGCCCUUUUAUAAGUCUAAUCCAAUAUGCCCUAAUUGUCUCUUUUUCCUCCUUUAUAAGCAGGUAUAUUUAUGGUGCAUUUUGAUGCACUAUGGUUUGCUGUUUUUUUUUUGUUUUUUUUUUAACCAUAUAUUUAGGAGACAUUCCCCAAAAGUUGUGGUUUGAUAUAUAUUUAUGAGAAUGUUUAUUAAUAGAUGUUUUUUAUACUCUUAAUUAAUAUAUGUAUUAUGUACAAUAUAUUGUGUAUCCUUGUCUAUAUGGAACUUUCCUUAGAAACAUAGAAACAUAGAAUGUGACGGCAGAUAAGAACCAUUCGGCCCAUCUAGUCUGCCCAAUUUUCUAAAUACUUUCAUUAGUCCCUAGUCUUAUCUUAUAGUUAGGAUAGCCUUAUGCCUAUCCCACGCAUGCUUAAACUCCUUUACUGUGUUAACUUCUACCACUUCAGCUGGAAGGCUAUUCCAUGCAUCCACUACCCUCUCAGUAAAGUAAUACUUCCUGAUAUUAUUUUUAAACCGUUGUCCCUCUAAUUUAAGACUAUGUCCUCUUGUUGUGGUAGUUUUUCUUAUUUUAAAUAUAGUCUCCUCCUUUACUGUGUUGAUUCCCUUUAUAUAUUUGAAUGUUUGUAUCAUAUCCCCCCUGUCUCGUCUUUCCUCCAAGCUAUACAUGUUAAGAUCCUUUAACCUUUCCUGGUAAGUUUUAUCCCGCAAUCCAUGAACCAGUUUAGUAGCCCUUCUCUGAACCCUCUCUAAGGUAUCAAUAUCCUUCUGAAGAUACGGUCUCCAGUACUGUGUACAAUACUCCAAGUGAGGUCUCACCAGUGUUCUGUACAAUGGCACGAGCACUUCCCUCUUUCUAAUGCUAAUACCUCUCCCUAUACAACCAAGCAUUCUGCUAGCAUUUCCUGCUGCUCUAUUACAUUGUCUGCCUACUUUUAAGUCAUCAGAAAUAAUCACCCCUAAAUCCCUUUCCUCAUAUGUUGAGGUUAGGACUCUAUCAAAUAUUCUGUACUCUUCCCUUGGGUUUUUACGUCCAAGAUGCAUUAUCUUGCACUUAUCCACAUUAAAUGUCAGUUGCCACAAUUCUGACCAUUUUUCUAGUUUACCUUUUUAACAUUUUAGUGAAUAUUCCUUUAAGCAAGUGUUGAGAUGUGGGUAUUAGUAAUUACUUAUAAGAAUAAAGUUUUUCAAAUUUGGCCAAUUAUAUGGCGAGAUUUUCUGACUUUUGGGGUAACCUCGCCCACUUCUGGGACUUAUAUUCAGACUGUGGUUAGAAUAUGGGCAGAUCUGAUGAAGCCGAGUACAUCGGAGAAACGCGUCGUCACGCAAUGACAUCAUCACAUCAUUACGCUCGACUGAAGAGGUGACCCCGCCUCCCGGAAGAAGUGUACCAAGUAUCAGUUGAAUGGGUAAGGCAGUGGCUGAGUGACAGGCAACAGAGGAUUGUAGUUAAUGGAAUAUAUUCGAAGCUUGGACUUGUCACCAGUGGGGUACCUCAGGGAUCUGUACUUGGACCCAUUCUCUUUAAUAUUUUUAUUAGUGAUAUUGCAGAAGGUCUUGAUGGUAAGGUAUGUCUUUUUGCUGAUGAUACCAAGAUAUGUAACAGGGUUGAUGUUCCAGGAGGGAUAAGCCAAAUGACAAAUGAUUUAGGUAAACUAGAAAAAUGGUCAGAAUUGUGGCAACUGACAUUUAAUGUGGAUAAGUGCAAGAUAAUGCAUCUUGGACGUAAAACCCCAAGGGCAGAGUACAGAAUAUUUGAUAGAGUUCUAACCUCAACAUAUGAGGAAAGUGAUUUAGGGGUGAUUAUUUCUGAUGACUUAAAGGUAGGCAGACAAUGUAAUAGAGCAGCAGGAAAUGCUAGCAGAAUGCUUGGUUGUAUAGGGAGAGGUAUUAGCAGUAGAAAGAGGGAAGUGCUCAUGCCAUUGUACAGAACACUGGUGAGACCUCACUUGGAGUAUUGUACACAGUACUGAGACCGUAUCUUCAGAAGGAUAUUGAUACCUUAGAGAGGGUUCAGAGAAGGGCUACUAAACUGGUUCAUGGAUUGCGGGAUAAAACUUACCAGGAAAGGUUAAAGGAUCUUAACAUGUAUAGCUUGGAGGAAAGACGAGACAGGGGGGAUAUGAUAGAAGCAUUUAAAUAUAUAAAGGGAAUCAACAGAGUAAAGGAGGAGACUAUAUUUAAAAGAAGAAAAACUACCACAACAAGAGGACAUAGUCUUAAAUUAGAGGGACAAAGGUUUAAAAAUAAUAUCAGCAAGUAUUACUUUACUGAGAGGGUAGUGGAUGCAUGGAAUAGCCUUCCAGCUGAAGUGGUAGAGGUUAACACAGUAAAGGAGUUUAAGCAUGCGUGGGAUAGGCAUAAGGCUAUCCUAACUAUAAGAUAAGACUAGGGACUAAUGAAAGUAUUUAGAAAAUUGGGCAGACUAGAUGGGCCGAAUGGUUCUUAUCUGCCGUCACAUUCUAUGUUUCUAUGUUUCUAUCCAGUUCUGUGUAUUUUAUGAAGCCGGCAUUCGACGCAGAAACUGGCUUUAACACUGAUUGGAGGAGGAAGAUAGACUUGUAAAGGGGGUCUUACCUGCUUGGAAGCGGAUUUUAUCUAUAUUGCAAAUAAAGUUUGUUUACCUUCACCUCAGCCUAAAAGCCUUCAUAUUUGCAGAGAUGCCAUCAUAGUUCAGUACUGCUCUACAUUUGUGAGUGUUUUUAGUCCAUUAUUUUUUCCUUUUUUAUUAUACACAUCGCCCUAAGUGCUUGUCCUUUUUCUCUUUUUUUUGAGAUACCUAUCGGGACCCUUUGACAAGCAAUGUGGAAUACUCCUUAGUGGGUAUAAGAGUAUAAGGUGUUUAUAUCACUAUUGUGGUUUGUAUUAGAAUUUGCACAUUAUUGCACAUAAUUGUGUGUUUAUUGCACAGUGCACAUUGUCACUUUGGAUACAAAUAUACUAUUAUAUUAAUAGACACAGUGCUCUUUAUUUUUUUGUUUAUAUUCAAAGUUAAAGUGACUUUCAUAUUAUAGACACAAAGAACCACUUGAAAGCCUGUUGUUUCUUUGUGGAGGUGGCCAUUUUGGACUUGCAUCACUGUGUUCUAACAGUUAGUGAUAGUUACUGAUACAAAACAAGGAUGCAAAGACCAAAUUAUGUGGUUUAUCAGUAAUGCUCAUAUGUAUCCACCAGGCAGGAAACAGAAAAUAAUAAAUAUUUAAAAUCUUUGAUGAUGUUCUGUGACAAACUGGUCAGAGUUAGCUGAAAAUCUUUGAUUAUUUUUUUUCAUUAAAAAAUAAACAAAAAACCACCAAAACUGCUGAACAGAUGUGAACAUAAUCAACCUAAGAUAUAGUCAUCAUUUGUGAUGACGGAGUCACCUUACUGUAGUAAUAUGUUUAUCAACAUACUCAAUCAUAGUUUUUCUAGCAGAAUGUAUUGAUAAUGUUUUAUAGUUUACAAGGUCCCGUGUCAGCUUUGCUUGAUGCUAAACAGUGCAAGUGAACUUUAUAUAAGGCAUGCACAACAUUUUGUCAAUAUUUAAAGUUUGCUUACCUUUUCUCCAUCACCUUGCUAGUCUCUUUGCAGACUAUCCUGCAUCCAUGGCUGAAAUCAACAGCCUUGGUGAUCUCAGCCAAUCCAAUGCUUUUCCAUAUAAAAACAUUGGGAGGCUAUUGUGCAUGCGCAGCAAAACACUGUGCUGUGCCCGUCAUCCUCUCCCUAUAGAGAUGUGUUAAAUCUGUGACAGGCACUACAGGUGUUACUUGACAGCAAUGUAAACACUGACUUUUCUCUUUCCUCUGAAAAGGCAGCAUUUACAUUGCUGUGCCUGCAAUGGUUCUGCUGACUAUAGUGUCCCUUUGACUUAAUGCAGUAUGGAUCAAAGUCAAAUUUUGUUUUUCAGCGGCUUAUAUAUUUUUUUCUUAAGAAGAGAACAGGCACGGAGCUGUCUAUGCAGCAUUCAGUGUGGAGGGGGAGAGCAUGUGAGCAGAUUUACAUUUUUUUUUUUUAAAGUUACAAAUAAUGAUUAUUAAUGUCUGCCAACUGUUUUAAAGUUUGAGGAAUAGGAUAGUCCCUAGAACCAUGCAUUAGUAUCCCACAAUGCUUACUGUUAUUCGGGGUGUGCAAUAUUAACCAGUUACAGACCUCUGCAGCUUAUUGAUCACAUUUGUCUUUCAAUAUAUUGUACCCUGUAGUGUUGGAUUAACCAUUCUUCUGUAGAAGUGCAGUUUUAGGGGUUAUUUGCAGGGAAAAAAGUGUUAAAAAGUGCAAAGCUGGUGGAAGAGUACUAAAAAACUAUUUCCACUCUAGUCACUAGGGUUUAUGGUACUAAGAGGGCCCAUUUAAAUCUUUGGGUUAUUUACUAAACUCCAAAUUCUAGCAAACUGAAAUCUUAAUAGUGAAAUUCAGGCAGCAAUAGAUGAUCUGCAAAAACUAUCCAUGUCAUUCAUACUUAUAGCAUGGCUGCUUUAUAAUAUAUGUUGCCAUUCACAUUAAAUUCACUAUAAUUGGGUUUAGUUUACUACAAUUAGUUUAGUGAAUAACCCCUUUUAAGAUGCAUAAUGGAGCAUUGUACACUCAUUGCUUGCUCAGAGUUUCCUCAUGUACUCUUGAUGCUUGUGUUCGCAGUGCAUAUGGUGAUGGAGAAUAAACUAUUGCCAGGCAUGGUUGAGAGAAGAUGAUGGGUAAAAAUAUUGCUAGGUUUAGAUAAAAUGGUAUGUACAAUGGUAUUGUAGUUAUACAUGCCAUUUUGUCCUAUGCCCCUAUGGUUUCAAGUGAAGGAUGCAGAAUGCCUUGGCUAUCAACAAUCCCACUUUGCUAUUGCUCUACUAGAUUCCUAUCAAAACAAAGCUGUCUCAUUGCACUAGCUGUCACACAGUCCCAAUGCUGUUUUAGUGAUAACCAAGUUAAAUCUUCACAUUCAAAAAGCAACCUUCAAUAAUCUUGCAAACUUACUUCAUGUGAAAGUGGCAGUCAGAGUGCACAUUGUUUUAGUACAUCUAAAGAGAAAAUGCAAUGGUUCUUUGCUACAUUAAAUGAAGAUGAGUUCAUUGUUUUAUUUAAAGGACCACUAUAGUGCCAGGAAAACAAACUUGUUUUUCUGGCUCAAAGGGUCUUUAGGUACCCCCCCCCCAACCCUCAGGGUCCCACUCCCGCUGGGCUGAAGGGGAUUGUCUGUUUGUACAUCUCUCCAUAAUAGUGCGUGUCAGUUAGCAGGAUCAGCAUUAACUCUGUUGCAAAAGAUCAUGCCAAAUUGCACACAUGUUCAAGAAAGUUAUUAAACUGGAAUUUUGUUUUCUGUACCCCCCUCCCCCCACAACCACACACACACACACACACACACCAUUUCUUUUUGUCUGAAAAAUAAUUUUAAAAAAUUCAAAUCGAAAAAACAAACAAAAAAAAUGGAAUUUUGUGACAAGAUCCCUGUGUAAAAUAGCCAUUUCUAAGUCUUAUCAUUAACUGACAUGCUUUAAUCCUGUAAUAUAAACCAUUCUUUCUGGCUGUUUUUAAUAUACUGCACAUAAUUGCUAUGUACUGUGAAAUACAACAUGAACAAUCAAAUAUAGCAGUCUGAACAUUGAAAUAUGGCAUUUUUGUUUUUACUAAAUGGUAGAGAGGUAUUUGCAUAAUUGAAUAAAAGUAAUAAAACCAUGGUUAACAUAAGUAGUUUUGCUUAUAAAUGUACUCUGGAUCCAGGUAGCUGUAAUAGCCUUUGGUUCUGUCGCAUGUGCAUUAAGUAAUAUUUCUGCAAAAGAGGAUAAGAUCCAUUUAUCUUAUCUUUAUCAAUGGUCUUUUACUAUAGUUUCACAAUCUAAGUGCUCUUUAUUCAUUGGCCAUGUGUGGAAACUUGUAUUGUCCUCCUUUUUCAUAUCGAAUAUAAUUUUUAUUCAAGGGUACAGUAGUACCCAAUAAUAUGUUCAGAUUUUUCCAUCGUUGGAAAAAUGUGGCAUGUUUUAUUGUCUGUAUUGGUCCUUAAAUCAGUCCAGUUGUUUGCUGUAAAGAAUAUUAUGUGUUUGUCUUAGGAGCCCCAUGAAGCCCUAAAUCCAGUACUGGUCAUGUGUUUAUAAAAUGCACAGAUUCCUUGUGCUAGCAAACAGUUAGGUCCCAGAGAUGGUGGGUCUAGUACACUAAAUGUCAAGAUGCCUUUUCUCUGCAAUGUGCAGCCAAAGAGCCUUACAAGACCCACUCGCUGGCUCACAUAUGCCUAUGAUAAACUCAUGGCAUCCUGCCCUAAGCAGUGGCGACAUAAGCUUAAGGUGGCCCAGUGCUUUAUGAGGGUCCUGCCUAUUCUGCCCAAAUAUACUGUUGGGGAGGGGGCAGCGAGGGAGCUUGGUUCUCCCACGAUUUGUUCCAUAGCUCUCUCUCUCUUUCCUUAUACUGAUGCGGGUAGCCGGUAUGUGACAUCACCCUAGUGUUGGCAUCACUACAAGAGUGUAUGGGCGCUAUGCAGGAAGAGCACGGUGAACCUAGCAGCCACUCGCCACCAGGGAGGAGAUCCAUUCUAGCCCUUCCAAGCAAAAGUAAAAUAACCAAAUAAAAUGUGUGUAUGUGUGAGUCUGAAUGUGUGUAUGUAUGUAUGUACGCUUGAAAACGUGUGUGUUAAGUAGAUUUUGUAUAUUUAGGUAUGGUAAGCACUAUGAUCUUUUGAUCACAUUUGUAGAUCACAGCACGGCUGUUCGCUGAAACAAAAAUCUUUUCACAUUAUUCUUAUUUUGUUUUGCUUUAAUUUUUAAUUUUUCCUAUUUAUUUUCAUGAUUGACAUAUCGGCUUUGUAUUUUCCAUGUAGGAUCUGGGCUCACUUAUAUCUUUUAUGAGGUUUAACUGUUUAGUAAAUAGCUACCUUAUUUCAAAUCCUUAAAUAUGGCAAUCCCAAAUAGGAAUAGCAAAUUAGGGAAUUGUGUACUAAACAGCUAAAAGAUCACAUUUAGGAAAAUUGCUUUUCUUAAUUUUGAUCUUUCAGUUCUUUAUUAGAUUGCCCACUAAUUUGAAAGCCCUAAAUACAGAUCAUAUAAGGAUACCAAAGCAGGAAGCCAUCUGCUGUUAUUAUAUACAUUUUCUUGCUGUAUAGUUGAAGGUGAUCCUCCAUCUAUUUAUAGCAUUGAUGUAUUUUAGAUUUGUGCUGCCCUAGGCGUUACAAAACUCGAGCCCCCCCAUGUCAUUUUGCCCCCCCUUUCCUGUCAAGGGCACACCUCUUCAUGUUUAACACGAGCAUGCAGUUUGAUAGACACCCACUGACAUGCACACACUCUCAGAUACACAUACAAUGACUUACAUUCACUGACAGACACACACACUCACUGACACACACAUUCACUAACAGAUGCACACUCACAGGCAUACUCUGACAGACACACUCACUAACAGAUACACACUCACAGACAUACACUGACAGACACACACACAUUCACUAACAGGCACACACACAUUCACUAACAAGCACACACUGACAGACACACACACACAUUCACUAACAGGCACACACUGACAGAUGCACACACGCACUCACAGGCACACACUGACAGACGCACACAUUCACUUACAGACACACUGACAGGCACACUCACUCACUAACAGACACACACAUACACUCACUAAUAGAUACACACUCACUCAAAGACAUACACUGACAGACACACACACACUUUCACAGACACAAACACAUUCACUCACAGACACAUACUGACCGACACACACACAUUCAGUCACUCACAGACACAUACUGACAGACAGACACACACACAUUCACUCACUCACAGACACAUACUGACAGACUCACACACAUUCACGCACUGACACUGACUCUUCCCUGGGGUCCAGUGGGGUUGGCUGCUGCUGGGCAGGCACAGGCUGGUGGUCAAUCAGCAAAUGCAAGAGGCGAGGGAGCUGUGAUCUUCCUGCUCAGCUCCCUCGCGCCGCUUAGUGAUGCUGGGAGCCGGAGUGACGUCAUAUUCCGGCUCCCGGAAUCACUGUGGUGAACGCUCCCUCGCCACCAACCCAUAAUCUUAGCAGCUGAAUGCCUCAAGGGGAUCCUGAGCUGGCCAAGAGGCUAACAAGGCAUUUGCCAGGGCACUUGUGGGUUGGGGGGGAGGCGGCAUUUUUUGCCGCACCCCCUUAAAGUGCCGCCCAAGGCAAAUGUCCUGUUAGCCUCAUUAAAGAUACAGCACUGAUUUAUAGGCAUGGCAUUCAGCCUUCAUGCGGAAAAAGGUCUGUUAAGGUCAAGAUUUGAUAAAGUUCCAAGCUAAGAACUGAAAUGUCGAUUUGUUGUUUGCAACGUUGCUAAAUGCUGUUACAAUAAAGAAAGCUGAUCAUUUUUUUGCAGUAAAUUUCCGUGUGUGCUCUCCUUUUAUUUUUCUAUGUUUUUAGCACCAGGGCAAGUUUGUAAAGUAGAUCUUGAGUGUAGGGCUCCUGGUUUAUAAAUUCAUGAAAACACCUUUUUUUGCUCACCUAAUAAAUGUAUCAUUUUACAUUUUAAUACUGAUGGUAAACCACACCAUUGAUGUUUGAACAUGUGACGCUGGCACAGAUGGUAUCUUUGUCCAUAACAUAGCCUGUGUUUUAGCUGAUACCGGUUAUUGCUAUUCACAGCCACUGUGAUAAAAGACCCCAGCUAUGUUUUCCAUUCAUCCUAAAAACACGUUCAGUGCACAGCUCCAAAGCCUUAUCCAAAAGCAUGAAAACACCUGAAGCCAUCUUUUUACAUGAACAUAUAAUAAUUUUAGCUGUAAUUAACCUUACCUCAUCUACCCAUGAGGCUUCCAUCUUUUCUCAUCUCCUGCCAGUCUCACAUGCAUGGAGCUGCAUCAUUAGUUACAUUUUUUUCACUCAUAACACUUAGCUGUAGUCAUCAGUCAAUUAAAAGUACAGUUAAAAAAAAUCUAUGUCAGAAAGAUUUUUAAACUAUCAGACAUCUACCUGGAAAAUAAAAUUCUGAUGAGCAUGUAACACUAGCAGUCUUGAAUUUUGUUGACGAUUAGCUCCCAUAAUUCUACUGUACUUCUUCCCAGGGUUGGCCCUCAGGAAGAGAUAUUUGAAGGCAUAUGUAGGAGGGGGCACUGCUUUUUAGUUUUAUCUUCAGAGGAUGGUUCAAGGACAAUCUAAUAAUAUCAUAUGAAAUAUAGGGUGUACAAUGGUUGUUAAAAACAUUUUUUUUAAAAGGAGAAACGUCCAGGUCUAUUUAAUGUUAACCUGUCUUGACUUCUCUUUAACUGAAACCACCCACAAGCAAUGCAUAUAUCAGUAUCAUGGAAAUAAAUGAUACAUUUCAUAAAAAGUUUCAAAUGUAGACUUUACAUACCUUCAUUUCAGACACGUUGGGUGGUUAUUACACCUUUGUAGAACCCACCUUUGUCCCACUCACAUUCUGAUUUGAUUGGCUCUGCUCGUUGAACUUGAUCUAGGAUGCUGCAGGCAGCAUAAUCACAGAAGUAAGGUGUAAUGAUUAUUGUGCAUAACACUCCCUUUUAAUAAUUAAACAGUUCAGCUUUUACAGAACCUUUCUAAGAUGGUGGAACUUGAACAGCAUGUGCAAUGCAGUGUCCACACAUUGUACAAAUAUUUGCACGGACCAGACAAAUUUCAGUUAACUAACAUUACUGAGAUUUAGUCAACUAAAACUAGACUAAACCUAAAACAAUUCAGAUGACUAGAAUGUGACUAAAACUAAAAUGGCUCUUUAGUCAAAAGACUAAGACUAAAACUAAAUUGAAAUUUGCCGCCAAAAUUAAAUAACAUUGGCACGGACGGAGGAGGAAUACUUAAACAAAAACCAUAAAUUGUGCUUGGAGUGCCCCUUUAAUUAUUACUCUGGCUCAUUUUCGUUCUGUGUGCUAUGCCAAUUAAGAUGGAAGAAAAACAUGCAAAAAAGCAUGCCAUACAGGCAGUGAUUUUGCUCAACAAGGAGCACAAUGUCAGCCUGUAUAAAGAAUAUACAUGGCUUUUUCUUAAAAGUACUUGACUUGGUGACUUUAGUGGAAAUGAAUGCUUGAAAAAUACAGGCAUUAGUAAUUCAUUGCAUUGUAUUAUUUAGCAUUGUACAAAAACAACGUGUAUUUUAGUGAAUUUAUAAAUAUUUCCACACAAAUUAUUUAUAAGUAAUAUAAUGGUGUUGCAUGGAACUAUGAUGAAGACAGAAUGAUUACUUUUUUUCUUUUAUUUUUUUAUUUCAUUGGAGUGGCAUGAAAGCCAGAGCAACACAAAUAUGCUGCUCAGGAAGACAUGAUAUUUGCAUAAAUGAAUUACACGCUUACCGAACCAUGUAGCCAGAGAAAGUACAUGCCCUGGAGAUUCUUGCCAUGAUCCUCUUUCCAAACAAUUUCUAUUUUAUCUUCAGUCAACUAUGCAUUCCCAUUUCCAUUCUUGCCAGUGUUACUGGCAGCCACAUGUUAUGCUCAAGGAUCAAGGACUGUUUGUGCCACCUUCAAGACUUGUAGUUGUUAUAUUACUAGGUAGUGAUAUUUAUUUCGUAUUCAAUACAGCUCCAAGAUGCCAUUUUGUUGUAGGGAGGAAUGAAUGGUAAAUAGAUCUGCUUAUUAACAGUGUUAUACACAUAUUUAUAAAAUAUUGGGUGUUCCUCUUGUGUAAUACAUAGAAAAAUGAAUAAACAACAUUGGAUGGAUAUUUUGCAUAUAUUGCUGGGUCUCUGGGGCAGGAGCCCAAAUAUCCAGCACCAGAACAAACAAGAUAGUGACAGAUUUGGACUGAUUGGCUGAGACUGUCAGCUAACACUCUCUGAAUUCCUGGAGCAAUAAAAGUAAAAUUAGAUGUGUUCCAUAACUCUUACACAUAUAUUGCAUGUACAAAUAUCUUUUUAUAAAAGUUGACAUUUAUGGUGAAACAUAACAUGUCCUCAGUUGCAAGCUUUUUUCCUUAUUGUCUGUCACUUACUGUGUAUAAUUAUGUGAAACGUUGUUACAGACUUGCAUCUAGACUGCAUCUAGGUCAAAUUAACAAUCACUCUUUUUUUGUUGACAUCUAGAGAGAACAUUUAUUGUCCAGUCCCGCCAACCAGAAUUUUUUUUUUUUAACUAUCUUGAUUACAAUUAGCAUCUCCUGGGAAGAGAUCUACUAAUCGUAAUACUUCCUCUACAUUACAUUAACAACUUGCAAACCAAAGAGGAUAACAAAACAGUAAAAAUUGCUUGAUCUUUUUUUUUUUUUUACAUAAAUUUCUAAUCAGUAACCAAUCAGCAAUACUAUUGUGCUAUUCCACAAUUCACAUUUUUCUUCCUUCUUUUCUGUAUUUGAUUUGGUCUUCUUAUUGAACUAAGUUGUUUUCUAUCCUCUAUGGAAUAGUGGUACUGAAAAUAUUGACAGUGGAAAUCAGGGAAACUUACAAGAAUGAAAGUAAAUUGUACAAAGUUUGAUGAAAAGGUCAGGGGUACAAAUAUCAAACUUGUCUCCUAAGUUUCUUACCUGUUAUAGCUCACUAAAUUCUAUUUGGUUACCAGACUUUUCUUUAAUGUAUAAUAUCUUCUGCCUGAAUACUUGAAGACUUUGUUACUGUAUUACUGUUGCUUCUACUUGUCCUAGGAGACUGCUCUCCAGAUCAUCUAUCCUGUUUCUGAAGACGAGCUUCAUCAAAUUCCCCCUCGGCGGUCCUAUUCCUGUAGUUUCCGAGCACAACCUCAUGUUCAGUCAUUUCUCUUUUUCAGAACAAAAACUUCCCCUAUAAAACUGCUGAUAUCCUUGGUUUAUAGCAACAUUUUACUUACUUUACUUAAGAAAACGCUGUGUGUUUACUAUUAGUUGUGAAGUUUUUGUGGUAGGACAGAUACCAUUUCAAUACAUAUUAAUAUAAUGUCAUGGGGACAUUAGAAUCGAUUCAUAUCAAAAGAAUAUAUUAUACAGCUUUAUUUAAAAAACAAAUAUCCUAAAACACAGCUGAUGUUCCUCUUUGACAGUGCUGUAUUCUCAGAUCUGGCUAUCUUUUUUAUUGGUGGUAUGGCAGUUUUGUUUACUAAAUAAAUUAAAGGACCACUCUAGGCACCCAGACCACUUCAGCUUAAUGAAGUGGUCUGGGUGCCAGUUCCAGCUAGGCUUAACCCAUUCUUUUAUAAACAUAGCAGUUUCAGAGAAACUGCUAUGUUUAUGAAUGGGUUAAGCCUUCCCCCAAUUCCUCUAGUGGCUGUCUCAUUGACAGCCGCUAGAGGCGCAUUCGUGCUUCUCACUGUGAAAAUCACAGGGAGAGCACGCAAGCGUCCAUAGGAAAGCAUUGAUAAUGCUUUCCUAUGUGACCGGCUGAAUGCGCGUGCAGCUCUUGCCGCGUGUGCGCAUUCAGCCACAUGGGAGUAGAAGAGGAGGAUCGGAGGAGGAGAGCUCCCCGCCCAGCUCUGGAAAAAGGUAAGAUUUUACCCCUUUCCCCCUUCCAGAGCCGGGCGGGAGGGGGACCCUGAGGGUGGGGGCACCCUCAGGGCACUAUAGUGCCAGGAAACCAGUAUGUUUUCCUGGCACUAUAGUGGUCCUUUAAGCAUUAAGACCUGUUUAACAUGUACAGUAUAAGUCAAGACUUCUAUUUCUUAGCUUUGUAAAUGUAACUGUAACUCCAAGCAUUACAAUCCGUUUUCCUGGCACUGCAGGUCCCCUCUCCCUCCCACCCCCCCCAAUCCCCGGUUACUGAAGGGGUGAAAACCCCUUUAGUAACUUACCAGAUGCAGCGACAUGUCCCACGUCGCUGCUUCUUCCUUCGCCGCGCUCCUCCUCUAUAUUACGUCGGCAGGUGGGGGCGAGACUGAUCCCGCCCACCAGCCGGGGAGACCUAAUGCGCAUUAGAGCUCCCCAUAGGAAAGCAUUGAAAAUGCUUUUCAAUGCUUUCCUAUGGGGAAUUGAGCGACGCUGGAGGUCCUCACACAGCGUGAGGACGUCCAGCGACGCUCUAGCACAGGUUUUCUGUGCUAUGAAACAGGAAAUGUAGUAGACAGCCACUAGAGGUGGAGUUAACCCUGCAAGGUAAUUAUUGCAGUUUAUAAAAAAACUGCAAUAAUUACACUUGCAGGAUUAAGAGUAGUGGGAGUUGGCAUCCAGACCACUCCAAUGGGCAGAAGUGGUCUGGGUGCCUGGAGUGUCCCUUUAAGGUGUUCCUUAAUUCAUGAAAGCUGUUACACUUCCUACUGAUCUCUGAUUGGAUGUUCAAAACUACCACAAUCGUAACGUUGUUUGAACCUGCAGGGAACUUGCCAUAAAUGGUAGCGCAGCAAAUUCUGUAGCGCUGUACAAUGGUCGGCAGGAAACCAAAAACUGGUUGACAUCAUGCCAUUACUGCUUAUAUCUAUUUUGUGACAAAUAAAGUAGGCUUGGGGUACCUUUAAUAACCUCCAUUAAUUGUUUAUUAACCUUAUAUGUCAAUGGAGGUACACAGCAGGGUCAGUUAAUUAUAGUGAACCAGUUCCCUCGAGUGAAGUCCCUCCAGUUUUUCUUAAACUGAGUUCAAGUUGUUUCACAACGAAUGGGGGAUUUCCAGACACCCUAAAGUUACAGCUUCUGCUUUCCAAAUUAUAAUUAGCAGCUAUGCAAUUAAUGGAACUAGCCUAAUUUGACUACUAGUACCGUAUCCACUGCAUGUAGCUACACUGGUUAUAGUGCUUAGGAAAUCUCUUUAAAAUUCAUUUUUAUACAUUGUAAUUUAUUUGAUGCAAGAUAUAACUUUGUAUAAUGUGGUUGCUGUCCUGUACUCCCCUUUGUAUGCUGGCGUUGCCUAUUAAAUAGUGAGAUAAUUGACAUCAUGUCAACAUUUAAAUGAAUUCUGUUUGCUACUGUUUCUCCAUUCUAUAUGGCUAAUGGAAUAUAGGUGUCAAAAACACCUUAAAAGGGGUAUACAUAUAAGCAUUACUUGUGCUUUUACUAGUGGGACAUUUUCCAGAUGGGAUGCUAAAGUCAACACAAAUCAUUCCACAGGCAAACGUUAGCACUUUUGACAAAAGUGAAUUCCCCUUAGUGCCAGCAGCAUUAGCUAGUCUAACUAAAGUUACACUAAGCAGGGACACCAGGUUCUCUAGGCCUGUCCAAAUGUCCGUUAUGUAUUUAAUAGAUGCAUAGCAGCUGUGGUUUUGGUUUAUAUUAAUGACAAAAUUUGUUCAACUCGAAGUGUACAGCAUGGCUUGUCAAUCCUAAGAAAACACAUCUCUUUUAUUUUAUGGGCUGUGUUUAUUUAAAGGGAUACUACAGACACAUACAUGAUAUGUAAUAAUGUUCACAUUGUUUUGUUUUUUUCUUUAUAUAUUAUUUAUUAUUUAUUAAAAUAAUGAUUAAUAGUAUCUACCUGCCACCUAGUCUCCAUCUCUAGAAUUUCCUUUUGUAGCUGCAUAUAUAUAAAAGCCUCAAAAUAUAUCUGUACAACAUAAUGUAUAAAGUAAUAUAAAGCACUUUGUGUAAGAGGUCACACAGCUGCUGUGUUACCAUAAUACCUUUAGUUGUGAAUGAAGCUACAUGGAAGAUAGUAAAAGCUGAGACGUCCCUGCUACAGUUAGCUUAAAGGAAAUCUCUAAAGUAAAAAAAAAAAAUAUAUAUAUAUAUUAAUAUUUAACUUUAGAGUGCCUGCCACCAUGUUUAAAAAAUUGUAAUAAAAUUCACCUAUAAUCCCGUGCCUGGUCAAUCUCCUCGGUGAAGCCUCUCUACUUUCAGUAAAGGCCUCAGUAAUGAUUACUUUAGUUAGAUGUAAUGCUUCUCAUAGAAGAGCAUAAGAGACAUAUGGCACACAUGUGGCAAUUGUCAUACUUCCCCAAUCAGAUUCUUUUCUUUAGAAAAGGAUUGUAUCCUGUGUUUCAAUAUGAGCAGCACUGGAUGUGUUCGGCAUCAUGAUGUGCCAUACAAUCACCAAUUUUUUAAAGGUCUUAAGGAGGAAGAGCCUCUAGUGCAAGCAUGUUAAACUCGCGGCCCACAAUGAAUAUCUUUGCGGCUCAGCAAACCACGAGUUUGACAUGUUAAGGCAGAGUAGGCACCUGCUUUCCCCACAUUGCAGGUGCCUACUCUGCUAAAAUUUAUCUGGCCGGGGAGAGAGAGGAAGCUGGCGGCGCGCCCUCUGUAGUCAUUCCAGCCCAGUAUCACUAAACUGCACAUGUGAGGGAGCAGUGAGAAGCAGGAGGGAGACCCCAGGGAGAGGCCCCACACCAGCUCCCAAAGAUAGGGAGCAAUAAAUAAAAUGAUUUGUGAGUGUGUGCAAGAAUGUGUAAAAUGUGUGUGUCUGUCAGUGUGUGUGUGUGUGUGUGUGUGUCUCUGUCUGUGUAUGUCUGCCAGUGAGUGUGUGUGUGUCUCUCAGUAAGUGAGUGUGUGUGUAUGUCUAUCAGCGAGUGUGUCUGUGAGUGAGUGUAUGUGUGUGUGUGUCUCUGUCUGUCAGUGAGUGUGUAUGUCUGUGUCUGUCAAUGAGUCUGUGUGUCUGUCACACAUGUCAUGUGUCCUUAAGGGGUUAAACCAUGUUUAUUUGGCCCAUGCUAGCCUUUGAGUUUGACAUGCUUGCUCUAGUGGAUGUCAGUUCCCACUUGCUUCAAUGUUGUGUGAGCAGGGCUAAAUUCCUACUCAUACCAGAGCGACCCAGUUAUUAGCACUACCUGGUGCUACCCUCUAUCUGCUGGGACCACAAUUAGUGGCUCCAGACUGACCGAUGAACUUUAUGCAUUUUAAAUGCUCUGCUUGACGUGGUCUGUGUGCCUAUAGUGUCCCUUUAAUUAAUGUUUACGAAAACACAGAAGCCUACACAGGAGGCUGCUGCAGCUUCCAUCAGUCAAUUAACAGAAUCUGAGCAAAAUUUUGCUUAAAAAGAAAUGACUUCAAAGAACACUAUAGUGUCAGGAAUCCAAACAAGUAUUCCUGACAGUAUAGUUCUAAAACCACUGUUAACGUGUCUCCUCCUCCCACCACCUUUGAAAAGGUGGUUUUAUGGUUUGUCUCACUUUAUUUCCAGCACCACACCGGUCUCGUCGUGCCUGGCCCUGACCUGCUCCACCUCCUUGGCUGAGAUCAUUAAAUUUGCCGAUCUCAACCAAUUUGGGAGGCUAUUGCGCAUGUGCAGCAAAACACAAUGCUGCACCAAUCAGCAUCUCCUCAUAGAGAUGCACUGAAUCAAUGCAUCUCUAUGGGUAGCGUUCAGCGCCCACAGCUUUAUUUUAAUUUUAUUUUUUGCUGAUUGGCCGGUCUUCCUUACAUUGUUUCACACUGUUAGCAAAUGGGUUUUUUUUUUUGGUCUUUGUCAUCCAGAUAACAAGACAUACUGAUCACAUUAGGAUUUUCUAUGAGUCCAUGCCUUUUAUGUCCAUCAUAAAAUGAGGCAGACAUAUGUUAAUCACUAUACUAUGUCAAGUAAAAAAUAAUUAUAAUUUUUCCUCUUUGUACAAGUAUGCAAAAUGUUUUUAAAUUGUCUAUUUGUAGUUAUUAAUGUGGAGUAAAAAGCUAAGAUGAUGUCAUUUCCAAAUCUAGUAGUAUUAAAUACAGAUGUAGGCUUGGUCUUUUGGCAGUUUGUUUGCUGUCUGUAUAUUUUGUGUUUGUUAUUCAUGCAAGAUGUGUUUAUUCUUGCAGUGAACACUAAUGUGGUAUUUAAUUCUGUUUUCCAUCAACCAGUUAAAGGUAAAUAACUAAAAGGAAUAGCUAUAGACAAUCUCAAUUUGUCAUGCAUCACGUUCUACUGUGUUUAAAGAAGCAUUCUAAGUACCAGUACCACUGCAGCUCAUUCUAGUGAGUAGGGUGCUUGGAGUGCCUCUUUAACCCCUUAAUGACACAUGACAUGUGUGACAUGUCAUGAUUCCCUUUUAUUCCAGAAGUUUGGUCCUUAAGGGGUUAAAGUGGACAUUUUAUAUUGACUUUAAACAUAUAGCUAUAACAGAGCUAGCUACUUAGAAAUCAUAUCUUACAGUGCGAACAGAGCAAGCAUCCAUAAUACCAUAUGAUAAGUUAGUGACACAGAUUCAGAGUGCCUACAUCAUAAAAUAGGGCACAGCUAAACUCUAUAGAGCAUUUCUCACGCCAAGUAUUAAGGAAUACUUAAAACUCUAUAAUACAGUUUCCAUGAUGCUUUGUCAUUCUAAAGGCAUGUAAAGCACAAUGGGGGUUGUAGUUCUACAACAUCCGGGGAUCUACCUUUUGGGCACCCAUGUUCCAUAACUACGACAGCUCUUUGUAGUAGUUAUGGUGGCAGAAGAAGCUGGUGCCCCACCAUCACCAUGUAAGUUGUCAAGUAAGUGGUUGACUUCUUACCAGAAGUCUGCUGGAUGCCCCGUCUGCCUACUCUCAGCUGGAAUCUCACAGUGCUGCAGGUGCAGGGCUUAGCUGAUUGGCUAAGGGUGAUCAGCUGGCACUCUCAGCCAAUGAGCUGGUGACAUAGCAUAGGAGAGCUAGCAGGAAGCGAGUAGAGGACGCGAGGAGUGGUCCCCCAGUUAGAAGUCAUUAAACCAUUCCUAAAAUAACUACUUAUACUGGGUGAGCACCAGGGCACUCUUGGUUCCAUAACCACUACAUUUUGCUUACUUGGAGAGUUCUUUUAGGAGUAAUUCACAAAGCCACAGCCAGCUGGACAGUCAGUAAAAGACAAAACUUUGCGCAAGAACAUUUGACCUUGCAGCAAUGAAAGUUUUUUUUUUUUUUUUUACUUAUGUCUUAUGUCAAAUUAUAUUUAUUUCAGCAAGCACACUUUACAUUUAUACCUGUGAUGGCACCGUAACAAGUAGCUAAAAAGUAAUUACCUUGUAGUAAACAAGCAUUAAGUUGGGGUCAUUUGGAAAAAAUUAUGUUUCAUCGUUAUUUCAGAUCAGUUCAGUGAUAUGCUUGUAACAUUAGGUGCAUAGUAAUUUCACAAAAUAACCUCCAAAAUAUCACAAAUUACCUACUCAAUUUUUCUGAAUUACAAAAUUAAACAAUGUUGCUUGUUGAAUAACCCCAUUUGUGUGCUGAUUGACAUGAUAUAAAUGAAAAUUGCCUUACUGCAGCUGAACACUGAGCGUAAUACAAAAACACAGCGAACGAAAUUGUGUUGCUCAUAGAAUGCAGCUUUACAUAGCGCAUACUGUUUGGCUUCCCAUGCAGUGAUAACUAAAAGAUCUCAUGCUUUUAUUUGCCUGUGCUUUCACUGCAGUAUCGGUAAAGAAAUAAAUGUCAGUGAUCUGCAAACGUCAUGAAAAAAGAGGUGCAGAAAGCCCUCUUGUGAGGCAGUAGAGGGAUGCAGAUGCAUUCGACUGAUCCUUACGUGGUUGAGGCGAAGACUGCAAAGGAAAUUCCGCUUCCAUCAGUAUGGAUCCACUGUUGUUUUUGCACAUUACUGCUGCUGUAUACCAGUGUCAAUCAUAAUUACACCACCAGUGCAGAGAAGCCAGAUUUCGAGCUCUAGCAUUUGAUUGGUUGCUGUAUUCUGGGAGGGAUAGGAAGGAAGGGCUGCAGCAUUCUGUCGACACUGUUGAAGACAUCUCUCUGCUUCAUCAUCUGAUGGGAAAAUCCCCAGGAAGGGCAAAAGCAUUCCUGAGUGUGCCAAAAAAUAGAGGGAUGAGAGAAGUUGUUAUUCUUCUGCAAAAUAUUGUUUAGUAAUGCAUUAGCAAAGAUGGUGCAGUGCUUGGAAGAGCAGGGAAUGCACAGCAAGGAGAAAUAGCAAGAACUGAAGAAGGUAAGAGGAUUGUAUUGCCCCUGAAUGCAAGAAGAGUUUGCUGCAGUCUGCUGCAUACAGUGUGCUGCUUAUAGAAGUCAAGAUGUAUGCUAGUGCAGAGGCGAGACCAAAUGUCAGGACGUGUUACCAACACCAACAUAACAGGUUUUAAUCAUUGUUGAUUAUAUUAAUUUUGUUUCCCAUAGUGAUUCUUCUAUUAAAGCUGAUUCGAACUGCUUUCAAAAUACAUCGUCGCUGUGUUCGGUAAACACUUCUGUGCUCAGAUCAAGAGCAGAAUAGAAAUUGAUACUGCAAUCCCUUUCAUUUCUAUGUUUUACUUGGGAAACUUAAGAUUUCCCUUUAUAGAGGAUUGCAAUAAAUUUGUGGACAUUAAGUGCUAUUUGCUUUAAAAACACACGCACGUAAAGGCAUACAUAUUGUUCCUGUCUUCUAUCACAUUCUUUAUUAGCACCAUAUGUGCUAUUUUUCUCCACUGAUUUGUAGUGUACAAGUUGUGUAUUUAGCUGAAUUUCCUUACAUACUAACUGAAUAUUUGAUUAGGUUAGAUACGAAUGCUCACUGCAAUUAUGCCAUGUUUGUGCAAUAUUAAUAAGAACACACCAUCAUGGUGGUGUUGGGGUUUAAAGAAUGUCAUUUACUGUUUAACUUUCCUGCUUUUUUGUCCCUGUACCAUCUGUUUAUCAGCUACAAAUUCUCUUAAAUCUGAAAGAAAUAACUACAAUGCAUGGAGUCUGACUAGAAAAAGAGUACAAUAUAAAUUAUUAUUCUGCCUCUAUUCAGUAUAUUAAUAUUAAGUGAAGAAUAUUUAUAUAAAAUAUGACAUAUCUCUAGCAAAGGUCACAUUAACCGCAGAAGAUUGUGUUUCAGUCGUGCAGUCUGGCUAGGCCUCAAGAGGUAGAGAUGCCCAUUGGAUUCUGUAGUUGCUAUGCACUGAUGCUGGAAAGGACACAACUUAAAAUCUUGUGUUUUAUGAGGUAACAUAUAUAAAUGGGAGUUGGAACGAGAACCUGACUGUUCUCAAACAUAUGUAUCUUCAUUAACGUGAAUAUUAACAUGUCUUGAUUUACACAAACAUCUUUACAAGUUUACGUGUGUUGUUACACCUAUAUAUUUUACAUGUUCAUUUACAUAACAAAACUCGAUAACUGUACUUGUAUUAAACCUUCUUUUCUGUAAACUGCAGACAGACUGCAGACCCUAGCAGGUGACUUUAUAAUGGACAGAGUAGAGGACUGCAGCACUUUAUGCAGCUUAAAGGGACACUCCGAGGUCUGUUACCACUUAUUCCUACUUCAUAGUUUUCUUUUUUUUACUGCAGUGAUUUUAAAUAUAGAAAUUGUAGCCAAGGUUUGUGUGAGUGCUGUCAUAAAGGAAUGCAUGAAGUGUACACUGACAUAUUUAUUUUACCAUGGUUUAAUCUUGGUUAACCUAGUCUACAUAUUUAUUUUUAUGGAGAUCUUUCCAGGUUUAUGUGUAGUGGCCAAACCUUUCAGCUAAUCUCAAUUUAAGUGAUACAUAUUUCAGCAUUUUACUGUUAUACAAAUUUUUAGGACAUUCUACUUUACUGUUUACCCUCAGGAUUGUUUUAGUAAUCAUUCAUGAUAUAUAUUGUAAUGGUGUUCAAAAUACUAUUUUUAAAUGUCAUUUAAAUCUUACUAUUAAAGGAAGACUAUAGGCUCCCAGACAACUACAUCUCAUUGAAGGGCUGUGGGUGCAGUGUCCCUGUACCUAACCCUGCAAGUGAAGACAUUGCAGUUUCAGGGACUAUGGGAGAAAGCCACUAGAGGCACUUGUUUAACUCAGUGAAACGACGCUGGACGUCCUCAUGCUUUGCAGCAUCUUAAAAAUACUCAUAGGAAAGCAUUGAUUUAAUGUUUUCCUAAAUGGAAGACCUAACACGCACGUGGCACUUGCCUCGCAUGUGUAUUAGGUACCCCCCAUUGCUCACGUCAGAGGAGGCGGAGAGCGUUUCAGCACGGGGGACCUUAGCGCUGGAAUCAGGUAAGUGAAAAAAGGGUCAGAGGGACACUAAAGCGUUAGGAAUACUGUUUUUUACACUAUAGUUCCUUUGAUACACCCUAACAUGCAAACAUGUAAAUAUGGCUAUGUAUAUAGCCAUAGUUACCUGUAUGCACGUAUACCGCAAACACAGAUUAAAAGGAAUCCAUGUUUAACCCCUUAAGGACACAUGACAUGUGUGACAUGUCAUGAUUCCCUUUUAUUUCAGAAGUUUGGUCCUUAAGGGGUUAAGAUGGAAUGAGGCAAAAAUUUGAUGCUUUGUUAAACUAAUUUGCAUAUGCCCACCCAGAAUGCUUUGCGGUAGUAACAUCACUGCAGAUUUGGGAUUUCUGUGGGAAAAGCAAGUCUUAUGGCUUGACUGGUGUGCAGAUUUUUGUUUAACAUUGUAUUAACUAUCACAUAUAUAUAUAUAUAUAUAUAUAUAUAUAUGUGUGUAUAUGUAUAUAUGUAUAUGUGUAUAUGAAUAUGUGUAUAUGAAUAUGUGUAUACGUAUAUGUGUGUGUAUGUGUAUAUAUAUAUAUAUAUAUAUAUAUAUAUAUAUAUGUAAAUCGCUGCAAGAAUCCUGUAUUUAUCGGAAGUCUGUCAAUUUAUGGGCUUUAUACAGCCUGAUAACAAAAUCUUAUAUUCCAGUUGUGUACUUAAUAAAUACUACAUAUAGAUUUUUACUUUCAAUACAUGCCAGUUCAACUCACAGCAGGACACAGAGAUGUAAAUUAGUUUCAGUUUGGUUAUUUAUAGAAUGCAUUAAACAACGCCACCCAAAAAAUAAUAAUUAAAAAGCUAAAAACAUUAACAUACCGUCAAAGUGUCCCUCAGUGCACUGCUUAGUGAGACUGUCUGCAGGAACAUCUCGUUUUGGUGUAUGGGAACUUAUCUUAUGCCAUAAAUCACAGUCCAGCAGAUGUUUUAUUGCAUAACUACUUGUUUCUCAACCUUUGGUAACUUCUGGAGUAUGAGUACCAAAGGCAGGAUGCAUGCAAAGAGGUGGACAACUGGCCACCUUAGCUCCCCCCAGGAAGCUUGGUGGAGAAUGGCGGCAAUAAGGGAGCUGUACCCUUCCUGAUCUAGUAGCACUGCUCCCUUGCGCACCCUGUGGUGAUGCCGGUUUAUGACUACAUCACUAAACAGCUUGCGAGCUAGCAGUGCUGGAAAAGCACAAAGAGUACACUAGCCCCACACUGUACCCCAGAGAAAAGAUCCCCACUGACCACCAGAAAGGAUCCCCUCCAGCUCUCCCAAAGGAGUGUCUGUCAGUAAGUGUGUGUGCCAUAUCAGUGAGAGUGUAUGUGUGUCAGUGCACUUUGGGUAUAAAUGUGUGUGUCAGUGCACUUUGGGUAUAAAUGUGUGUGUCAGUGUCCUCUGGGUGUAAAUGUGUUUGUCGGUGUCCUCUGUAUGCAUCUGAAAUAUUUGUUACACCCAGGGGACACUGACAUACACAAACAGAUGUAAUUUACCUUAAAUAAUUGUAUCUCAAUCUCUAAAUUGAACUUUAAUCACAUACAGGGGGCUCUUGCAGGGUCUAGCAAGCUAUUAACAUAGCAGGGGAUAAGAAAAACUUAAUUAAACAGAACUUGCAGUAAAGAAAGCCUAAAUAGGGCUCUCUUUACAGGAAGUGUUUAUGGAAGGCUGUGCAAGUCACAUGCAGGGAGGCGUGACUAGGGUUCAUAAACAAAGGGAUUUAACUCCUAAAUGGCAGAGAAUUGAGCAGUGAGACUGUUCUAUACACCAAAACUGCUUCAUUAAGCUAAAGUUGUUCAGGUGACUAUCGUGUCCCUUUAACUACAUUUCUACUACAUUCUUGAGGCAGUGUUUUUUUUUUUUUUUUUUAGAAAUAGAGGGGGGGGGGAAGUUGAGAAACACUGGUAUAACUUAUGAGUAGUUAAUCCUCUACCAACAAUUUCAGUCAUCAUACAAUAGCUGCUGUGAUACAUUAUAUACAGACAUGUUCCCCUUUUAGUGAUUUACUAUUGGGAGAGUAUUGAUGUGGUUUACUUUUUAGGAGAGCCAUGGAUCAGGUAAGAGAAAGCCAUUCCUAUUGUGUAUAUUGUGUACACACUGUCGGGACCAAAUUGAAACAAGCAACCCAAAAACUGUUCUACUACCUGGCUAACUAGCGGGGUGCCCUAUAUUUCCAGCAGUUUUAACAAACCACUGUUGUAAGUUACUCUCAGAUUUGAGAUUGAGCUCAGGAUACUUUCUUAAUCCCUUAAGGACCAAACUUCUGGAAUAAAAGGGAAUCAUGACAUGUCACACAUGUCAUGUGUCCUUAAGGGGUUAAGACUGACCAUAUACGCCCUGCGAUCCUGCAUUGGCACCAUUACAGUACACAAAUGUGCAAGACACCAGAAGAGCAAUACCUAAGCCCACAUGCACUUAUAUGCCUUCUGAAAGAAGACCCCUAGAUAUAGAGGCCCAUGUCUGUAGAGGAUGCUUGAUGUCUCAGAAAACAGAUUGAAUUCAAAUCAUGGUCAGUGACUAGAAAAUUCAAAUAAGGAUAAAGGAGCGGUAAGAUUCAAUUCAAUUGUAGACUAAGGUUAAAAGAAAACACCAAGCGCGGUAGCCAUGCCAACUAACUAUUUUAGAACAGUUUGCCUUCUCACCUGUAAUUUGUUGGGCGCCAAUGCCAGCCACCAUUACUUCAGACAGUGAGCAAAAAGCUCUCUGUACUUCGCUAAGUACUCAUUGGCUGCGAGUGAUUAGGUGACGCAGUCAGCCAAUGAGGUAGCCCAAUACUAUAGGAUUUACCACAGAAGAGCAGAUUCUGCUUAGAAGCUUCUGGCUCUCUGCUGUUGGUAGUGGAGGCUGGAAAAAGUGCUCAGCAGACCCCAGGCUAGAAGCCUCCCACCUUGAGAGAGAGUUGAGAUGUGUAGUCUGCAACUUAAAGGACCACUAUAGUGCCAUGAAAACAUACUCGUUUUCCUGGCACUAUAGUGCCCUGAGGGUGCCCCCACCCUCAGGGUCCCACUCCCGCCAGGCUGGAUGGCAAGGAAAGGGGUUAAACUUACCUUUUUUCCAGCGCCGGACAGGGAGCUCUCCUCCUCCUCUCUGCCUCCGAUCCUCCUCUUCGGCUGAAUGCGCAUGCGCAGCAGGAGCUGCGCGCACAUUCAGCCUGUCUCAUAGGACAGCAUUCAUAAUGCUUUCCUAUGGAUGCUGGCGUCUUCUCACUGUGAUUUUCAAUGAGACAGCCACUAGAGGCUUUAGAGGCUGGAUUAACCCUAUUAUAAACAUAGCAGUUUCUCUGAAACUGCUAUGUUUAUUAAAAAAAAAAAGGGUUAAUCCUAGCUGGACCUGGCACCCAGACCACUUCAUUAAGCUGAAGUGUUCUGGGUGCCUAGAGUGGUCCUUUAACCUAGAACAAAACACAGCCAUGUUCAUUAAACAGUAUAACAGGAUGAAAGGAAAAGAAUUUCCUUACAGAAUGUAGCGCUUGUAUACUAAAUAAUAUGCUAUCACCUUUUAGUAAUUAGGCGAGAUAUGAUUUUUCCUCCUUUUUCAGGUGUCCAGUAAAUGGUUAAUCUACAAAAGACAAUCAUACAUAGUGCAGAUAGUAUAUAACUGUGCAAUUUUGUAUCUAUUCAUAUAUGGUGUUAUUCACUCACAAACAGAGAGCUGUGGACCCAGCUCUAGUUGAAAUCACUUUUGGGUCCGUCUAGGCGACCCACCCCUGUUUAGGAUAUAUGUCUUGUCCUACAGGAAAAUAGAUAAACCGGAGAUAGCAUAGUACAGUCUAUGUAAAUUAGAAUAAAAGUGUUGAUCCCAAGUGGGUACUUACAGACCAGGAGUCUAAAUUGACUCAGUUCUUGAAUUAUGUGCAGAUUAAGGGACUGCACUCCCAGAUGUAAAUGGAUAGAUGGAGAACCAAAUAAAAAGAGAAUUAAUUUAUUAACACAGUAUAUAAAAUACAAAUAAAAUCGGAACAAUGUCCAAAUAAAAAAGCCGGAACGCGUUUCACCACUCAAGCGUGGCUUCCUCAACCGGAUCGAUAUGCUGAAUGUCAAUCGGUUCCCCAUCUCCGUUUAUAUAUCCUCCUUAAUGGUUCCAUGUAAUACAGGUGUGUGUUUCCCACACACGUCGUUACCACUUGCAGGUAGGAUGUGUGUGGUCCACACCUCGUUCUGGUCGUCUGAUGCUGUCCUCGCCUCGUUUUGGUUUCCAUGCCUCCAAACUGUUUAACUAUUUGUUUUCUUAAGGUUCUCACCAUUGGGCUGAUUUUAUCCACAGCAUUCAAACGUCCGUCUUUGCAAUAAAAUUAGACAGCACAUAUUUAAACUGCACAAAUACAUUCCGAUUCAUAUUGGAGUCGGUCAGUUCGUUUGCAGAGCUUCGAAGUUCAUUCACGAUUUAUAAGUAUAUAACAGUAUAACAGGAUGUCCAUAAAUUGAUAGCAGCCCAUUCCAGCCAUUCUAUGUGAACUGCUUUUUAGGAAUACUGGAUAAUAUCAGUGUCCAUAGACCAGAAUAUCAUCCUAGUGUGGGAGGAGUCUUUAAACUAUAUUCAACUUCUACAAAGAUAAUAAUUUUAAAAAUAUUACUGUUAUAUUCAAAUUGAAUAUUAUUGGGCAGAAGGGUGAUUAUCUCUGUCUUUAUGGGAAGUGCAUAUUUUUUCUCUACCUUGACUAAGCAUUCCUGAAAUAUUAUAUACAAAUAGAAUGUCAUUUUGGGGCCUGUUUACUAGUAGUGCAUUCAUUUUUCUUCGAAGAAUCAACUGUGUUUCUGCCAAAUCUCAAUGAAUGGUUAGAUUUGAUGAUAUAUUUCAAAUGAUUAACAUAAUGUAUAGGCAGGUUUUAAAGUGCUGCAUGAAUGCAUAGAUAUUUUUGAUGACAAAGCCACGAAUAGAACAAAAUAUUCACAGCUGAAGUUAGCAUUUUUUUGUGCUAGGUUCAACCAUAUAAACUGUGAGUCCUGUGUAUUUUUUCUUAUACUAUAUAUAAAAGUUGGCACAUGGAGUAGACAAAUGAUAAACAGAACAAACCAGGUCAAGAUCACACAAAUUAGAACAUAUAUUAAACUUGUCAAAAAACACAUUCUUAGAGAUUUAUGACCCUUCCCAGGUUAUAUUUAAUGUAUGAGGGUAGGUAAAAGAUCUGCAAAACUGUAAGCAUGUGUAGAACACCAGGGGCCAUGCCAUUAGAGGGGCCCAUUAGAGGACUUAUGGGCCAUUCUAAUGUAUAUAACUGUGUAUAUAUUAAAAUAUAAACAGUGAGGGAAAUUGGGUCAUUGUCAUGCUGGAAUACCCAUCCACGACCCAUUUUCAGUGCCCUGGCUGAGGGAAGAAGGUUCUCACCCAAGAUUUGACAGUACAUGGCCCCGUCCAUCGUCCCUUUGAUGCGGUCCGGUCCACUUAGCAGAAAAACACCACCAAAGCAUAAUGUUUCCACCUCCAUGUUUGACGGUGGGGAUAGUGGUAUUGGGUCAAUAGGCAGCAUUCCUCCUUCUCCAAACACGGCGAGUUGAGUUGAUGCCAAAGAGCUCGAUUUUGGUCUCAUCUGACCACAACACUUUCACCCAGUUCUCCUCUGAAUCAUUGAGAUGUUCAUUGGCAAACUUCACACUGGCCUGUACAUGUGCUUUCUUGAGCAGGGGGACCUUGCGGGCGCUGCAGGAUUUCAGUCCCUUACGGUAUAGUGUGUUAUUAAUUGUUUUAUUCGUGACUAUGGUCCCAGCUGCCUUAAGAUCAUUAACAAGAUCCUCCCGUGUAGUUCUGGGCUGAUCCCUCAACGUUCUCAUGAUCAUCGAAACUCCACGAGGUAAGAUCUUGCAUGUAGCACCAGACCAAGGGACACUGACAGUUAUUUUGUGUUUCUUCCAUUUGCGAAUAAUAACACCAGCUGUUGUCACCUUCUCACCAAGCUGCUUGGUGAUGGUCUUGUAGCCCAUUCCAGCCUUGUGUAGGUGUACAAUCUUGUCCCUGACAUCCUUGGACAGCUCUUUGGUCUUAGCCAUGGUGGAGAGUUUGGAAUCUGAUUGAUUGAUUGCUUCUGUGGACAAGUGUCUUUUAUACAGGUAACAAGCUGAGAUUAGGAGCACUCCUAAUCCUUUAAAAGAGGUGCCCAGGUCAUCUCCUGGCUUGCUGCAUCCACACUAUAUUUAUAGAAGUGACCUCUAGUGGGCCACUCUAAUGGCAUGACCCCUGGUGUUCUACACAUGCUUACAGUUUUGCAGAUCUUUUACCUACCCUUACACAUUAAGUAUAUCCUAGGAAAGGUCAUAAAGCUCUAAGAAUGUCUUUUAUGACGAGUUUAAUAAAUGUUUUAAUUUGUGUGAUCUUGACCUGGUUUUGUCUACUGCGUGUGCCAACUUUUGGCAUUUUUGACCAGUCUUUUCUUUGACAUGCUCGGCCAAUCAAUGCCAUCCAAAUAUUCAUGACAUUGAUAUUUCUAGUGCAGUAGUGGAGCAUUCACAUUAUCUAUUUUGGUGAGCCGGCGAUUGGUCGCAUGUGAUGAGGGAAACCCUGCUUUUAUUCAAACCACUUAAAAAUGACGUGACCCCACACCAGUGCUCACGUAGCCUAAUAUUGUAAAAUAUAAAAAGUGUGUGGAAAAAAAGUCUAAAUUAAAAGAAAAAGUAUUAGAAGAAAAUUGUGGUGUACCUAUACUCAUUAUUUUGGUUAGGAAUUAUAAAAUUAAUGCAUUUUAAAAAUAAUAAUUAAACCACUUAAGUUUGUAGUUCCUGUGUUGGCUGGAAUUCUUGGAAUGUGUCCUUACUGUGUCAUUGUAUUUUUGGAUUGCAUUAUAAUUUCAGUUACAUUCCAAUUCAGUCUGUAGUAGUAUUUUAUCAAGAUUAUAUCUUUAUAAAAUACUAAGAAGUGACAGAGUCGAUUUACAGAUCCACCUGGGUACCUAAAAAAAAAAACACUUGAUUAAGUUAAGACUUAUAAACAUAAAUAUUUCACAGAGAUAAAUCUCAUAGUUCAGUGUUGGUUAUUCAUCGUCAGAUGCAUCGUUAACAGCAGCUGUUACCGUUUGUGCCCACCUUCUUCCCCUUAGUCUCACGGUCCAUUAACAGAAUGGGCAUUGGGCUUUAGCAGCGCUGCAUGUAGUGAUGUCACUCAAGAAUUAGAACAUUGGAAACAAUGACAUUACUGUUGCCAGAGUAACAUCAGAAAUAUAUGAAAUCCUUAUUAUUUAAAUUCUGAGCAUCGGAAGAAUACAUAAUCCUUUUUAUGUAUAUUCUAAACAUCAUUAUUAUUUGUGCCUUGUGUGAAUAGAAGACAGGAAAAUAACAGAGCAGCUUUAUCAGAUAUAUCAUUAGCAUGCUGUGGAUUUUUUUUUAUGUAUGGGACUUAGAGACAUUACAUAUUAUAAUUCAGAGGAUCAUAUAGCGCAAACAUACGUAAUAUUAAACGGAUUGUCAACCUCUCGCCUAAAAUUGCAGGAUGCUGUCCUUUCGGUGGUCAUAUCCUAUAUGUUAGAAGAGUUACCUACUAUUUCUUGCUUCAGCCCUUUAUUGACAAGAAAGUGGGAAAGAAAUGUUAGCCACAAUUAUCAAAUUAAAAAAAAAAAUCCAUCUUGAUUUAGGUGCAGAUUUGAUUAAACACCGCAAUUUUUACCAUCAUUUUUGUAAGUCCAUGCACUAUGUUGUUAAAUGCGUUUGCUGCUCUUGGUCAGAAAAACAGAAGAUAAAAAAAAGAUCACAGCAUCUGAGAACAGCUAAAACGUGAGAAAUGGUGGAUGGAUAAAUCUAUAAAUAGCUGAAUGAGUCUCUGGAUGAUUAUAAUAGUACACCCUACAUCAUAGAUUAUGGAUUCUAUCAGUGCUCCUGGCAUUGCAGCACUUCUUAAGGCAAGGUUAACUUACCACUAGCCAUCAGGAAAUUCAGUUUGUGUUGUUUACAUUACUGAAGUCAGCAGCCAGGAAGUAAUCACGUUUUCAUCACUGAAUCUUUUUUAUUCCUUAUAUUUUACUACUCUGUAUCCUUAGGGACAUAACAUACCAUCUCAUUUUAAUUGGCUUAAUUCCCAAAAGACAUUUAGAUUUUACAACUGAAAUUCAUGGUAGCAGAACCUAGUAGUACUUGUCGUGAAGAUCUGGCUAUCAGGAUGGCUCAGCCCUCCUUAAUACAUAAGAGAAUCAAUUUUAGUAAACUGUGCUUUAAAUAUUAUGUAGCACUGUAAAUACUGACUGUUUGCUUCUUCAUGAUAAUUAUAUCUAGACUGUAAUAUUCUUUUGUUUUUUCGUCGUUUAAUUACAGCUUUCAUCUCACGUGAUAGUGUACUAAACCAGGUUAGGGCUUGUUUUUUAGCUUGUUAGUUUAUACUAAUUUUUACUGGCUGGCCGCAUAUAACGUCUUCUUUCAAAAGAUACCGACCACUCAAAGAGAUGUCACUUACUAAUAAAGCACAGAAGCAAAUGCUGUGCAUGUUGUGACCAUAGCAACCGCACACCUUGCUGGCAAAAAAGGCACAUGCUGAGCAUACAUACUUUACCUUGUCCUUGACUUUAGCAGGAGAUAGCAGUGUAUACAAAGUAUUAACUGUACUUUUGUGCUAUGUAAGGUAAAUAUUUAUGUGACUUUUGAGGUACAUUUCUGCUAUAUGAAUUGUUUAUUUAUAUAAAGAAUUAUUACAUAUUUUAUGUGAUGUGCCUGGAUUUAUCUAUUAUUUUUUAAAAAUUCACCAUUAUCUGCCAAACUUUGCAUAUAUAUUAUAUCUCUUAUAAAUAUUUGUGUUUUUACAUGUUUCAUUUUCUGGAGAAUUUCACAGACCAGACCCACUACUGUAAAGACCCCAGAUUUCCAUUCUGCUAUUGCGCUUGGGUACAGCAAUCCCACAUGUAGACUAGAAAGCUUUUUGCAGUUUCACACAGAGCAAUCACAGCAACAGGCAAGUUAGGUUGAGCGGCAAUUGGUCAGAUAACAGCAGAAUCUGACCUAACAUGACUAGUCCGCUAGAUAAAAAGUGAAACAAAUCUAUAUAUAUUUAUAUAUCGUUAAAAAAUUUUUUAUAUAAUUUUGAUUUAUUACAUGUAAGAAACUUGCUAAAAAUACGAAGUGCAAAUCUGAUGACUUACCUCUUACCUUUCCUCCCAAAGACACUAUUCACUAACAAAUUUUGAUGCUAUUUUUAAACCCAUUUAACCCUAAUUCUAUAAAACUCUAUAGGGUUCCCUUUAAUAGAGGAAAUCAAUGCGGCCUCAUAGUGAUAGCUCUCUUGUUUUGGGGGUCCUGCACAUCACUAUUUCUAUGAUGCCCAACUAGAGCUCAGGAUUCCAGAGAUUUAAAUGGCUUCCUUGCAUGGUAUGGCAGCCAUCACAAAGUGUAGUAUUAUUAUUAUUACUAUCAUUUAUAUAGUGCCACCAUAUUCUGCAGCAAAUUACAAUCAUAAAAUGGGGAUAUUUAACAAGUAAUUGACAUACAUGCAUUAACAGAGGCAAGAAGUGAAGAAGGCCCUGCUCAAACAGGCUUUCAAUCUAUAAGAGGGGUUAAUACACACAAGAUGAAUUAAAGCAUGUCAGAGGGAAAGAGGGGACUGGUAGAUAAGAUGUCUGUGUCACAAUAAGCUAGUAUUAGUGGUGUGUGGAGCAAGCAAACAGUGGAAGGAGGGAGAGUGAACUGGGCUAUAGCGGCAAGGGAACUGAGGAAGACCAUUGUAAUUAGACAAGCAUCACCCAUGAAGAGGUGUUCAGUGACUUCUUACAUGACUGGAGGAUCUGGGGGAAGUGGGUGGUAAUGGGUUACAAAGGAAUACUUACAACAAAUUCUUGCUUAUAUCAAUUUGUUCCUUAUGAGUUUCUUAAACGCUGUCUAUUUGGCCUUUGGCUCAGUCACCCUGUGUCACAUGUUUUCAUGACUUUGGCAGGGGCAAUAUGCUCCAUAGAGUUGAUCCUGAACUCAAUAUAUAGAUUUUAUUGGGAACAAAAUAAAGUCCCAUACUCAUGCAAAGAAACAUAAUGAACAUUUUGUGGCUGUUUACUGAGCAAUAUGAUAACAUUAGGAAGUGUUUAGUCAAUUUUCUGUCAUAGUUCAAUGCUGCUCAGACCUUCGGAUCCCUGGACAAUGUAGCAAAUAUAUUUUUUCCAUCCUUUAGAAGUAAACCCUAGAAUUUUUACCCUUGUGAACAAGUGUUGUAAGGAAGGCUGGGAUGUGAUUUCAUGACUUAAAGGACCACUUUAGUGCCAGGAAAACAUACUCGUUUUCCUGGCACUAUAGUGCCCUGAGGGUUCCCCCACCCUCAGGGACCCCCUCCUGCCGGCCUCUGGGGAGAGGAAAAGGGUUAAACUUACCUUUUUUUUCAGCGCCGGACGGGUAGCUCUCCUCCUUCUCUCUGCCUCCGAUCCUCCUCUUCGGCUGAAUGCGCACGCGCGGCAGGAGCUGCGCGCGCAUUCAGCCGGUCUCAUAGGAAAGCAUUUACAAUGCUUUCCUAUGGACGCUUGCGUCUUCUCACUGUGAUUUUCACAGUGAGAAGCACGCAAGCGCCUCUAGCGGCUGUCAGUGAGACAGCCACUAGAGGAUUUGGAGGCUGGAUUAACCCUAACAUAAACAUAGCAGUUUCUCUGAAACUGCUAUGUUUAUAAAAAAAUAAAUAAAAAAAAAAGGGUUAAUCCUAGAGGGACCUGGCACCCAGACCACUUCAUUAAGCAGAAGUGGUCUGGGUGCCUAGAGUGGUCCUUUAACAAAAGUAUUUUUGUUUUGUAAGUGAAUAUGUCUAUUACAGCAAUACCAAAUUAUUUCUACUUAUAUUAACUUUUAUUAUAUUUCCAUUGACUAUUUAAAGUUGUACAAUUUGUUAUUUUGGCUAUUUCUUUGUGUUCCUGGUUAGUAAGACAGUACUCCAUUUUAAUGGCUUGCCUCUGUCACUCAUUAUACUUUUGAAGACAAGAAUGGGAGUGAAUGACUUGCAAUGCAUUGGUUGACAGUCCUUAGAUGAUUCUUGUGAAGUAUUAAUUCCAUAUAUUUGCUUACAUUUUAUUUAUUUCUUUUUGUAUCGGCUCGGGAAAAUUGUUCCCUGGAAUAACUUGUAAUUUUUGGACCGCUGAAACACUGAAAGUUUCAUUGAGUACACCAAAACUGACAAACUUGCUAGCAACAUGCAUUAACAGAUAUUACCUCAGCUAUAAUUCAUAUUGAACUCAAGGUUGUCAUAACCUGGCACAGAUUAGGCAGGUUGUAUGCUUGUUCGGUAGAAACUGGACAAACAAAAUUCAGCUUCCGUUGACAAAAAAGAUUGUGAUUGGCCAGUAAAUGCCAAUCAAUUAAUAUGUUUGUUAUAGGUUUGAAAUUGACUUGGUUGAAACAAACUCUAGUUUUUUUAAAGUAUUAGUUUCAAUAAAAUAAAUCUCUCACUGCAGGUUGCAGCCAACACUUGUGGUUGGAAGACUAGGCAAAAUAAUCUGUAUUGAGCAAUUUUGAAAGGGAUGCAUUAAUAUUUAUGUUAACAACAUCACAAGGAUGUUUGGCAAACCUCUGGAGGCAAGGAGAUUCUGCUUGUGUUGAGUAUUUUGUUUUAACUCUAUAGCUGCAUCUUCACUGUUUUAGAAAUCGUUCUUUUCCUUUAUUACAUUUGUUUGACUCAUAAAUAAACUUCAACCAUAUAGUGUUUGUUACCAAGUCUUGAAAAUGACAACAACAAAAAAAUACUCAAAAUAGUAGAAACUGUCAACUGAAAUUUUUUUUUAUUUUACUGGCUACUUAAAUCAGAAUUUAAAUAUUGAAAAGAUUUUACACUUCAAGUGAAAGCCAAGUUAUAUCAAAAUGUUCUGUGAGCACACUGAGUUCAGGGCGGUAACUGUCUGAAUGCAUUCUUGAAAUAUCUAUUGGGUUUACAGUAAAAUUGGGAUUACUUUCUCGCAAACAAUUCAAACUGCUACAUUUAGCUAACGGCACCUCAGGUAAGGUAGCAACAAAAUGGGAUGUUUAAAAGGUGCUGAUGAGAAUUAAGAAAAAAAGAUAGCUGCGCUUUCAAGAAUUUUCCAUCAUUGCAGUGGACCUUGGUUCAAGAAAUGUUGGUAACCAUUUUUCUAAAAGUUCAGUGAAUAGCGUCUGUUCUCUGUGACUGAUUUAUAUGUAUCAUGCUAUGCAAUAUCCUUUAUAUUUAUAUGUCGUUUGUGAUAAUAUCAAUGACUAAUUAUUGCACGCUUUAAAAAUUUUUUUAAAAUGUUACUGUGAGUAUAUUUGUUGCCAGUUAUUCUUACAUAGUAGGCUAUUUUUAUAUCUCGAAGUAUAAACACCAGAGAACUAAAUGUGUAAUUAAUUGGGAAUCGGGGUCCUAAUAAAUUGAUUUAAAGGCUAAGCACAUUAGACUGAAUUGUUUUUGAAGCGGCUUGUCUAAUUAUUGUGUCUGCCACAUUCAUCUACUUCUGAGUCACUCCCAUCUCCUGGACGACUGCCUAGAAUAUUGCAGCAAUAUGUGUUUCAAUUGGCUAUUCUCCUGUCAUGCAUAACUUUUCUGGGAAGACUACAGCAACUUAUUUUUUUUUUCUCCUUUUCACGAUGUGAACAGAGAGCUGCAUUAUGCUGUUCGUUUAUAUGACGCUGCUUGCUCAGAAGGGUGUGGCUGAGUUUUUAUUUUGCUUUCCUUUAUAAUAUAUUUUAUGUUUUGUUUUUAUAAACUGACAUUUUCUCUUCUUUCUUUUUCUAUCGUAGGUUUGCUGUUUACUUGAAAAGUGCCUUUUUCCAGAGUCACUUUUGCCAGUAA